GUGAAUAUCACUAAUGAGCAAGUUAAAAAAAACUUGUUCACAAAGCUGAUCUUUGGAGGAUCUGCACCUCCUACACCCCUCCCCCUGAGAAAACCGUCCAUGUUCUUAUUCUCUUAAUCAUUAACUGAUCCAUAGGAGAACUUGCUGUGCCGCAGAACAAGAUUUCCUGGACGUUACUACAAGCGGAGAACAGAUCUGAACUCGUAGAAUCCGGGUAAGGCGGUGAUUCGCGCCCAGCCCUUAGCACGGGAAUCUCCCGGCUCAGGCAGCAUUCUGCGGGAACAGCCAAAGCCUUUGAAGAGCACGCUGCUUCCGGAUUGGCUGGAGCCGCGUUUCUGAUUGGCUGAGCAUGUCCGGCGGGGGCGGGAGAAAAAGGAAAGCCCUUUUCCCAUCACACGGCCGGCGUUUCAACUUUCGGGGCCCGGCGGGGUCCUAGCGCCCUCUCUUGAACGUUCCGCCGCAGGGCAGAAGCGAUGGAGGGGAGGGAGACGCCGGCAACGGACGCCGCGGGGGGCAGAGAAGACGAGGAGCCGCUGCUGAUGCCUCCCGCUCCGGCGAGCGGCCCCGAGGAAGAAGCGGAAGACUGCGGGGGCCUCUGGGAGCUUCCCGUGGAGCUCAGCGCGCGGAGGCCGGAGUGCGGCCGUUGCGGGUGAGUGGCGCGGCGCGAGGAGAGAAUGAAGGCAGGCCGCCGCGGCGCGCGGAGGUCACGUGACACCGCCUGUCCGCCCGCGCCCCCUAGUGGCGGAGAGGCGGCGGUGCACCUUCGCCGCCUCUUUCCACCCCCCUGCUUCUCAGUUUUAUGGCGCCUCUGGGGAAAAGGAGGACCUUUCCCUCCUCUCCCCGUUUUGUUGCUACCUUUAAAUGGAGAAACGAAAUUUUAAAAAAUCGUUCCAGUAGCACCUUAGAGACCAACUAAGUUUGUUCUUGGUAUGAGCUUUCGUGUGCAUGCACACUUCUUCAGAUACACUGAAACACAAGUCACCAGACCCUUAUAUAUAGAGAGAGGGUGGGGAGGGUUAUUACUCAGAAGGGUGGUGGGAAUGGCUGAUAGGUGUUGACGACUGUCAAUGACUGCAAUUGGUCUUACAGGAAAAAGCAAGGGGUGAGAUGGCUAAAAACAGCUUCACCAUGUAUAAUGAGAUAAGAAACCAAAGUCUCUAUUCAGACCAGGUCUCUCCAUGGUUUUAAGUUUGGUAAUAAGUUUCAAUUCAGCAACUUCUCUUUCCAGUCUGUUUCUGAAAUUCUUUUGUAAUAAGGCAGCUGCUUUGAGAUCUUGUAUAGAAUGUCCUGGGAGACUGAAGUGUUCUCCUACUGGUUUCUCUGUCUUGUGAUUCCUGAUGCCAGAUUUAUAUCUAUUUAUCCCUUGGCGUAGGGUUUGGCCUGUUUGUCCAAUAUAGAGAGCUGAAGGGCACUGUUGGCAUUUGAUGGCAUACACAAUGUUAGAAGAUGAGCAAUUAAAUAGUCCUGAGAUGGUAUGUUUGAUGUUGUUGGGGCCAGUAAUGGUGUUAUUCCCACCACCCUUCUAAGUAAUACCCCUCCCCACCCUCUCAUUAUAUAUAAGGGUCUGGUGACUUCUGUUUCAGUGCAUCUGAAGAAGUUUGCAUGCACACGAAAGCUCAUACCAAUAACAAACUUAGCUGGUCUCUAAGGUGCUACUGAAGGGAAUUUUUAUUUUUAUUUUGUUUCAAGUAUGGCAGACCAACACAGCUACCUUCCUGUAACUUUAAAUAGAGAGAGAGAUUAGAUAGUCGGCUUGUUUGGAUAAGAUAAGAUAUGAUAAAAUACUGCUUUUCCCCCCCUGCUGCUGCAAGCAAGCCAGCUGUGGUGCUUAGUGGUUACAGCAGGGGUCAGCAAACUUUUUCAGCAGGGGGCCGGUCUACUGUCCCUCAGACCUUGUGGGGGGCUGGACUAUAUUUUUUGGGGGGGGGAAAUCAACGAAUUUCUAUGCUCCGCAAAUAACCCAGAGAUGCAUUUUAAAGAAAAGCACACAUUCUGCUCAUGUAAAAACACCAGGCAGGCCCCACAAAUAACCCAGAGAUGCAUUUUAAAUGAAAGGGCACAUUCUACUCAUUUAAAAAAACGCUGAUUUCAGGACUGUCCACAGGCCAGAUUUAGAAGGCGAUUGGCCCGGAUCCAGCCCCCGGGCCUUAUUUGCCUACCCAUGGGUUAGAAGAGCGUCAAACUGCGAAGCCCAGAGUUCAAAUCCCUACUCAGCCACGAAGCUCACUGGGAUGCAGUGAGGCAUACCUCUGAGGAAAUAAGCAUAGGAUCCCCCUGUUACAUUUGGGUUUGACAGAAUAUUACAUCUAAUGAUCUAACCAUAUAAUGUGACCUUUUUGAAGGCAUAUGCGGUAGCCACUAAGCAACAUGCAUUGGUGACCCUGUGCUGCCAUCUAGUGAGCAAUUCUGUUCUUGCAAGUUUUUGUAUUAAAAAAACACCCCUGAAUCUAAAAACACCCCAUGCAUCUUAUUUAUUUCGGCAAUUGAAGUAAUCGUGGUUGAUUGUGGUCCAUGAAUUUCAUCGCAUCUACUCAGAGUAUUUACUUAGCAGUACGCUACCCCUUGCAUGUUUAUAGAGGCACAUAUGUGCUGUUACUGUUGUCAAUUCCAGAUACGAUAGGAUCUUGUUUGACGAAAGGUACUAUUGGAGAUGGAGGGAAAAGUCAUUUCCCCAUGUUUCUUUCACCUUCCACAAGCAGCCCAUUUCAGCAGCAUUUCAAAGAGAAAACUACAAAUGGGACCUGCACAAAAAGUAAACUAAAAUGGCUUAACCUGGCACCAAAAUUGUUGUAAUGUUGGCGGAAUAUUUGUCUCCUUGGGGUGGGGGGGCAUUUCAAAGUUGGGUGUGCCACCACAGAAAAGGCCUUCUCUUCCUUGUGACUACAUAAAAGUAAAACCAGCCUCUUCACCCACUUGCGCAAACUGGGGUGUCCCUCGCCCUUCUUGCACCCUUCCCCACUGUCCCAGGAAGUUUAUGUGGUCCUGCAGGGAGCUGUUAUAAAACUGCUAGACCAAGGAUGCUGGAACUGGCAGCAAGGUCUUUGGAGAAGGUCGCAGAGGAGAGGCAAGCAGGUGCCAAAGGUCACCUUUCCUCAUUUGGCCCAGGGCAGGAUUAAGAUACUCUGAGGCCUUAAUGUCAAAUUUAAGUGGCCACAUAGGGACUCUGACCAUUAGGUCCCGUCGUGGCCGACUCUGGAGUUGCAGCGCUCAUCUCGCUUUAUUGGCUGAGGGAGCCAGCGUACAGCUUCUGGGUCAUGGGGCCAGCAUGACUAAGCCGCUUCUGGCGAACCAGAGCAGCGCACGGAAACGCCGUUUACCUUCCCGAAGGAGCAGUACCUAUUUAUCUACUUGCACUUGAUGUGCUUUCGAACUGCUAGGUGGGUAGGAGCAGGGACCUAGCAAUGGGAGCUCACCCCGUGGCGGGGAUUCGAACUGCUGACCUUCUAAUCAGCAAGUCCUAGACUCUGUGGUUUAACCCACAGCGCCACCUGCGUCCCUAAGUGGCCACAUAGCAUUACCUUAAAGGUAAUUGUUCAAUGGACAAUGUUCAACGGACAAUUGUUCAACGGACAAUGAAAAUGGAAAUAAUGAAGUUUUGUAUUUGCUAUAUAGGUAUGUAGGUGAGGAUGCAACUAAAAACUGACUAUCUGACUAGCUUUUUGGGGACAGUGGUAUUUAGAGGCACCUCAUAAUCUGAGGCCCUAAAGUGUCGACUACAUAGCUUGUGCAUAAAUCUGGCGUUGCUCAAGUCAGAUAGUCUCAUCCAUUUUCUCUUAUUGGUGGGCUGCUGCAGUUGCUUAAUUUGUUCUUCCUUUUGGGGGAGUUUGUGGAAUUUUUUGGUUUCUCUUGAAUUGUGAGAAUGGUGGACUAGAAGUUAAAUUAAAUCAAUAUAUACUUGGCCACAGAAGUUAGUCCUCUUACCUAUUUUAUAUAUCCUUGGGCGGACUCUGGCUUCAGUUCACCUAAGAAAUUAGACAUAUAUAUAUAAUUUGCCUGUCUGCUUUUCCUCAUAGGCUUUCUUGCUGCCUCAUCAAUUUUCUAACUGGAUUAUGAAAUCUUAGCUUGUUUUCAUGAAAGUAGAAAAGAAGAAGAAAGAAACCUGUCUAAAAUUAUUUAUGUAUUGUAUGUAUGUAUGUAUGUAUGUAUGUAUGUGUAAGUCCAAGAAACUAUGAUUCUAAUGUUUUAACAGACCAGAUGGAGGAUUCAAUUAAUUUGCACAGUGGAGUCUUGCAAAUAACUGCCUUGUGAAGUUGACUGAACUGGUGAAAUUUAGUAAAUCAGAGUUCUGUUAUAAACUAUUAUUCCACAGUCCCUCUGUGAACUUUCUAUCAUAAUCAUAUGCCAGUGCUUCUGGGCCUUAGAGAUAUCUGCUAGCCUUGACAUUUUUGCUCGUGUGAGUCACGGCUGUCAUCACCAAGAGAGGUUUAUUAAAUUUAACUUUUGAGAUUUGUCAGUCAAAGAGAGAGAGAGGGAAAGAGAGGAGUAUUUGAAAUAGCUCAUUCGUAAUUCAGCGGAAAGGCUGCCUUGAUUUAGAGAAUUAAUGCACUGGCUAAUGUGCUAGAUGGUGGGAAUAAGCUUUGCAGGUGAUGAGAGAUGUUUUAGUCCCUCCUAAUUAAGUCCCUAAUGGGUAUGUUUACAAGCCAUCAGGGCUUUUCAGAUGUAAGCUUUUCAGAAAAAGAUAGGCCUUUCAGUCCAUCGCGUGCCUUGACAGGGUAGAAUUACUUAUAUGUACUUCUUACAGUGCUUCCUCUAACAUAAAUUUGACCUGGAUAAUUGUUGCAUGGUGAUGUUAGGUGCUCUUUUUGCAACAAUUUUCAUCAUUUAAUAGAUAUAUCUGUAUAAUCCACCAGUUCUUUGAAAGACCCUGCUAUUUCAGGAAGCCUUUCUGAAGACAUUUUUAGAAACAGUUUUUUUAGUUCCAGUCCUCUUUCAGACAUCCCCUCCAUGUCCGUCCUAGUAAUAACCUCAGUUUGUGCAUGUUUUGGUCUUGUAAUAACAAUGUUACUGUAUGUAUUGACACAUGAGCAGCGUUUCCCAAACUUCUCCAAUUCCAUUUCCCCUUCUUAACCUACUCUACCUUUCCCCUUCUCCCAGUGCUUUGCACGCAGAAGGUUCGAAGCUCAGUCUCUAGCAUCUGUCCCAAGCUGUGAAAGACCCGUCUGAAAUCCUGUUGAGCCAUUCCCAGUGCUGAGCUAGAUAGAUCAGUGGUCUCGAUUAGUUGUUUGAUGAGAUAGAUGAGAUAAUGGGAUAUUAUUUUGUAAUAGAAUGUGUCCCAGUCCUCCAACUCUUUUUGCCCAUCUUCUGCCAUUCAUCUGCUUAUGCGAUGCAUACAGCUCUCAAUUUAGUAUAGGGAUGAGGCUUUGCACUCCCCUAGAGCAUUUAAUGCAUGGGUAGGCAAACUAAGGCCCGGGGGCCAGAUCCGGCCCAAUCGCCUUCUAAAUCCAGCCCGCGGACGGUUCAGGAAUCAGCGUGUUUUUACAUACCGUAUUUUUCGCCACCUGUGUCCCAAUAUUGGUAUACUUGGGGCUUUUUUCAGCUGGAAGUUGCCAGAACUGAGUUCCGGCACCUCUCAGGUAGGCGCCAUUGCCAUUAUAAGAGAACAAGGGAGGUGUUCAUGGUGAGUUCCAGCACCUCUUUUUCUAAAAAGAUUACACUGGGUAUACAGCAUGUUCAAUUCUUAAAUGUGGUAGCACAGUGAGUUAGGAUCACAUUUUAAGACUUGGUUGGGGGUUGAUUAUUACAUGAUGAGUUCUGAUCUUUUCAGGCCACCAGCCCCGCGCUCAUUCCAUUUGGCUGCUACCUGUUUUGAUCUGUUGACAUUAAAACACACACACACAAUUAGACAUCAUUGGAUGGCCGUGUCCCUUGACUGAUGUGAACAAAGAGCCUCUGCCUGUAGCAGUGACUAAUCUUGUUAAUUAAUGUCAUUACCUUUUGAUUGGCUUUGUCUUCUGUGAUUGUAUUAACUGUAGUCUUGCCUUGAGGAGUAUGGGAUUGAGAAAAGAAGGAUAUUUCAGUGCAGACUGAAACAUCAUAAGCUGUAUCAGUAUUGUUAUAAGAAUCCUAGGGUCCCAAAUAUAAAAUAAGCGUUCAUAAAUUUACAAGGCAAACACAUACAUAAGUAUAUAAACCACGUGUCUAAAAUAGUACAGGAGAACAAUCCUGAAGUCAUUUUGACUCACCCAGUGACCUCAAAUAUUUCUCUGCAAGGAGGAAGGAAAUGGGAAAGUCUCUCCAUUGUCUUUUGCUUACCUGUCUUAAGGGCGUACUUGUGUGGGUGAACAGGAUGAGCUUGUGACCUGGAUUCAGGAAUUAAAGUAUUUACCACCACAAAAGAAUGGCCUGGCUGUCCAGGUAAUGCAAUCAGUGACCAGUGUUCAGGUAUCCUGGCAGACAGGCUUUCUUCUGUAGACCGCCUCUUUCUGUGAUGUAUGUAUGGUGUUUUGGGGGGUGGUCUCUGGCUACAGGGUGGGCAACUUCAAAAGUCUUUAUAAGAGUUUGCACACCAUUGUUCUGGGUUCCUCUCCUCCCUCCCUGCAUGGCAGGAGUGGGGGACCCUGUUGCAACAGUUUAAUAAAGAUCAUGCUUACUAGCUGCUUUGCUUCUCCAUAUUCUCAGGUUGGUCUCUGUUAUUUUCUCCUACCAAUACAGAACCUACAUAAGGACUCUAAACGGGCUCUUGGAUACCCCAUAAGGGAUAAAGGAGCAGUUUCCCCCCCUUAUAACAAGUAUAUUCACUGAAAAGAUGACCUAUUUUUGAAUAACCUAUUUUUUGCCUUUCACCACAUUUCACAUAUUGUGGUAGUGGGAAAAGAGAAAGCUGUCCCCCCAAAUUGUCCACUUACAAAGUGUAUUAAUAUUUCCCCAAUAACAUUCCAUUUAAUGAGAAAUUUGAAAAAAACCCAAAACCACUGUUCCCAAGAUUUGUAUUAUAGACUGGAGGUGUCUUAUUAAACAUGUUAGAAAAUGCUAAGAUUUUUUCUCUAAAAAUAUGCACUCUGUUAUAAUUGGUGAAAAGCUUUUGUAGUAUAGUUUCUAAACUCUUACAAAAAACAACAGCACCGACAGCAAAAUAAAGUCAGUGCAUCACAAAUCUAUUGAUAUCAUUGGAACAAUUAUGUUUGCUUUUGCAUCCAGAAAAAUCCUGAAAAAAUACAUAUUUGAUUGACAUAUAUGUUGAUCAUUAUCUGGCUGUAAGAACCCUAAUAAAGGUAAGUCGCCACUUGCCAUUCUUUAGGCAAAAAUGUCCGUCUUCAUCAGCAUUUACAUCCUGCUUGAUAUCUCUUUAAUCUUAAUUGCUUCUGCCAAGUCCUCAAAGUUUAAACAAAGAUUCUGGCUGCAGGCUGUGCGUAUAAGACAUCUAGCCAACUGCAGGAAUGAAUUGUUGCCCGAGACAAAUGUGAUAAGGCCUUCAAAAUACUGAAAGAGAAAUGUUCAAGAGGCUUUUGUUUAAAGCAGCAAACAGUGUAAAAUACUUGCUAUCAUUCUUGCCCUGCCACAAAGAUAUGUCCUAAGUAUCGGAUGAUUUUUUUUCAAUGGAAUAUAGUGAAUAGUUUUCAAGAAGAAACAGGCUCUUGGAUAAUCCCCUUUGCUGCUGCUCUCACAAUCAGUUUAGGUACUUUUCUCCAUUGGCUGCUUUUUUUCUUUGUUUUGGAAAUUCUUGGCAAUAUUCUCAGAUUUGCAGAGUAGGGAUUUGCAGUGACAGAAAAGGGAGCAGUGAACCAAAUGUAUUUUCUCUGCAGGUACCCCUUGUAGAGAAAUAUUAGAGCAGGUGGGCCUGCGGCAACACAACCUGCUCUAAAAUGGAGAUCUCUCUCCCAUGAAGGAUCCACAGGGAAUAGCAAUGAGAGGCUCCUGCAUCCCGAUUCACAGUGUUCUAUAAUAAUAAUAAUAAUGUUGUUGUUGUUGUUUAGUCAUUUAGUCAUGUCCGACUCUUCGUGACCCCAUGGACCAGAGCACGCCAGGCACUCCUGUCUUCCACUGCCUCCUGCAGUUUGGUCAAGCUCAUGCUGGUAGCUUCGAGAACACUGUCCAACCAUCUCGUCCUCUGUCGUCCCCUUCUCCUUGUGCCCUCCAUCUUUCCCAACAUCAGGAUCUUUUCCAGUGAGGCUUCUCUUCUCAUGAGGUGGCCAAAGUAUUGGAGCCUCAGCUUCAUGAUCCGUCCUUUCCAGUGAGCACUCAGGGCUGAUUUCCUUAAGAAUGGAUAGUAAUAGUAGUAGUAGUAGUAAUAAUAAAAAAUAAAUAAAUAAAUAUAAUAAUAAUAAUAAUAAUUAAUAAUAAUAAAAUUUCUUAUUUAUAUCCCACCCAUCUGGCUGGGCUUCCACAGCCACUCUGGGCGGCUUCCAACAAAAUAUUAAAAUACAGUAAUGCAUCAAACUUUAAAAGCUUCCCUAAACAGGGCUGCCUUCUGAUGUCUUCUAAAAGUUUGGUAGUUUUUGUUCUCUUUGACAUCUGGUGGGAGGGCAUUCCACAGGGCGGGCGCCACUACCGAGAAGGCCCUCUGCCUGGUACCCUGUAACUUGGCUUCUCGCAAUGAAGGAACCGCCAGAAGGCCCUCGGAGCUGGACCUCAGUGUCUGGGUAGAACGAUGGGGGUGGAGACGCUCCUUCAGAUAUACUGGGCUGAGGCCGUUUAGGGCUUUAAAGGUCAGCACCAACACUUUGAAUUGUGCUCGGAAACGUACUGGCUUUGACAAAGUUUUUUGGGUGUGGCUACAUCUCUAAAGGUACUCAGGGCAGUAUUCAAAUAAUUGCACUCGUGGAUAAACAACUGCUUGCACAAUGGGACUUUCCCGCUCGACUCCCCCUCUGUGUCCCCUGACCUUCCAGGGCAGGUUUGGGACAGCAAGGGUGGAGGAGAGGGGGCAAAGUCCCACGGCUUCGAAGCCUCGAAGUAUAUGUUAAAGAUAGACAAUAUGUUAAGGAGUUUAACAAUAAAGAGCAGAGUGUUUUGAAAACUGAAGUAUGAUAUCAAUAUUUUUAUUGUAAACACCAAAUUACACAUGUAUUCACAAUCUCUGAUAAAAACGUGAUAUUAACAAUGUGUCUCUUACAUGAAUUGUGUAUUCGUUCAUGCUUAAAAUAAAUAAAAAGUGUUGCUGAUCGCCCCCUCCCAUCCCUAAUGACUAGGAAUUCUGUUUUGGCGCCCACAACCCAGGUCCCAGGAGCCAUUUGGCUCCUAGCUUUUCUAUCCCAGUUUCUAACACUUACGAGGAGAUGAAGUUUUUAAGGCAUUGAGGUCCUGCGCUGUGUACAGCUUUAUAGGUCAGCACCAGCACUCUGAAUUGGGCCCAGAAACUAAUUGGCAGCCAGACACACACACACACACACACACACACAUAUCAUCCAAAACAGUUUCAAAACAAGCCAGAUUCCCAGUGUGGAAUGAGAAUUCAUGGCAGUUAGUCACACUAAAAUUAGCCAACCCAGAUUAAUGUAUGUAAAAGAGAGAAACACACGUCCACAAUGUGAGGAACACAGAGUAGUUGCAUGGCUCUCUGGGUUCAGAAAUUCAGUUUUCUAUUUACUGUAAGGCAGAAAGCAAGCGGGAGAAGAGUUCAAGCAAAGAUACUAUGCGAAUAGGGCUGAGCGAUAUAUUAAUAUAUCCAACACCGUUUUGAAGUUCACAUCAUGAUAAUUGUUUCAUAAUAUUUGAGCUGGCGAUAUAUGGUGAAUCACAAUGUGUGUAAGGGCUAGACUAGGCAAUAUCUGGUUUUCAAUAUUGCGAUAACUCACCAGCUAAACGUUGCAAUGUUAUCACAGCUAAACACUGCCAUCUACCUCAGUGUCUGAAAUAAGGAUGGAACUAUACAGAGGCGAACAGGACAAUGUCCUGGCAACUGCUACUACUUAGGGCAGGGGUUGGCAAAGUUUACCAGUUCAUUCCAGCGGAGAUCCCUUCAUGGGUGUGAUUUCCAGCAGACGUGAUUUCCGGCACCACAGAAGCAAGUCCUCGCGCCGCGCCAGUUUAGUGCAGCGUCCAGGGACUCGCUGAGCGGAUGGCUCGGUUCGGGGGGGGGCUCGUGGGCCGGUUAAACGACCCCCGUGGGCCGCUUGUGGCCCAUGGGCCUUAGGUUGUCUACCCCUGACUUAGGGGUCUAAAACGGAUAAAUGACAAUAUUAUCAAUCAUCUCACAGUUUCAUCAGCUUCUGCUUCUUCUGUCACUUAGUAGGCCUGCUGGCAGUCCGGCAGUCUCAGAUUCUUUGUAUUCACUAUGACUCAUCACUGUACUUUGGAUUGUCCUGAAUACCAACAUUUGGUAGCCAAGCCCAAAACCAAAAGUCUCAAUUGGAUGCAUUUUGCCUUGCCUGCUGAUGAAAGUUGACCAUGAGGUGAUUGAUAAUCAUUUAUCAGUUUUAGACCCUUAAGUAGCAGCAGUUGCCAGGACAUUGUCCUCUGUGUAGUUCCUUCCUUAUUUCAGAUAUUGUGAUAUAGCAAUAUAUUGUGAUGUUUAGCUGGUGAUAUAUCAUGAUGCUGAAAACCAGUUAUGGCCCAGCCCUAGAUGUGAAUAGGAAGAAGUCUCAGUGGUCCUUCCUUGGCACUUUGUAGAUUUAGAGGGAUAAGAAUGCUCUCCAUUGCAGGCUAAUAAAAAUACAUAAGCAAGGUAGAUAUUGGCUCAGAUUCUUACUGUGUGUAUGUACUUUUGUGAUAGGCUUUUAUUCUCUUUAAAUAAUUACCCUAAGCACUUAGAGUGAUAUGGACAGCUCUUUGUGGUUCUCAAGAAGAGAAAUCAAUAGAGUAAAUAAAUAGAGAUGAGUGUCCUUUAAAGCUUCAUUGAGCAAGUGAUCGUCUCAAUCCUUUUCUACAUCUUUUCAUUUUGACGUGCUUGCAAAGUAAAUCUAUAUAAAGCUUUCUUCAUAAGUUAUUAUAGGCAAGGUGGGUGGGUUUGCCAAAAUACACAGAUAACAAUUAAAGAGGCUUAACAAAACAAAACAAUCUACUCCCACAAGCUUCUGUCUUCCUUAAAGCAUGAGAGUGCUCUGCAAGAAAGUAUUUGGCAGAGAUGCUGUAAAAUAGCAGUGGUCUGUUGUUAUCUAGAUUGUUGCCAAGGGACCAGAAAUCACACUGAGUCUUCUCCAACCAAGCACUCAUCGCAAAACACAUUUACCUAAUUGUUUCUCACUUCAGAGAGAUAAUAAUUUUAUUUGGCAAUCUUGGAUUUUAAUAUUGCUUUUCAGUGAACUUUUCUGAAGUUUGACUCAUAAAGGGCAUACCUUUGGAAAGCAAGCUGUCUUGUUAGCUUUCUUAAUAGAACAGCAGGUUAAUUAUACACUUCGGUAGCUCAGGUCUUUAUAGGAUGAUGAAAGUAGCUGUGUGUUUAAAGCCAGAUGUGCACUUUCUGCUGAAAGGACGUAAUUCUUCAUGCAUUUUAAAAGCCCCAUUUCAAACACUUAGGUUCUCACGGUUCAGACAUCUGAAGGCUCCUUUUUGUUUUGCAUACAAUAUAUGACAUUCUUCAUGGCAAAUGCAUGUAGCUGCCUGCAUCUGGACCCAGACAAGGGACAUAAUCCUGGCUCUCCUCUGUACUGAAUAGUGGAUGUGCUAGAGACGGUUGUCUUACCUUGGUAAUGGACUGGAUGAGAUCCAACAAACUGAAGCUCAAUACAGAUAAGAAUGAGGCAUUGUUAGUGGGCAGUUCCUAGACUGGUUGGCUGGAGGUUGCCUGCUCUUAAUGGGGUUGCACUCCCUCUGAAGGAGCGGGUACACAGCUUGGAGGUCCUCCUGGAUCUUUUGGUGUCUCUUGAGGCUCAGGUGGCCUUAGUGGCAUGGAGUGCCUUUCAUGAGCUUUGGCAGGUGGCCCAGCUGUGCUCCUGUCUGGACAGGGAUAGCCUAACUUCUGUGUUCUAUUCUCGGGUAACCUCUAGGUUAGAUUACUGCAAUGCUUUAUAUAUGGAGCUGCCUCUGAAGAUGGUUUGGAAGCUUUAGCUGGUGCAGAAUUCAGCGGCCAGGUUGCUCACUGGGGCAAGAUGAUUUGAGCAUAUUACACCGAUCCUGGCCCUACUGUACAGUGGUACCUUGGUUCUCAAACUUAAUCCAUUCCAGAGGUUCGUUCCAAAACCAAAGCGUACCAAAACCAAGGUGCGCUUUCCCAUAGAAAGUAAUGCAAAAUGAAUAAAUCGGUUCCAGACUUUUAAAAACAACCCCUAAAACAGCAAUUUAACAUGAAUUUUACUAUCUAACAAGACCAUUGAUCCAUAACAUGAAAGCAAUAAAUAAUGUACUGCAGUCACACAAUCAAUCAAUCAGUAGCUGAAUUGGGUUCCACACAGUCACAAAAACAAAACAAAAAAGCAGCAAAAAUGGAAAUGCAAAAUAUAUAGCAAAAACAGACGGACUUCAGCGUAACACUCAAAAUGGAAGUGUGGCAUUCAAAACGGAAGUGUGGCACUCAAAUCGGAAGCGUAAUACUCAAAACAGAGCAGGUUCGUCUUCCGAAAAAAGUUCGCAAAACGGAACACUUCCGGGUUUGCAGUGUUUGGGUUCCAAGUUGUUUGAGUACCAAGGCGUUUGAGAACCAAGGUACCACUGUACUGGCUGGGCCCAAUUCAAAUUUCUGGUUUUGAUCUAUACAUCCUUAAAUGGCUCUGACCCGCAAUACCUCAAGCACUGCUUCUCCCCUGAUGAACUGAUCCAGACCGUGUGAUCAUCAUCUGAGGCUCUUCUUCAUGUGUUUCCUCAGUGAGAGGCCCGGAUGGCAGCAACACCGUAACAGGCCUUUUCUUCAGUGGUUUCCCGUUUGUGGAAUGCUCACCCCAGGGAAAUUCAUCUGGCACCUUCAUUCUAUAUCUUUAGGCACCAGGCGAAAGUUUCUUUAUAUUCAGGCCUUUGGCUGAUUAAAUGUUAUAUGGCCUUUUAAAUGUGUUUGUGGGAGCCAGUUAGGGUUUUUUGUUGUUUUGUUUAUUAUGUAUUUUGUGCUCUCAUUUUGUAUUUUUAUGUUGUGAACCACCCUGUGGCCUUUGGAUGAAAGACAGUAUACAAAUUUAAUUAAUACUACUACUACUACUAAUAUUAAUAGUGGCAGCAGAGCAAUUUGUUCUCAGCUACUCAGUGUUCAUAAUACACUUGUUAACAUGAAGGAAGGAGUUCCAAAAAUAUACAUAUAAUAAUAAUUUAUUAUUUAUACCCCACCCAUCUGGCUGGGUUUCCCCAGCCACUCUGUGCGACUUCCAACAAAAUAUUAAAAAUACAAUAAAAUAUGCUAAUCGUUAAGGAAAGUGGUAAAAUCAAACUAUAUUUAUACCACAGCUUUCUUGUGGUUGAUAUAUAUAUAUAUAUUUAAAAAAAGAUUUUGGGUGACAAUAGACCAGUUUUCAAACAGCAAAUUAUAAAAAGUAGUUUUACCCUGGGCUGAGCCACAUAAAGUUUAAACCAUGGUUUAGUGUUGCACAUGCAAGCUUCUGGGAGCCUGUGCAAACCCUUGGAUUCAAGCAAUCCCCUCUCCUGCUCUUACACAGCCAGGAGGCAUAAACCAUGAUUCGGUUUCUCUCUCCUCGAUUUCUGGCUUGUCAUUAUGUACAAACCAGGAAUUGUGGUUUACCAUAAACUCUAAUCAACUGCAAAAGCAUGUCAGCUUAAAACUGGGGGUUAUGAGCCUGGUUAAUUUAACACACUGGAGUUUAUUUUAAACCAUGAUUCCUGAUUCGCAUGUAAUGAAAAGCCAAGAAUCUGAGAAAGUGAAACGGAAUCCUCCUUUAUUUCUUCCCCCAGCCAGGCAGCAGGAUGUUAGCGGAGAGGAGCAGAGGUCUUGAGUCUGAGGUUUCACUUGGGAUUGCAGAGGUUUUGUGCACAUCAAGUUAAAUCAUGGUUUAGUGUUGCAUGCAAACUGGGCCAUUGUCGCCUCCUUCUCUGUCCCUCGUCUAAUACAUCUGUUAGUUGUCUGGCACAAGGCUAUAUUCGGUCAUCAGACAUUUUGAAUGGGUAAAAAUAGAUGAAGACGCCAUUUUUUAUCUCGAUUCCAGACACCACUUUAGUGCAUGAGACAUAUGAAAUUUCCAAACUUGCUUUGCAAGUUCAGGACAUCUCAUCCAGGGACGUCUCAUCCAGUGGUUUGAAUCCCCGCGACGGGGUGAGGUCCCGUUGCUCGGUCCCUGCUCCUGCCAACCUAGCAGUUUGAAAGCAUGCCAGUGCAAGUAGAUAAAUAGGUACCGCUCCAGCGGGAAGGUAAACAGCGUUUCUGUGCAUUGCUCUGGUUUGCCAGAAGCGGUUUAGUCAUGCUGGCCACAUGACCCGGAAGCUGUACGCCGGCUCCCUCGGCCAAUAAAGCAAGAUGCGCGCUGCAACCCCAGAGUCGGUCACGACUGGACCUAAUGGUCAGGGGUCCCUUUACCUUUUAUGAUUCUAAGGCCUCACUUCUGUCAGCCACCACACUGCAGCAUUCUGCACUAACUGCAGCUUCUCGAUCAAGCGUGUGAGAAGCCCUACGUAGAGUGCAUUGCAGUAACCCAGUCUUGAAGUAACCAAUACAUAAACUACUGUGGCAAGGCUUUCCUGGACUAGGAAUGGCCAGAGCUAUGGUUUUGUACUGAUUGUGGUUUGCAUCUUCUUCAAGGCCUAUUCUUUUUGAGCUUGGGCAAAAUUUGAGCUUUCGGGUUUAAAACUGGACUGUAGAGGGCAGUGGUGUAUUUCAUCAUUGCAUAUUUUCCCUGCUUUAAAAAUUUGAUAUGGAAAAAUUCUCACUGGCUCUUUAAAACAAUUUCCUUAUGCCUGUAUAUGUCACAAGAAUGCUUAAUGCUUCUCUUUUUAAUUCAUUUUAAAGAUAUCUCAGCUCAUGUAAUCCCACUCAUUUGACCUACAAUAUAUGCAUUCCGUGUUUUAUAAACUAGUAGGAAAAGUCCAUGUAGUAAGUUGUGCAGAGACUGUAAAAGCAAACACAAAACACCUAUUUUAAAAAGUAUUGAACCCAAUUUUACAGAUAUUUAGUGUUGUUGUUUUUUAACAGAUUUUCUAUAAUGUAUGGAAGGAGGCCGUUUUUGCAAAUUCCACCUUUCUCUUGCAGCCCUCAAUGCCACCUCUGCUCCUCCCACCAAAUGCUGUCACAAGGGUUUUCACAGCCCUUGGAUCAGAUUUGGGGAUGGGGAUAAGGGCUCCAGAAGGAAGGCGGAAUGAUAGAAAAUAGGCUUCCCAGCGCCCCUUCAUGGAAGCCUCCACAGGAUCAAAGAGAUUCUAUGAAUGGUUAAAAUGGGGGGGGGGGAACCAAUGGCUAAAAUGUUUUGAUUUGAAAGACAGUUAAAACGAUCCUUGAAUCUACUCCUUGACACUACCUGAUGGGUGCUUAUUUUUAUAUGUUUUAUUACAAAUAUUGUGUGUUUUAAAUUCUAUUUUCCCUCUCUGAUUAUUUUUUUUUUUGGGGGGGUGUUAUUGGGUUGUUCUUGUUUUUAUUUUGAUUAUGUAUUUUGUGUUUUUAUAUUGCGAUUUUAUCCUGUGAACCGCCCUGAGACCUGUGGGCAUAUAAAGUUAAUUAUUAUUAUUAUUAUUAAUAAUAAUAAUAGAAUAGAAUUCUAAAAUAAAUGUAUUUAUAAUUCCAUGUAUUGUCUAGUUUCUUUGUUCUGGAAUACCUGAAAAUGACGGGUUCUUCUGCAGGUAUGAAGUUACAGGCAACACAUCCUUUAUUAAAAUGUGCAUAUCUAUGAUGUUUUGCUUUGUUUUUUAAAAACCCUAUGCCCAGAAAACUGAUUAAUCUUUUUCUUCAAGUACAAAACAAAACCCCAGUCCAAACAAUGUAUAAAAUAAAAUAAUAAUAAUAAUUCUAUUUUGCAGCAGCUGGUUGCAAAUUGUUUCUUAAUUAGUCUAAAACAAGGAGGCAGUGUGCUCCAGUUAUUCGUAAGUGAAGGUAACUGUCAGUUGCGGACGUCACUACAAUUAUAUAUUGUAUUAUUAUUUCUUUAUUAGAUUGGUAUACCACCCUUCAUCCGAAGAUGCCCAGGGUGGUUCACAACAGAAAUACACAGACACCAUUAGUUUCUCCAAAGGUAAAAACUCUCAGUUGUACACAGUAAAACCAAACAAAGCUGCUACUUCAAGGUUCCACUUCAUUUCCCCAAUUAUUAAGGUUAUUAUUAUUAUGCUUAUGCAUUAUAGGGAGAGUCCUGGAGUCCUUGCCUCUAGCAUUGACUGAUAAAUAGCUUUGAAAAUAAGCUGGCCUAAUGCGUACCUUAAAAGCAUUCAACAGCCCUUCCUCCCUUGACACAUGCCCUUUAUUUACAUUAAUCUCAGGCAUUCUCCUCCGUUUUGCUUUGCAUAGAUUGUGAGCCAAUUUAUAGGAUUCAGCUGAUAAACAAAAGAGCAUCCUUUUAGUGCCGAAGAGAGAUCUCCAUCAGUGGAGAUAGUCCAUCUUAAUGAGUACCUGUGUAUUAUAUUAAUACACAGAUGGGCUUCUGUGGAAGAAAGUGGCUUCUUUCACUUGACCCCAAUCUGUAGAUGCCCUUCUACUGGUUUCUGAGUGCCAGGGGUAAGGCAUAUAGAUGGUAUCCAGGGAUAAGACCUCCUCUAGGGUGGUACACUGAGGUUAAAAAAAGAAGUCCAUAAAAAUGUAUAAUCUUCGUUGUGUAGUUUUCUUGUAUGCUAAAUACACACCUUUUCCCCCUAGCCUGAGAUUGAUUUUGCUCUUUGCUUUUGACUGUAAUUCAUUUUAAUAGAUUUUAAAAUAGUUGAAACUUGGGACUCUACAGUGAAGGGCGGCUAAGAAAUCUAAUAAAAAUAAUAAUUUCAAGUAGAGUAUAGAUACUAAAGAUCUAUUAUUAUUCUCCUGUAAAGCAAGUAGGUCUAUUCUAUUGUUAGUUUGCACACAUUCAGUAUAUAAUGUAAUUUCAGAGCAUAUAAAGACACUCAGCUUUUAAUGUGUUACAAGAUUUCCAACUACUUGAAAUAUAUGUAAGUUGUCUGCACACAUGUUCCAAUACUCAUUUUUCAGAACCUACGCCUCAUUUUUCUGGCCCUAGUCUUGUCCCUUUUAAUACCAACUUAAUAUGCAGAAAUUAAGCAGCUACAGUGCUUCCAAUAUUUUAUAUCUGUUCCAGGAAAGAAACUCCAUCAGCCUAAUUUCUGCAAGUUCUGCUGAAGGUACAGGUCAUUAAAAAAACGUUGGCAAUUCUAGCUCCAGCUUAAUGAAAAGCAGUGUUUUUUAACUCAAAGUUAUGUGCUGAUGUCCUUUAAUUACUUGGGUCCCAUUAAACUCAGUUGGAAUUCAGUGUAUAAUUUACCUGAUAUUUUAAAAUUCCAUUCUAUUUUGCAGAAGAAAAUACGUGAGCUACAAGUCGCUUUUGAUUGGUGUUGGUAUGUCAGUGUUGGGAAACUAAGAACAUAUUCCAGAGAUGGGAUGGCUCAGUUAGUAGAGCAUGAGACUCUUAAUCGUAGGGUUGUGGGUUCAAUCCCCACACUGGGUGAAAAGGGGGUUGGACUAGAUGACCCUUGCGGUCCAUUCCAAUUCUAAAUUCUGAGUUUCUAUGGGAAAGUAGUGUACACAACACUACUUUAAACCUGCUUUCGAGAAAAUUGGGAAAUAAACAAAGUGAACUGAUGCUGACCUAAUACUGGAACAGAAGGUGCUUUUGAGAAGUUUCUCACCUAAUAAAUGACUAAAUAGUCAUACUGCUGCUUUAAAUAAGGUGUAUUUAUAGAAAUAUAGCUGGGACGCGGGUGGCGCUGUGGGUUAAACCACAGAGCAUAGGACUUGCCGAUCAGAAGGUAGGUGGUUCAAAUCCCCGUGACGGGGUGAGCUCCCGUUGCUCGGUCCCUGCUCCUGCCAACCUAGCAGUUCAAAAGCACGUCAAAGUGCAAGGAGAUAAAUAGGUACUGCUCCGGCGGCAAGGUAAACUGCGUUUCUGUGCACUGCUCUGGUUCGCCAGAAGCGGCUUAGUCAUGCUGUCCACAUGACCCAGAAGCUGUACGCUGGCUCCCUCGGCCAAUAAAGCGAGAUGAGCACCGCAACCCCAGAGUCGUCCGCGACUGGACCUAAUGGUCAGGGGUCCCUUUACCUUUAUAGAAAUAGAAUGGCAAUUCCCAAAUAUACUAUUACCACUAGAGGGCAUAAUAUACUGAGACCUCUUUAUCCAACAGACCUAUGUGAAUUAAAAUGUCCCAUGUACAGUAGUAGAAAGUAAUGUUUGGGUACGUAUUCCUCAUAUUAUGCAGAUCAGAUUUUUUUUUAAAAAAAGUCUCUUCUAUACUCUGUCACUUUCUGUUCCAUUUUAGUUGAUACCACUUGAGAAUCAUAUUCUGAUUUUUCUCUCCACCUCCCCCCCACCCCUUUUGCUAUAUCAGACCUGUGGUUAACCUGCAGCCACCCAAAUGUUGUUAGACUCCAGCUCUCAUCGACCCAGCCAGCAUGGUCAAUGGUCAGGCAUGACGGAAGCCGCAGUCCAACAACACCUGGAGGGCCAAAGGUUGACUACACCUGUUAUAUCAGUUUCAGUGAAGAGAGUGUGUGUGGCAUCGUUCAAAGAAAUUGGUAGUGACUGGAAAGUAGCACAAAGGCAUCCAUUUCAAAAUUCUGAAGAAACACUGCUUAGUGGUUUCCCCCCGAAGUUUUUCUUAAUUAAGUUUUCCAAAAUUUAACACGUACAUUUCAAUACAUAAUAAAAAACAUUUUUUCUGACUUCCCACCCCCUUUUCUAUGGUGUUUGUUUCUCUCCCUCUGCUGCACCCUACCUUCUAUCUCUUAAACCUUAACUAUUAUAAUCUUUAAUCCCUUCUGUUGCGCAUCAUUCAAACCCUGCUCAUGUGUUCAUCAUAUAAUAAAAUUUCUUUAAAUAAUUUGAGAAGGAUUUCCAUUCUUCAACAAAACCUUCACCAUUAGGUUCUCUUAUUUUAGCUGUUAACUUUGCCAUGCAAAGACUGGAGUUCUAAUUAUUUCAGGAGGCCCAUCGCAAAGUUAAUUCCAUCAGCUUAUCAUGAGGUUAUUUUACAUGUAAUGUCUGCCAAGCUUAUCAUGAGGUUAUUUUACAUGUAAUGUCUGCCAAGUUUAUAGCCCUGAUUAAAAUUUCUCUUUAGCAGGAAGCAUCUUGAAUUCAAGAGGCAGUAUCAGCGGAUGUUUAGCAGGUUCAAAACAUUUCUAUAGGGUCUUAUUUUAAGGUGUAAAAAAGGAACUUGCACACCUGGGAGGGCAGGGAGUAAGGAAGUGGUAAAAUCCUAUACAACAGGUGUUAUUGAACUGCAGCUUCCAUCAUCCUUGACCAUUGGCCAUUUUGUCUAGGCAUGAUGGAACUUGGAGUCCAACAACAUCUGGAGGGCACCAGGAUGGGGAGAGCUGCUCUACUUAUCUACUCAGAAAUAAGUCCUGUUGAGUUCAAAGGGGUCUACUCCCAAGUAAGUGGGUACAGAAUUUCAGCCUAAAACAUAGAGGGGAGAGGGCUAUGAGAUUUGAUAUCUAAAUGGAACAUUCCAUGUGCAUGAGCUGUAUACAUCUAAGUACCUAAUGCUGGAGACAAAUGACAUGAUAUAGACACUGCUUUCAGAGACUGGCAUUGGUUAGAAAUGGAAACUGGACACUUGGCUUAAUUUAGCAAAGCUGUUCUUAUGCUCUCAGGUACAGUCGUACCUUGGAAGUUGAACUGAAUCCAUUCUGGAAGCCUGUUCGAUUUCCAAAACAUUUGGAAACCAAAGUGCAGCUUCUGAUUGGCUGAAGGAGGUUCCUGCAACCAAUUGGAAGUUGUGGAAGCCCCGUUGGACGUUCGGCUUCCAAAAAUAGUUCAGAAACCAGAACAGUCACCUCUGGAUUUGCGGCGUUCGGGAGCCAAAAUGUUUGAGAACUAAGUUGUUUGAAAACCAAGGUACGUUUGUGUUCAUAUGAGCUCUGAGAGGGGAACUGGGAAUUUCAGCCAAUUCCCUUUCUGUGAUUUUUAUUUUAUUUUAUUUUAUUGGUGCUCUGAAAAAGGUAUCUGACAGCAUGAAUAUUGCUGCCAUCAAAAUCCACAAACUGCUGACUGAUAACUCACACUGCUCUUAGAAAUGCAGGUGCUGGUGGUGAUGUGUAGAACAGAAACAUCCUCUAAAGUCUUCAUUAAUGAAUUGUUCUUAAUGGCUACGUUUAAAUACCAUUAGCACUACACCUUGUUCAGCAAAAUGAAGACAAUAAGUAUCUCGUGUCGUGCUCACCACUAAGUCAACUCACACCACUAAGCAAGAUGCAUUAAAAAUGACAACACUAAGGUUCAUUAGUUCUUGACUUUCCCCGCUAAGUUAAAAACAAAAAACAAUAAACUUUAGCAAAUGUCCCUGGCAUGAGAUUGGUUUUUAGUGCUCUUGGUGUCGUCCAAUGCCAUUCAAUUAAAAUAUAGACAUAACUCAAGUAAUCAUAACACUGUUCCCUUUUUACUUGUGGGCAACUUGCAUUACAAUUUGUUAAUGGAAAUUACCCGCAUAAAUCCUUUCUUUUCAAAUGAGCCAAUAGAACCCAUAAUGUAGAGUUCUUUCCUAUUCUUUAUUUAAUUCUCUCCCCAUUUCCCCCUCUCUGUCCCCUUUCUAUCAAAUGGUCAUUGGAAUGGAAGAGUGAAGAAAUGCUUAGUCAGAUUUUCUGUCAUCAUAAUGUUCGAGUAAAUAAUGUGUUACGAUUUGUUCUUUGCAGCGAUGGAUGGGCAAUCUUCCCCCAGGCUAGAUUUGAAGUGGGCCUGACUGAGACAUACUAAUUAGGACUCCAUUUUGAUUGGGUCUAGAUUAGUUUUAAAUUUUAAUUGGGACCCAUCAUCUCAUGGUUUCAGAUUGUCAGGAUCAGCCACCUUUUCCUAAAACCAUGUUUGCAAAAGGGCGGUGGGGUGCCAUGGCAUCCCAAGGCCUCAGAAUUAUGACCUAAAUGUUGUUGUGCGAGUAUGCACAGCCUUAUCUUUUGUUCCCAGGAACAAGAGGAUGCUUUUGUUUUUUCAGCAUAACCUUGCCCUUAAUCAGGAGACCUAAAAAUGUUGCAAGCUCUUCUUGCUGCUGCCCAAGUUUGCAGGAAAUGGCCGGCUGGCAGGCAGCUUAGUUAAAAAAAGAAUUUAUUUUGAAAUGGGCAUGAAUUUAAAGGGGUUCGUGGUUGUGAGAGUGAAUAAAAGAAAUUUGGCUUUUGAACUCUAUCAGUAUCUAAACUGGGUGCUAGUUCUUUGCAAAGCAGAUCAGACAAAUAGCUGGUUGUCUUGCCAUUCUAUAGCAAAUUCACCACUGGAUUUUGCAGGGAUUAGAAGCUUGUGGAAAUAACAUAUUUGUUAUUUCCAAAUAACAUUGGAAGCUCCUGCAGCCAGUUGGAAGCCCCAUCAGACGUUCGGCUUCCAAAAAUAGUUCACAAACCGGACUUCCGGGUUAGCGCCAUCGCCGAAUGGCGGACUCCCUCCGAGCUCCGGAGGGAGCCUGCUCGGCAGGGGCUGGGUCCUACCGCGCCGGCGACGCGGGGACCCUUAAAAACCACGGGCACGGAGUCCGUGGACAGGGGUGACUCGGCUUGCACCAUUAGCGCCCUCCCGACUCGUGAAGGAGCCUUGUUAAAGGCUUCGGAGCGGGUGCCGGGGAGCGGCGUGGUGCUUUGAGUCCACUGCUUUCCCUGCCGAGCGCAGCCGCAUGCCAUUCGACGGAGAGCGCUGACUUCUUCUAUUGAAAAUUUGGACUAUCAACAACAACCCGUGAGUAAUUGGGAAACCGGGUUUAAAAUUUUGGAUCUGGCACGAGCGGGGGCGAUUUAAAAAGGAAGUCAAUCCCCCCCCCUAUUGUAAGCAUUCCAAAACAAGGACUGGGUAACCAAGGUCCAAAGGGAAGUAUGUUUCUGAUAAAAAUCAUUAAUUUCACGAUGGGAAAUUAUAAGAAAUGUGCUGGAGGAGAAGAGUGGAGGGUGAGAAGAAAAUGCAAUCCCCCGGGAACCGGGGCGAUUCGUGGAGCCUGGUGAAGAGAGACGGAGACUUUGACAGCUGUCAAAGUGGCUGUCAAAGCUGGAGAAUAUAAAGAGGACUUUAUGAGGACCUUGCUGGUUAAUUUUGUUACAAUUUGCUAUAAUAUGGAUAUAAACUGUUGGAAAAUAAGCAACAAUUUGACUUUUGGAUUAGAGGAUACAAAGUUAUUACAAUCCCCUAGAGGGGUUUCAGGAUACUACAAGAACGGUCGUAAGUGGAAAAAUACCCUGGGAUUCGCACAGGAUUUGUUAUCUUCUGGGAAAGCUGCAAAACUGAAAGAGUAUUUUGUCUACAGAGGAAGACAAUGGAAUUUUUAUUGAAGAAAGAAAGGGACUGGACGUAAGUUUUUGUUCCUGAAUAACAAACCUCUGCAGAGACACUAGAUUUCUGAAUUAGAAAGUUUUAGCAGCUGAACAGGACAAGAACCUGAGAAAGUGAGGAAUAAGAAGAAUAAAGGACUGAUUACGACACGGAAAGAACAACGGGAGGAGUGGUAAAGAUCAAGGAAAUUAAAGGCCUUUGUUAGAUUGGACAUUUGAAGUCAAAUAUUAUUUAAAUUAAUAAACUAAAAGAAAACCGGCAAGAUGGAAUCGGGGAGAAAUCUGGUCAUGAAAUGAGACUUCCAAGCUGAUAAUGUAUAGACUGAUGGACAUGGGGAAUUCAAACCGGGGAAGGGGGGGGGGGGGGAGAUUUGAAAUCCAAAGGCUGUGUAACCAUUUUUUGAAUUUUUCUAUAUCUCUUAUUUUCUAUUUCUUUACAUAACUCAUGCAUGUUAUUUUACUUUGAUCGGACGUGUUUAAAAAAAAGGGAAUUUGUGGAAGGAACUGGGGUGGAUCUUGGGGAAAAUCUUUUUUCUUUUUCUGUUAAUGAUGUGGGACGGUGGCAAGAUUUGUACAAUUCAAUUUGGAUAGUGGGUUAAACAAAUUAAGCUUUAAAUUUGGGAGUGAGAGCUUGUAGAACCAAAUUAAGGAAAGGGGAAUACAAUUGGGGGGGGGAGGGGGGGAGUCCCAGAAAGUAGGGAAUGAAAGUAAGGUUUUUAAAUAUCUUCUUUCUUUUGUCUUUUUUCUUUGUAUUUUUAUAUUUUUGGAAACUUUAAUAAAUAUGAUUUAAAAAAAACAAAAAUAGUUCACAAACCAGAACAGUCACUUUCGGGUUUGCGACGUUCGGGAGCCAAAAUGUUCAAGAACUAAGCUGUUCGACUUCCAAGGUAUGACUGUAUUUAAUAACAAGUCACCCGCUUUUAUGGGACGAGGGUGGCGCUGUGGGUUAAACCACAGAGCCUAGGACUUGCCAAUCAGAAGGUCGGCAGUUAAAAUCCUUGCUACAGGGUGAGCUCCCGUUGCUUGGUCCCUGCUCCUGCCAACCUAGCAGUUCAUAAGCACAUCAAAGUGCAAGUAGAUAAAUAGGUACCGCUCCGGCGGGAAGGUAACUUUCCGUGCGCUGCUCUGGUACACAAGAAGCGGCUUAGUCAUGCUGGCCACAUGUACGCCGGCUCCUUCGGCCAAUAAAGUGAGAUGAGCGCCGCAACCUCAGAGUCGGCCACGACUGGACCUAAUGGUCAGGGGUCCCUUUACCUUUACCCGCUUUUAUAUUUUUCUUACAUACUAUUUUAACCUUUUACUUGCUACCUAUUUUCCUCACUUUCUCUUUCUGUACAGAUUUAUCUUCUUUUUCUCCAAAAUAUGGUUGUGGCACCAUAGGUGCAGCUCACAUGGCAAUUCACACCUUAUCAUGGGUGAAGCUCACCUGGAGUAUGGAGUUAUGGAAGACUUACACAAAGUUUUAAUGAUGUUUUUCCCCAGUGCUGUUGGGAUGCAUUAAACCUUCACCUGUGGACAGCAAGUUAAGACAUUAUCGACUGCUUCUGCAGCAAAUGUAGACAACUAAUUACUUUGCACCUUUCCCCAGGAGGGCCUCAGAGCAAGGAAAAGGUAAAUAGAAGAAGAUUAAAGCUCCUUCCAGAUUAUCUCUGGACUGCACUCAGAAUCAAUCCUCUGAUUAUCAUAAUUUUCUGUAUGGGUGCAUUUCACAUCAGCCCGACUAUUGGCUCUGCUGGCUGGUGCUGACAGGUAGUUAGGUCUCCUGGAGGGCCAGAGCUUCCUUAUCCCUAAUUUACUGAGUCUUGACCAACUCAAAAAAGAGACAAACAACAGGUGUCUUCACAGAACAAAUCAGGAGACUUCUGACAUGAAAGUAUUAAGUUGCUGAGUUCACUGAACACAGAACUGAACGUUUUCUCUUUUUAAAGAGCUAGACAUACUGCAGAUUAUGAUGCAAAUCAGAGGCACCGAGGCACCACAUGGUUGCCUUGGGCCAGCCCCAGUCGCUGAUGGCAAUCUAUUUGUGGCAAGCCUGAAUUAAUGGACACCUUGGCCUUUGUCGGCUGUGGCCUGCUCCUCAGUGCAGAUUCUGCUUUCCUCCAGACAUCUGUCUCUCUUCCUCCCUCAUAACAUUUUAAAAUGCAGCCCAAAGACAUAUAUAUAUUUAUGCUCCCUAUUGUGCAGAGAUGAUUUAUCUAGUGUAUCUUAUAUUUAAACAUAAGCUUGAAAUGUGGUUCUUUUGUAUUCUACUGUCAGGAAUGAGGCUUACUUAUAUCCACAGAGAUUUGUGUCUCCAGUAGCAUCAGAGCUACUUACCCAUACGUAACUAGGAAGAGCUUGCAUUGAAUUGAGACUAAGAACUUCCAGGGGCUCAUCUUAUUUAUUUAGGAAAGUUCUAUCCAGCCAUCAUAAAAUAUAUUGCAGGGUGGGAUAGAGGAACCUUGCCUUCCCCUUUCAAGGGCCUGUAAUUGUGUGCCUUGUAGACCCUUCAUUUACCCAUUUAGAAACACCAAAGAAGCUUUUUGCCUUGGUAUUCUCAAUCACCUCAGUUAUAAUUAUUGAAAUAAGGGGAAUAGCUGUAGCCAGAAUCCCAGGGUCCAUCCCAAAUCUGAGUUUUGUGUAAGCCUCAGUACGAUAAUGUCUGCUUCACCCUGUGGUCCUACAACCAGUACUCCCUGCCUGAUGUAGAUAGUUAAUGCAGCCGCUCAAGUAAUUUAAUACCGUCCUUCCUUCCCAAGAGUUCAUUAGCUGACUUUGAUGUCCUAAAAGUUGAGCACGAAUAUUAAACUCAUCAGGAAAUAUAUUGGCUGCUUUAAAGGCCGCUCCAGUGGGGAUGUACUUUUAUGUGUCUCUUCUGUUAUUAACGUCAGUAAGUGACACUCUACUACUGCAGCCAGUGUCUUUCAGACAUUUUGCCACAUUUGUCCCAAUUUGGACUUGUUGAGUUGUGACUGAAAAUCAUUACAAUCUGAUGGAUCUUUGGGAGUAAUGAGAAGUGAAUUGAUGAUGUCAGGCUAGGUGUCAAUGAGAGAAGAACCAGGAUCAAAGCUGGCAUUAGUUGUCACCCUUUUCUUUGCUUAAAAGGAAACCAACAUUUAAAUGGACGUUGAAUCCUGACUGACAGCAAGCAGUUCCUUUCUUUGAACUUUAAGAUGUGAAACCCUUCUCCUGUAUUUGCCCUAGACAUCUAAGUGAAUAGCAAUUCACUUUGCAGAAAACCUUAAUGUGUCUAGACUACUCUGCCAUUAGUCUUGACCACCACCCUUUAACCAUCUUCCUCAAAUCACCGCCUUGCUCAAAUUUUCUGUGUAUACCUUUUUUUUUUGUAUGUUUAUAUGGCUGUCUCUAGCCCUGUUCAAUCAUUCAUAUUCACACGGUUCUCAUUUCAUGAGGGAGCAGUGAGGAUGUGCUUGGUGGCCUAUUGCCAUUCACUGGUGGGAAAGUCUGAAAGGAAGAAUCUGUUUUAAAUGUGUUGGUGUGACGAAAAAGUUGGUUUUGCUGGACAGGUUGAAUCAACAAGUGUUUCUUUCUCUACCAGCAAAUGGUUAAUGAAUGGCAGCCUCUGACUGGCAGUGGUUCUAGGAGGGAGAGUUUAAAAGGAGAGGAUUUGAGGAGAGACAGGUAGUUAGGGGUUGGGGGUUGGUUAAGGAGUUGAGGGAGUUAAGAGGGUUGGUUUUGGACGGUUGGAAUUGAGGUUGGAGAGGUUAGAAGAUAGGUAGGGAGACAGCUUGAGGUAUAAUGAAUGGGAGAGAGAGUUGCUUCUGGGUCAAAAAACAACUUCCACUCUGAGCGUAUUGUGAAGGACAGAGUGUGGUGUCCUGUAGGAGGAAUAGACCGAAAUUUUACUGGGAGGCAGAGGUUGAGCCAGGAGAAGUAGGAGCUGGAAAGGAACAGCCUACUUGGGACUCAAAUCUAGUCUGGAGGGGAGAGAUUCUUCCAAGGAAAAGAAGAAACUCCCAGACCCAGUGAAGGGAGGUGAUAUGGAGAGCCCUUUGGUCUAAUACUUAAAGUACCUCAGGAGCAGGCUUGUUAAAGGGGGUGGAUAACUGAAAGAAAAUAUCACCGUAUGAAGGAACCAGACCUAUACAGUGGUACCUUGGGUUACAUACGCUUCAGGUUAUAUAUGCUUCAGGUUACAGACUCCGCUAACCCAGAAAUAGUGCUUCAGGUUAAGAACUUUGCUUCAGGAUGAGAACAGAAAUUGUGCUCCAGCGGCGCAGCAGCAGCAGGAGGCCCCAUUAGCUAAAGUGGUGCUUCAGGUUAAGAACAGUUUCAGGUUAAGUACGGACCUCCGGAACGAAUUAAGUACUUAACCCGAGGUACCAUUGUAACUCAAAAACAACUGAGGACGAAUUAAAAUGAAAUCACACUCUUUUCUUGAAGAAACCUAAGUUUAAUCCAUGUGUGUUAUAUACUAUCUUGCCUUAUAUAAAUCUUUAUUGUUUAUUUAAAGAAAACCUGUCUGAGACUCCAACUUACUAGUUAUCCCUUCACAAAGGUCCCCCUGCAGGAUUCUCAGGGCUAGAAUUAUAAGAGGAAAGGAAAAGAAACCUUUGGGCAAAGGGUUGUUUAGUAAGGUGGGGGCAAUUUAUCUGAGUGAGAGCAGGCCCACCGGCAUGAGAGGAAAAAGUGCCAACGCGCCUGUUGCAGUUGGCUCCCAUCAUGAUUUAGAACCAAAUCAUGCAGACCAGAUGCCCAUGUAUGUAGAGCAGGAUCUCUGCUUCAGACCUUGCCCAAACACAUGUGGAUGUGGGCAGGGGGAGCAGCAGGGGUUGCAAGAGCAGACCCAACUAGUGGAACCCCUCCUCUGCCCCUUGUGUAUGUAAUGGUAGUCUUGCAAGUAUGAUUGCAAGGGCUUCAUUUUCAGGCACUAUGGCUGCUUCCUUGUAGCUCGCACAGGACACACACACACACACACACACACACACACCCGCUCAAAAAAUGACAGUAAUCUUAAAAGUGAUUCCAAAUCUACAGGGCACAAAGUGAAGCGAUAUGUCUCAAAUGACGAUUUGAGAAUGGAUAUGAUAGAGGUGGCAGAUUGGCAAGCUUGAUGCAACAUAAAAGAACUUUUAACAGUUAAUUCACUCUCCUGCUUGUCUUUGACUCUGACUCAUACUCAUCAUCUGCAUUUGAAACACACAAGCCUCUUGUUUUGGGCAAUUGGAUUAUUAAAAAUGGAUGGCUUUCUCUAGAGAAUUCCCUGCUCAUUUUCAAAUAUCACACUUUAUUGAAUCAUUCAUUUAAGAGGAAAAAACGAUCUACAAUUUCAUUCUUAUGUAGGAAAUUAGAUGCAUAUUAUAUCCCUAUGAAUAGAUUGAGUUGAAGAUUGUGAGCACCUGUUUCAGUGUUUUUCUAUGCCUGUUUUUAAUUUUUACAAGAAACAUCAUUCAGUAACUCUGAUUUCUCCCCCAUUCUUUUCAUAUAAUUUUCUGAUGGUUAUUACAUUGGAAACAAGAAAUGUUUUGAAUAUUUUUCUCCCCAGUUUCUGUUUUUCUGUACACCUGUGAUCAUAUUAUUUUACUGCCAGCUUCAAAAGAGCCAUAUGCAACCGUGUUUGAAAAGUGUCCUAAUGAUAGAGUUUGCAGUUGGAAAAUAUUUAUAUGAAGAUGGGAAUUAGUAAACAUCCUUUUGAGUUCUAACCAGGAUUAUCCCUUUGGGUUUUGGUGCUUAAAACCAUUUUAUGAUCUAGAUGGUUAAGCUGUACUGAGAGAUUAGCACACAUAUACUACUCCUGUUUCCUAAAACUAGCCACAAAAGCUCAUUUAGAGAAGGCUUUUAUCACUUCACAAACUUUCAAGCACAAAUAUUUACAGAGUUCCUGAAGGAAUUAUAACAUGGGCUAGGAACCUCAGAUUUGGACUCCUCAUGUCGCCUUCCAGAACUUUCUAGUUCACUCUCAGAAGUUUCCUCCGGCCAUAUCACCUCCCAAACUCCACCCCUCAUCAGCCUUGAAUAGAAUUGUAGAAUUGGGAAGGACCAUAAGCAUAAUCUAAUCCAAACCCCUGUAUCGCACCCUUCUCAAAUGAUUUUGCUUGGCUGAUCUAUGAUAUUUAACAGUUGUUAUCAUUACAGUGGUACCUCGGGUUAAGUACUUAAUUCGUUCCGGAGGUCCGUUCUUAACCUGAAGCACCACUUUAGCUAAUGGGGCCUCCUGCUGCUGCUGCGCCGCCGGAGCACGGUUUCUGUUCUCAUCCUAAAGCAGAGUUCUUAAUCCGAGGUACUAUUUCUGGGUUAGUGGAGUCUGUAACCUGAAGUGUAUGUAACCUGAAGCAUAUGUAACCAGAGGUACCACUGUAUUAAUUUUAUGACCUGCCAUUCACCAAUAGAUCCCAAAACAGGUUACAGCAAUUUAAAAUUCAGAAGUAAAAACCCGUUAAAACAGAUUAUGAUCACAGAAAUAAGGUGGGAUACUUUUAUCAAAAUCUGUAAAAGGUUAACGAGACUGUGUUUACCCUUACAGAAGCCGUGCUGAUUCUGCUUCAGCCUGUCUUGUUCUUUUAUAGGCUUUUUAUAUUUUAUUAAGCUUUUCACCAUUUUUCCUGGAAUAGAUGUUAAGCUAGCCAUCCUAUUGUUUUCCAGAUUCUGGCUGGUUCCCUUUUCAAGCAUUAAUGUUACAUCAACCACAGUCCUUGGGUAUGGAAGCUGAUCUUAGAGAUAAGUUGCACAUUUUUGUUACAAGAUCAGCAAUUUUACAUUUCAGUUCUUUAAAGAACUCAGGAGAACGCCAAUGAUUUGUCCAUUUUUAAUUUGUCAGUAAUCUUAGAACUUUGUCUUUUGUCACCACUAUUUGCCUUAAUUCCUCAGAUUCCCUUUCUGAGAAACAGGGAUAGGAUCUGCCCUAUCUCUUUUGCUGUGUAGACAGAUACAAAUAAUUCAUUAUGGCUCUUAUGUGAUGUAUUUAUUUUUAAUGUUCAUACCCCCACCCUUUUGUCAAUCAAGGACCAAGGUAGCUUAGAGAGUUAAAAUUUGCAGAAGCACAAAUUGAACAGAAAAAAGGGAAUGCGAGAAAACAGCCAAUUAAAACAGUUGGCUCAUAAGUAUUAGGAAUUGGCUGCAGCCUCCAACUGAAGGCAGCCUUGCGUAGAAUAUGGCCCAAAAUUAUCUCCUGGAUUCAUUUUCACUUGCUUUCAUCUUGCUGCCAACAUCAGCCAGGCGUUCUGCACAUAUCAAACAUGGACGAUGAAGAUGGAACGAAAAGAAACAAUAGUGUUGGAAUGACUGUUGCACUUAUGCUGAUCUUAGAUGGAAUCUCCACAACAGGGAGCCUUCUGGCUUCACUUGAAAGGAAGGGAAACAAGAUGGAAACUGGUUGGACACAACAGGACACACUUUUUAUCAUUGUUUGACAUUCAUAUUAUAUCAUAUGGAAGAAAAAUCUUUCAGGAGUGGGGGAGAAUAUAAAAUUCUUAUCUAUGAAUGUCAUCAUACCUGACUAUUACAAGCUAGAAUUGGCUCAACUGAAAGCUGUAUAAUUUACAAAGGCUUUAAUCAAUAUUUACUGCAGUGUGAAGGAAGCAGGGAUCAAUAUUAUUGAACAGGCCUCCACAUCAUAAGGCCCAUGGGCUGAUGAUGGCCCAAAUCCUGAUAAUUUAUGCCACCGUAGAGGAAUUCCAAAUGCCUGCUGUUUCUGGCCAUUUCGUACCACUUCAGGGAAACAUUUACAAUCCAUAUAAGACCAUGAAAAGUGUUGUCUGUGGUGCAUCGUUAGGUCUGAUUGCAUCUUUCCUACUCUCCCUGGAAUUUAGAUACACGUAACAGAAAUUGUGCCAGUUUUUCCAGGCUAUGCCAGCCAGCCAUGCUAUGUAGCCUACUUGCAUCUGAAACUCCCUCACUAUGAAUUUCUAGGAGAGUGAAAUCCUGGUGUGCUUGUGCUGUUUAAUUCAGCAAGGACCAUAAACACAACAAAAAUGAUGGCACAAAUGAGAAAUACUACUAUGCGUACUUGUACUCAAGAACCCAACUAACACAUAUCCUUUUGAGUCUUUAACUCACUUGCCACAGGGUAAGUUAUAUUAGAAGAAUUAGCACUCGGACAAUAGACCAAAGCUUAGAACCAAAGAAUUUACGAAUUUACAUCAUGCUAACUGGGGCUGAAGGGAGUUCCUCCAACAGCAUUUGAAGGGCCACGAGUUUCUCAUCCCUGGUUUAGCCAAAUACAACUUAGAGCCUAUUUGAAUGCCUACUCUGUGGAGGUGACAGUGGUGAAGACAUUUUUCACCUGUCCUUAAUAUCCAGAUCCAUGAGGACGGCCAUCACCAUGGAUAAGUGAUGGCCAAAACGAGGAAGUAGUCCCAGGAUUCCAGAGAGACAGGAAGAUGAGACAUACAGGAUCAGGACCUUGGAGAAGAACCAUGGAGAGGAUUUCAGAAUCACAGUUAGUACCGUAUUGGUCUGAAUAUAAGCUGCACCCGCAAAUAAGCCGCACCUUUAAAAUUCAAGGGGAAGGGGGGAAAAGACAAUACCCGAAUAUAAGCCGCUCCCUUGAAAUUCUGCAGGCACUCACACCUGUAAAUGGCAAAUGUAGAAGAAAAUCUAGAGAGGACCCACUAGAGAGGACCCACAAGUGAGUUAAACACCUGUUUGUUGCACCGUAAAUGCAGAUUAAAAAAUCAAUACUGCACUGUAAAAUAUGGGGAAAGUGAUGAAUGACAUUAGAAUUAAUUGCACAACAGUCUAAAGCUCGCAAUGCGGCAAGAAAACAUUUUUUUGUGCCAUUUAAAAAUACGUCUGUUUCAACAGCGAUAUCGUAAGAGCCAGUUUUUGUAAGUUCACAAAUUUAAGCCGCACUUUAACUUUUCAUGAUUAGAAUUUGGGGUGGAAAGUGCUGCUUAUAUUCGGGCCAAUACGCUAAUCCUGCAGCUGAGGCAGGAAAGUAUCCAUGUGGUGUCCUGCAGCAACUGGCAGAUCCAUAAAUCCUGGGUUAGGUAUUCAUUAGCUAUAUCUGGCCAGUAAAAGGGCCUGGUGUCUUUCUUCACAGUUGUUGCCUUCUUCUAUGUCCUGGUGUUUCAAGCUGUGAGGAUUUCUCCUUAGGUCUCUCCCGAACCUCUUGAGGAGCCUGUGGACCAAGAAUCAGAGUUUGAUGUCAAGAGUGUCUCCUUGGGGUUCAAGAGAAGAGAUACAGGUUCCAUUGAGUGUGACUCCACAUGGGGCUGACCACUGAGAGUAUCCAUCUCCUCCUCAGCACUUCCAUUGUCAGAAGACUCUGCCUCUGAGGAUUCCUGCUCUGGGCCCAUGACACCUUCAUGAUACCAUCUAGUGGAGCUCUUCAGAGCAGUUAAGGGGCUUAUUCAACAUUAUCCAUAUCCAUGCAUUCAAGGCAAAUGUGUGUAGGCUUAAAACCUGGAGUAUACAAGUUGUGGCCCCACACUUGCUGGUUCCAUUUCAGACCUUCCCAUGUUCACCACAGUGCUCUGAAGGAAAGUUCUGAAUGCAAUUAGAAUCCUCUCCCAGGAUUGGGAACCUCAGUAACUGAGAUUUUGAGGACAGGUCUGUGCGAUCCGUAGUCCAAGCGUAUGGCUUAUCUGAAAAGGAUUACACACCCCUGAAAAAACUAGGCAUUCUGUUGCAUUGCCACUUCUCCUGGCUGAUUUUUUUUUUUACCUUGCUUAAGUAACAUUUCAAAUUGAUGACCACAGCCAUCUCUGUGAAAGCUGCCCUUAGCAAAUGUGCAAGCCAGGCAUUGACUGGGCUGGGGGCUUAUGCCAGGAUAAGAACACACUGCAGUAGUGUGAAUAAGAUUUCUGCUUGCCGGUUAGUUUCUGUGUGGUUCUGAUCUACAAAAUCCUAGUUACCUAAGGUCAAGCCUGUCUGGGUUCCAGACCCAUCUGGCCACUUAAUGGAAAUGCAUGUUUAGAGAACUCCAGCUCUCUCUUUUUAGGAGACCAUGAAAUCCUCCCAAGUAUCUGAGCAAAGCGGAAGGUUUGAUUCAUACUGCUAUUUCAUUAAUGGAUUAUUUCUCAACACUGCUGAUUAAAUCAUGUUAUUUAAUAUUGAUUUUGUGUGUAUGAGAGACAGAAAAGAGCCAUUAUGCGUUGUUUCUUCAUAUAUUCUAUAAGUUAGUAAAACAGUGAAUUGACUUCUUGCAAAUCUUCAUGCUAGAUCUUUGGUUUUGAAUAAUAUAUGUUGGGGAGGGGGAGAUGUGUAGAUAAUUUAUGAACAUAUAAUAACUGCCUGUUGACAUAAUUGCAAGCUGAGAUUACUUGAAUUCUUAGAAUGGUAAACAAAUAUAAUUUUAAUUGUCUAAUGUAAGUAUAAGCAUAAAUAGUUAACACCACUGGAUGUUUCUUUAAUGAGAUUGUAUUUGAACAGAAAAUGUGCAGUUACUAUAGAAGUUACUAUAGGAAUUCAUAAGGUGUGUGUUGAUCUUCAGACUUUGUUGUGUUUGGCUUUCUCUCACUUUCUCUCUUUUGGGCUGUUGAACUCCUAAGUAUCUUUUACUGUUUAGUGAAAUUGAUUUCCUUCAAUAUGUGACAUGACUUCUGAUUGAAUCACAAAUGAGCUGCCAUCAUUCAGUCAGAAACAUCUGCUUCCUAAUAUUACAGACGUUGGAUUGGAUCCAAAUAAUCUGCUGGGUGAGUGGAAGCACUUCUGCUAGGGGAAGGAAUGUCAAUUUUAAACAUACCUCUUUCUGUGCUUCCUAAAAACCCAUGCUGGAAAGUUGUAGAUCUGCCAUCUGCAGCAUUUUGUACCACCUCCUCCUGUUUGGGCAAAUGUACUAGAAGACCCUCAGAGGAUGGCAGAUGAAGUUGAUGGACUAUAUGGAAUUGGCGGAAAUGACUGGCAGAAUCCAAGACCAGGGAGAAGAGUCGGUGGAAGAAGACUGGAAAAAGUUUAAAGACUAUUUACAGAAAUACUGUAAAAUUAAUGAAUGUUAGAAAAAUGUUGGAAUGAAGUUAUAUGGUGUCAGGGAACUGCCAUCGGAAGGAAGGGAGGUGAAAGGACUCACACAGGUUGGGAGAGACUCAGCAGCUGAAGAGGGAACCAGUAGGGGGAGAGGAGCUGAGCUGAGGGAAAGUGAGCUGGAGGGUUGGCUCAGAGACACUUCCAGCGAAAACAGUGGGGAGGUUUCAGGACCUCCUGUAGGAACACUCACUCCUCGCCGGAAACUGUCACGCAGAGAGUCCAGAAGACGUGUUUCCGUUAAGGAGCUUUUAUGUUGGAAGCGAUUCUGAAAGCAACCACUGUCGGAAUCUGCUAGUGACUAGAGGAGCCAUGUCUGAGGGGCUCCGUCACAGACAGAGGUUUGUGGACUUGAACAAACUCUAAGGGGAUACUAUUUUACGCACAAGCAGCUCAUCAUCCCAUCACAGCAUUCCGACAGUCUUUGAAAGCAGCUUGUGCAGGAGAAGGCAUCAUGAGCAACCCAGCCGGAACCGGAGAAGCAGGAGCUGGAGCGGGUCCAAGCCUGGAAGAAAGGUACCGGGUGUUGGAGGUCCAGCUAGCGCUGCAGACGGCGAGGCUUGAGGAGAGGAGGGCUCAGGAUGCAGACAAAAAGGGCAAGCCACCCAGCUCGCCAGAAAGGUACCAGGAUUGGUGCAGAAGUUUGGGGGGGAGCCCAAAGACUAUCAUGGCUUUCGGACAGAGAUGCAAUAUGCCCUCAAUCUGCAGUUUGAUGAAUUCCCUGACGAGAAAUCACGAGUGGCUUUCGUGAUUGGGCAUCUUGAAAAGGGGGCGAGAGACUGGGUUAGACCCCUGAUGGCAGCGAAUAGUGACGUCCUAAAGGACACGAUGAAGUUCUUUCGCGCCAUGGAUCUGAUGUUUUCCAGCGAUAUUGAACAGGGAGUGGUGCGCAGACAGUUAAUGGCUUGCAAACAGGGGAGCCGAUCUGUCCAUGAGUACUGGACUGAGUUCACCAUGCUGGUUCACAGAUUGGGGUGGGACUUAUCGGCGGAACCCAUUCAAAUGCUCUUUGAAGAAGGGCUUUCUUCGGCUGUGAAAGACGAACUUUCCCGGGCGCCCAGGGCGGAGUCUAUGGACCAGCUGACCAAAUCAGCGCUGACCAUAGGAGCGCGCCAGGAGGCGAGAGCAUUGGAGAGGCGGGAAGGGAAGGGGGAACGUUGGAAGGAGUUCCGCAUUCCAGACAUUCCAGAGCCAACUUUCCCGCCGGCAGAGCCGAUGGAAAUCGGAACAGCGCGCGCGCGCGCAGUUUCAAAGCCCAGUGAGGGGGGAAAGAAGGAGGGAAAACGCGCCCGGAAAUGCUAUCUCUGCCAACAGCCAGGUCACUUUGCCAGAGUAUGCCCCCAGAGGAAGGAAUGGCAAGGGAUGGUAGGAGCUGUGGAGGGAAGAGAGGAAGAAAUACCGGAGCAAGUAAAAGCCAACGCCUGGCUGCCACCGUCGGGGCACAGCAGCCAGGCCAAAGAGCAGUGAGAGUGCCCACGCCAGAACCUCCUAAACCCGCCCUAGUGAUAGAAGUGGCGCUAGAGCUGCCAAACGGACACCCUCUAAAGAUAAAGGCGCUGUUGGACUCAGGCAGCUCCUGCAAUUUCAUGAGCAAAGAGUUUGCAGCUGAACACCAGAUACAGACGAUCCCUUUAAGCAACCCCUGCAGGUGACCACGAUCGAUGGCAGGGAGCUGUUGGGAGGAGAAGUCAGCUUGCAGACCGUCCCAAUGAUAAUGAAGGUGGCAAGGCACACCGAACUGAUAGCGUUUAAUGUGGCCACCUUGGGAGGAGCUCCCAUUAUAUUGGGGAUGAGCUGGCUAGCGUUACAUGAUCCGCUGGUGGGCUGGCAUCAGAGAGUGGUUUCUUUUGGUUCAGCACAUUGCUUAGAACACUGCAAAGAGGGAAAGGGUUUGGCAGGGGCCCAAGCCACCCUAGCAGGGACUGAAGUAAUGGAGAACGGGAAGGUACCACGACAAUACGCAGAUCUCCGCGACGUCUUCAGCGAAAGGGAAGCUGACCAACUACCCCCGCAUAGACCCUUUGACUGUCAAAUCAAUUUACUCCCUGGGGCACAGCUCCCUGUAGGCAAGCUGUACGCCAUGUCAGACAGAGAGAUGCAGGAGCUAAGAGAGUUCAUUGACAAGAACCUGAAGAGAGGGUUCAUCAGAGAGUCCAGGGCGGUGGGGGGCAGCCCAGUGUUUUUUGUGGAUAAAAAAAACACAAACAAGCCGAGGCUGGUGUGUGACUUCAGGGCCUUAAAUGCAGUGUCAGAACCAGUGGCCUUCCCUAUGCCCAGGAUUGACGACAUUUUGACAAGGGUGCGGAAGGGAAAGAUUUUCACAAAGCUGGACCUAAGGGGGGCGUACAACCUGAUACGAAUAAGGAAGGGGGAUGAAUGGAAAACCACCAUGUUCACCCCUUUAGGGGCAUUUGAAUAUUUGGUUAUGCCCUUCGGCCUACAAGCAGGCUCCGCAUGCUUUCAAUCGUUUAUGAACCACGUCCUGGGGCCUUUGCUUUACAAGAAUUGUGUGGCCUUCUUAGACGACGUGUUGGUGUAUUCUGAGAAUGAGGAGCAGCAUGUGAGAGACGUCAGAGAAGUGUUGAGCAGGCUGCAAGCCAACCGGCUGUGGGUGAAACUGGAGAAGUGUCAGUUUCAUACCAAAGAGGUGGAAUUCCUGGGGUAUCGCCUGUCAGACAAGGGAUUGACCAUGGAUCCCGGCAAGGUCCAGGCGGUGCUGGAAUGGAAAACACCCAAAACAAGGAAGGAUGUGCAGAGGUUCCUAGGAUUUGGGAACUUCUAUCGUAAGUUCAUCCGAAACUUUGCCCACCUGACGGCGCCCAUUACGGACUGUCUCAGCAGUAAGAAGAAGUUCGUUUGGACUGAGGAGGCGGAGCGAGCAUUUGAGGAACUAAAAAGGGCCGUCGCCUCGGAACAACAACUCCUGCAUGUGGAUUUACAAAAACCGAUGAGAGUGGAAACUGACGCAUCAGACAGAGCGAUUGGGGCGGUGCUUCUGCAGCCAGGGAAGGAGGAGUCAGAGUGGAGACCGUGUGCUUUUUUCGCGAAAGCUGAACAAAUCCGAGAGGAACUACACGGUGUAUGACCGAGAACUACUAGCCAUUCAUGAGGCGUUCCGGAGAUGGAGGCACCUGCUAAUUGGCGCACAACAUAAGGUGCAAGUGUGCACUGACCACAAGAACCUAGAGUAUUGGAGGACGGCACGAGUGCUCAACCAACGGCAAGUGAGAUGGGCCCAGGAGUUCUCCAAAUUUAACUUUGAGAUUGGUUACGUGCCAGGCCCAGAGAACAUUAGGGCGGACGCUCUCUCACGCAAACCUGAAUAUUUGGAGGGGGAGGGAGCACCCGAAGAGAGACAUGUCAUUCCAGAGGACCGCUGGGUGUGUGGGGCGGCAUUGGUGGGACAAAGAGAACUGGUAGAGGAAACAGAGAAUGAUGAAUACGCCCAGAAUAAGCUCAGAGGUAUUAGGGGUGAGGGAGAGGAACCAGGGGGUUUCGAGGAAAGAAAUGGAGCUUUGUAUUACAAAGGGGCACUGUAUAUCCCUGAAGGAGACUUAAGGGGGGAGGGUACUCAAGCAAUUGCACGACAGCCCUACGGCGGGGCAUUUUGGACAACACAAAACCAUGUGGUUGGUCACCAGGGAAUUUUGGUGGCCUAAGGUGAGGGAAGAUGUACGUGAGUAUGUAAGAGGGUGCGAGCAAUGCCAGCGAGCCAAAGGGGAAAGGCGGGCGCCGGCGGGGCUAUUAGAACCCUUACCAACCCCAGAACGACCUUGGGAGGCAGUGUCGAUAGAUUUUAUGACUGAUCUGCCGAAGUCCAAAGGGAAAACAGCCAUCAUGGUGGUGGUAGACCUACUAACAAAGAUGUGCCACUUUGUAGCUUGCUCGCAUGCAGUCACGGCGGAAGAGACAGCGAAGUUAUUUGUAGAACACAUUUUUAGGUUGCACGGGGUGCCAUUGAGGGUGGUCUCAGACCGAGGAAAACAAUUUACUUCCAGGUUCUGGAGGAAGCUCAUGAGCUUACUGCAGGUGGAGGUCAAUUUUUCGACUGCCCGGCACCCUGAAACCAACGGGCAGGCGGAAAGAGCAAACGGUGUCCUCCAGCAAUACCUGAGGUGUUAUGUCAAUGACAGAGAGAAUGACUGGGUAGAAAAGUUGGCGCUGGCGGAAUUUGCCUACAACAAUGCCGAGAAUGUGUCCACAGGGAUGAGCCCCUUCUUGGCUAAUUAUGGGUGUCAUCCCAGGGCUUUCCCAGGGGAGAUGGGGAGAGAUGGAGCGUCCCGGCAGCCGAGCAUUUUGUGGAAGAAAUGGAAGCAAUCCAUCGUCAGCUCCAACUCAACUUAGAAAGGGCGAAGGAAGAAUACAAGAGGCAGGCAGACAAGAACCGAAGGGAAGGUGAAACCAUAAGGGUGGGAGAUAGGGUGUGGCUGUCAACCCAAGGGUUGCCGUUCAAAGGAGGUUGUAAGAAAUUAAGACCCAGGAGGUUGGGUCCCUUUGAGGUCAUUCAACAGGUCAACCCAGUGGCUUUCAGGCUCCGGUUACCCAACCACAUGAAACUGCACCCAGUAUUUCACAGGUCGUUACUGUCACCGUAUGAAAGGGGACGAGAAGGGAUGGCCACUCGGGGACCGGUCAUAGAAGAAAGAGAAUGCAGCAGCCAUGUGGCAGAAAUCCUCGACGCCAGGUGGAAGGGGGAUCAGGUGGAGUAUUUGGUAGCGUGGGAAGGAGAACCGGAGUCAGAAAACACUUGGGUAAUGGCCGAAGAUAUCAAUGACGAGGUAUUGAUAGAAACGUUCCAUCAAAGGUUCCCAAGGAAACCUCAGCCUGUGGAGAGGUUCCGGAGGGAAUACUUUGGGACCACUGAUGAGGAGGAGGAGUUGGAAGGAUUCCCGGACUCGGAAGGGGAAGGCGAGAUGGACUCUGAGGAGGAGGAGUACUUCGAGACCAGGAACCGCAACAGGUGGAGAGAAGUGUUCAAGACAUCGGAAGAUGAAGGAAGUUCAUUCCGGGGUUUUGCCUCCUCACCGCCCGUAGAGGAGGGGGCGAGAGGGGGUGAAAGGGGCCCUGGAGGGGAGGUGGAUGUCAGGGAACUGCCAUCGGAAGGAAGGGAGGUGAAAGGACUCACACAGGUUGGGAGAGACUCAGCAGCUGAAGAGGGAACCAGUAGGGGGAGAGGAGCUGAGCUGAGGGAAAGUGAGCUGGAGGGUUGGCUCAGAGACACUUCCAGCGAAAACAGUGGGGAGGUUUCAGGACCUCCUGUAGGAACACUCACUCCUCGCCGGAAACUGUCACGCAGAGAGUCCAGAAGACGUGUUUCCGUUAAGGAGCUUUUAUGUUGGAAGCGAUUCCGAAAGCAACCACUGUCGGAAUCUGCUAGUGACUAGAGGAGCCAUGUCUGAGGGGCUCCGUCACAGACAGAGGUUUGUGGACUUGAACAAACUCUGAGGGGAUACUAUUUUACGCACAAGCAGCUCAUCAUCCCAUCACAUAUGGCUUUAGUAGAAAUGUUAUAAGGAAUUAAGUAUAAAUAGAUUAAAGGGUAUUAAAGGGAAAAAUAAGGUUAGAAUGUGUUAAAAUAAUUAAAGGAUAGAAAGCAAAGGAAGAUGGAAAGGAAUUGCUGAAACAAUUAACAGAAGUGGAAUACAAAAAGGGAGGUGUGAGGAGGUCAUUGAAAUAAGUGAAUGAAAGAUAAGAUAUUGAAACUGUUUGAUGUGUUUUAAACUGUUUUUGUUUUGUUUUGUUAGUUUAAUGUGUUAGUGUUAUGUACUGUUUUUGUAUUGUAUUGUAUUGUUUAUUUUUUUGUAGUGUUUAAAUUGUUGGAAAAGUAAUAAAUAUAUAUUUUUUAAAAAAAAUAGAAGACCCUCAGAGGUAUAGGUGCUCCUUCCAGAUGUACAACAGAAUCUUAAUACCUUGCUGAAAUACCUCUGUGUCUGUUCUGUGCCUGGGUGGGAGAUUUAUAUUUGAUUUUAAUAUUUGUAUUCCAUUUUUCCAGUGACAAAUUCUGAGCUCAAAGUGGCUCACAGCCGCUAUACUGUCAAACACAAUAAAGCAAAUUAACAACAAAUUUCAUCAAAAUGAUUAGUGCAAUUCCGUAAAGUCAUCGUAAUUCAAAAUAUCAGAAAAUAUCAGAAAUUAUUUAUCAAAAUGAUUAAUACAGUUCAACAAAGUCAUAGCAACUGUGUACAUCACUUGGGGUUCCAUUGAAAGAAAGUGGGAUAUAAAUUGAAGAAUGUCUAAGACACUAUGGACUUACUUUCUGUAGGACUAUCAGGGCCGACCCUGCUAUCGGGCAGAGUGAUUUUGUGUGUUAUGAAAAGUGAGCAAAUUGUGAGUUACAUAAUUUAUUUUUGAUGUAAUUAUUCACUUCUGGGAGGAAGUGCUUGUGGGAUUUUCCAUCUCGGAGGAAGAGAACUUGGCCAACCUUGGAUACUAUGCUCCAGGACCUGGGAGAGAAGAUGCUAUUUUCUAUUCCACCUCAGGCAGUACAAUGUGUUGACAUCUGUGCCAUACUGAGUGAUGCUGCCUUGCUGAAAGCUACAUGAUGACCUUUGUGGCAAGGAUUUGAACACGUUGCUGGAACCAUUCAUCCUCAUUUAGUUUCUCUGGUGUGAAGAAUGAGUGAAUGGUAGAUGCAGACUUCUGACCUCUUCUUUUGUACAAUCCCCAAUGACAAACGUAAGGGCAGAAGCAGUGCUCUGUAGAUUAACCCUAAAUGAUAGGUAUGGUUUCUGAACACAUGGUCUUAUAUCUGUGGAAGUUGGUGUGUUCAGGCACAUUUAAAAAUUACUAUGCUUGGUCAAAUAUUUCCAACCGUUCAGUGUUUCUGAAUUUUCACCUAAGAGUCUGCUUGCUUGUUUUAGAGCGCCUACAGAACCACACAGUUGUUCAGGUUUUUUAAAACGUAGCAGAAAAGCACUCAGGCACUUGUUACAUAAUUAAACUGCAUUAUACAUUAACUCCUGAUAUAAAUAUACAUAUUUCUACUCCUUUCUAUCCUAUAGGCGUCCUGAGAAGGUGUGUUUGUGUCCAUUCUUGCCAGUCCACCCACUGAAAGUCUCCACCUGUUUGUAUAUCAUCCAGCAUCCAGCAGAGGUGAGUAAGGUUGUGGGAAAUGCAAAGGUUCAACUAGCAAGUUAGCUCAGCAAACAGGAAAUAACGCAAGUGAAAACUGGCUUAAGCCCUGUGAAAUUCAGUCACUUUAGAAGCUGUUACCAACCUCAGCGGCAGUCUCUAACCUUAUAUGCUAAAGCUUACUUGUUUUGUGUUUGCUCAAGCUGUUUGCUGUUUUCUCCUGUGAUGGGAAAAAUAGUGCCGUUUAGUACAUACAGUGGUGCCCCGCAAGACGAAUGCCUCGCAAGACGAAAAACUCGCUAGACGAAAGGGUUUUCCGUUUUUUGAGUCGUUCCGCAAGACGAAUUUCCCUAUGGGCUUGCUUCGCAAGACGAAACGUCUUGCGAGUUCUUGCGAGUUUGUUUCCUUUUUCUUAAAGCCGCUAAGCCGUUAAUAGCCGCUAAGCCGCUAAUAGCCGUGCUUCGCAAGACGAAAAAACCGCAAGACGAAGAGACUCGCGGAACGGAUUAAUUUCGUCUUGCAAGGCACCACUGUACUUCCUUUCUUUCAUUGUAGCUCUUUUGAUUAUUGGUUUGCAGAUAUUUCUGAUUUUAAGUGUGAAAUAACUUUCCUUCACUUUAUUUUUUCUGUCUGCUAGAAAUAGCUAUGUUAUACUGUAUAUCACAUCUCCCAAUCAACACACAUUAUUGUUGCAAGCUUUACACAGCACAUGAUUAUUGGGCAUUGCACAAAUACUGUAAAUACAAAUAUAGGUAUAUGUGGUUCAUUUCCUGAAUAUUUUUGUUUUCCUUCUUUGUACAUUUUCAAGUUCAGGUAUAUGUUUGCUUGGUAAUAGGUUGGACCCAAUUGUUUGGGGAUAGGUAUACGAAUUAUUUUGCCAAGGGAUAAUGGUUUUUAGAGGUUUUCUUCCUUAUCCUGUGAGUCGUAGUGUUUUCAGGUUUAUAAUACAGGCAAAUCCAGUUUUGCGUGUGUUCAAAGAAUGACGUAAAUCUCUUUGUUUUGUUUUUAUAACCAUAUGAACUGAAGGAAAGUAGAGUACUACGAACUGUACCCCUUCUGGCUGCUUGUCUACCCGAAGAAAAAUGCAAAGUCUUGAUUGGUCGUCGCUUCAGUGAAGACAGGUAAGGAGCACUGAUAGUUUAACUUCCAUUUCUUCUAUGAGCAGUUACUCGUAAUUGUAAGUUAACUUUGUGUCAAUUGGCUAAAUGUUUUAUAGUGCACAUACGAUGAAGGUGAAACAAGCUAAUGUUCCAAUGUGCCUAAACGAAAUAAAACAAAUUUUAGACACUCCCAAGCAAAUGGCAAUUCUCAUUGCUUCUUUUUACAUCUCUAAUGCCCUGUUUAUUUACUGUUUGUUUAUUCCUUCAGAUCUGCUUCUUGGCUUUUUGCUAUAUAUCUGCUACAUAUAUAAUCUCUGUCCAGUAAGUUGACGGUGCCUCACAUAAAUGUGUGUUUCACUGCCAUUUUCUUUGAGUAGGAUUCACCUAAGUUGUUGCGUACAUGAAACAAUGUCUGCUCACACAGUAAGACAGGCAGGGCCAAACUUGGUCCUCCAGCUGUUUUGGGACUACAGCUCCCAUCAUCCCUAGCUAACAGGACCAGUGGUCAGGGAUGAUGGGAAUUGUAGUCCCAAAACAUCUGGAGGGCCAAGUUUGGUCAUGUCUGCAGUAAGACUUUCCCCUGUCUCCUGCCUGCUCUAUGCUACUGCACCCCCUAAAUUUGUUUUGGCGGGUUGGGGGAACCCUCAGAACAGGUUUAGGGGAUGUGGGGGGGUGGGAGCAGUGAGAGGAAAAUCUCACUGCAUGAGUAGUCCAUGCAUGGAUAGCACCCUAUGUUCACAUCUAGUAUAAGUCUCUGGCUUUGUGUCAGGUUUGCAUCCAUUCCAAACUUCUAAGUCACGUAUCUCCUAACUCUGGGGGGAUAUAUCGAUUUUUUGCCCGGGACCGGUAUGAGGAGCAGACCGCAAUGUCGACUUCACUCAGCGGUAUAUCACUGGUGAAACCGCCACCGCUCCUGAGUCCCUGUGCUAGCAGCAUCCACUGGAGGGAGUCAAGAGUCCCUUCCACCAGCAGGCACUGCUAGCAGAGGGACUCACGAGUGGCGGUGGUGGUUUCACCAGAGAUGUGUAAAGGUAAAGGACCCCUGGAUGGUUAAGUCCAGUCAAAGGCGACUAUGGAGUUGCAGCGCUCAUCUUGCUUUCAGGCUGAAGGAGCCGGUAUUUGUACACAGCCGACUUUCUGGGUCAUGUGGCCAGCAUGAAUAAACCGCUUCUGGCGCAACAGAACACCAUGACGGAAACCAGAGUGCACAAAAAUGCCGUUUACCUUCCCGCCACAGCGAUACCUAUUUAUCUACUUGCACUGGUAUGCUUUCGAACUGCUAGGUUGGCAGGAGCUGGGACAGAGCAACGGGAGCUCACCCCGUCGUGGGGAUUUGAACCGCCGACCUUCUGAUCAGCAAGCCCAAGAGGCUCAGUGGUUUAGACCACGGCGCCACCUGCACUUUACCUUUACCAGAGAUAUAUCACUGAGUGAAACCGCCAUCCCACUCUGCCAUCAUAUGAUGCAGAGGGAGAAACAAGCAAGGCGCCAAUACAGCUUGUUCCUCCCUCUGCAUCUUUUAAACUACUUGACUGAGGAGUGUGCAGCUGCCCUUGCCUCAGUCAAGCAGUUAAAGGAGCCCCCAGCCCGUGCUGGCUCCCGCAAGCGAGUGGCGGGAAGGGGGACACCGUGAAACUGCUCAGCUGAAGGCAGCGCAGUUGCCGUUCCCAGAAGUGAGCAGUUAAACAUCGCGGUAUAUCGCUGGUAUAUGUUUGGCUGGCGAUACACAGCCAUGUUGAAAAGCUGAUAUUGCCCAGCCCUGCUCUGGGCAGUGUGUAGACAUCCAGAUGUCUACUGAUCAGGAUGCAAGUUACUUCUCUUUUCUCAAGGAAAUAAACCAGGGGUCAGCAACCUUUUUCAGCUGUGGGCCGGUCCACCGUCCAUCAGACCAUGUGGUGGGCCAGACUAUAUUUUUUUUUGGGGGGGGGGAAAUGAACGAAUUCCUAUGCCCCACAAAUAACCCAGAGAUGCAUUUUAAAUAAAAGCACACAUUCUACUCAUGUAAAAACACUCUCAUUCCCGGACCGUCUGCAGGCUGGAUUUAGAAGGCGAUUGGGCCGCAUACUGCCCCCAGGCCUUAGGUUGCCUACCGCUGAAAUAAACUAUAAAUGCAGGAAUUAAUAUUAGUAACUCCUGAACCUGCUUGUGGAAUCUAAGGCAUCUCAACCCUUUUUAAGCUACUCUUAAGUGUUCAGCUGUUACCUCAUAAGAGACUGGUAUCUGUAUCUACUGAGUUUUCCACCAGUUUAGGUUAUUAUUAUUAUCAUUAUUUAUUGAAUUGAUAUACCGCCCUAUAGUCGGGGGUCUCACUGUGGUUCACAGAACAAAAUCAAGAUAUAAAACCACAAAAUACAUAAUAAAAAUAAAAACAAUAACCCAAUAGCCUCCCCUCCUUUCUGACUCAUGGCUAGCAUCCUUCGUAGCUCCCUAGUUCUUGGUCCUCUAACCAGAGCCAUCUUCAGAACAGAGUGCCCUUUGCACUAACUUCUUGUCUUCUGUAUUUAGUGAAGUUCUAGCCCAGUUUAUCCUGCUUCCACCUAGGUAGUUGCACUCCCUAGUCUCACUAUUUAGAGAAUUGCCACCUGAGGAAUUCCGACGCUGAGUCACAACCACUGAAUGAAAAGGCGCUGGAAAUGUCUCUUCAAGGGCUGGAAGUAUAAUAAAUGUGAUGGUAUGAGCGGGAAAGAUAAGAUGUUUUGAGAAGUACAGAGAAAUGAAGCAAAGCACGCCCCAGCCCAAAGGCACACUGAAGCAACAUAACAUGCACCUCAAGAUCAAAUUUUAGAUUUCAUAGUGUGCCUACUAUUGCUCAGUGUAAUCUUCUGGCAGAAAUCUUUUCAAAGAAAUGUUAUUAACUUCAUAGCACAGGGGGGAAAAACACCAAGCAUUUUAUCUAUUUACCGUCAUGCUUAAUUUAAAGUAUUCCAUAAAUAAAUAAAGCUAUAUCCUGUAAUGUAUAAUACUUUAUUUAAUUAUCAUUGUGUAUUUUUGGCCAAGUGCUUGUUCUAUUAUUCAUCAGGAAAGUUCUGAUGAAGUAGUGAAACUAUUAUCCUAGGAUUUAUUUAACUCUUUUAAGAGAUAUUUUUACAAGCAUUUUUAAAGUCAUCAAUCCUUUUUCAGUUGAACAGUAGAGUAUCCUAAUACAGUGGUACCUCGGUUCUCUAAUGAAAUCUGUUUGGCUUCCGAAAUCCAUUUGGAAACUGAGGCCCAUUGGUUGCAAGAGCUUCUUGCACUCAGUGGAAGCCAUGUCGCAUGUCCGGGUUCUGAAAAACAUUCGACAACGGACGCAUUUACUUCCAGGUUUUUGGUGUUCGAGAACUGAAACGUACAACAACGGAGGCAUUCGGGAACUGAGGUUCUUUUGUACUUUAAAGCAAACACUACCAACAGAUUAGUAAUAAAAUAAUCAAUUUUUCAUGUCAUUAAGUUAUUUUACUGGAGCUUUAAGGGUGAUUUUGCACUUGGUUAAGCAAACUUUUGUGCUAAUUAAAUUCUUUGAAAGCCAUUUCUCCAUAUUAUCAUAGUUCUGCAUUUUUAUUUUUAUUUUUUUAAAGCUAAAAUAAGCCCAUUUGUUUUUUCCCCCUGAUAUCUUUUAUAUAUAUAUCCUCCUUUUAUUAUUUUAGCGUCUUUUUAAAGGUCCCCCCAAGACCUUCAGUUUUAAUUUUAAUAAAUUAAAACGCUAUUGAUGUUUCAGAGGUACUUAGAAGAACAGAAUCUUCAUAUUUUGUGCAGAUGAAAAGCAAAACAAAUCUAAAUCUUCAAAAUUCUUCACAGAUUAACCUGAAAAUCAAUCUGAAAAGUUUUCUAUAAACUUGCAGCAUUGAAGUGCUGAAAUACAACAAAAAUGUAUUGGAAAUGAACAAAUUUAGUGGAGGGACACAUUGAAAAGUUGCUGAGACUUUGCAGAAUGGGCAAGAGUUUACCUCUCCAAAUUCAAGGUGGAAGCAGCAUUUUUGGAAUGCUCAUGUCUAUAGAGGAAAUCUGAAUAAAAUAAAAUAAAUGUAGCUCUCAAGAGCAGUUUUGUGGUGAUGUAUUUUACUGAGUGCAUUGGCCAUAGACAAUAAGUAUGGUAACUAUCCUAGGAAAAAUAUAACUUUAGAGACAGAGUGCAGAGAGUAAUCCCUAUCUAUGUUAUCAAUAUUUGUUUCCUUUUUGCCAAAAAGAGUUGCCUAAAAAUAGAAGAGAAUGGCAAAUAUAAUAUGGGGUUUUCUUUAUGAAAUAUGUCUGAUAAAAGUAGCCUGGAGUCUUGGUCUGUAGUCACAACUAGCAUUACAACAGACAACAUUUUAGUUUUAGAUUCAGGAAAGCAAAAUAUAUCUAGGAAUAGCAUGAAAUCCCUGUCCUUUCUUAGAUGAAAUUGCAUGGCCGUCUCAGCCCUGUCUGAAAAGUGGAGCAGCAUUCUAAGUGGCAAAGAAAAAAGUAGUUCUAUAUAAUAAAAAGAUGGCUUCCAAAACAAAAAGGACUUAGAAUUUUAAUCUCUCUUUCAAGAUGGGUUUUGAAAAUUCCCAUCCCACCCUACAAGUAUCUGUUUGCAUUCUUAAAUGGAAGUUCUUCUGCUGAUAUAUCAGCAAAGGUGUCUGGUUUCUUAACAAUUUGCCCCAACACACCAUCCACAAAUGUAUGAAGGACAAUUUAUACUCAUAUCAACCUGACUCUGCACCAAGAUCUUUGGAAACCAUUCUGCAAGGUUUCCAUACUGUCUGAGAUGGGGUAGGUAGCAGUUAGGGAGAGGCCCUCAUCAGUUGUUGCUUCCCACUUAUGAAUUCUGCCCCCUGAGGCUCAUCUGGUAUAGAGAUGUGUUUUUAGCAGCCAGGGGAAACCUUUUAAAAAAAUUAAAAAUCUUUAACUCAGGCAUAGGCAACCUUGGCCCUCCAGAUGUUUUGGGAGUACAGUUCCCAUCAUCCCUGACCACUGGCCCUGUUAGCUAGGGAUCAUGGGAGUUGUAGUCCCAAAACAUCUGGAAGGCCGAGGUUGCCUCUGAAAAGUAUGUUCAUUUUGGGGUUGAGAGGACCAAAGAACGGAGCACGUGCCUGUGUAUGUAGACCAGUUCUGUGAAACAUGCACCACUUCUGUGGAGACAUUUCCUUCUGGCUUCUCAUAUCAGUUGAGGAUUACGAUAAAGGCGCAAAACCCACUUUCAUUUAUUUUUAGUAAUGCUCAGUCCUUAGCGGCUGGAAAAUGCUUGAAGUGGAGUACCUCUGCCUCAAUCAACGCUUUCAGUUUGUCCUCAGUUUACAUUGAAGCAGCUGCCAGGCUUUUCUCAGCCUCUUUGAAGCACAUAAGGCUCAAGAGGAAAGUCCUUUCUUUGUAAGAAAAUCACAUGUGCAUAUAGAAUGCAACUUUUAUUUUCCCCUUUACAUCCCGAGAUGUAAGAUCUUUACAAAUCUGGCUCUGAUCUGGAGGGGCAGGGGAAUGUUGAAUUUUGGGGUUCCCCCUCCCUGUGAUUCCUUGAGUCUUGGGAACUUCAAAAAGGAUGAAGCCACUCUGAUUGAAGUGGGAUUUACUAUUAAAACACCUGCCACUCUUUGGUACUGCAAUAUCCUUGUUUCAUGCUUUGUUUUAUAACGGUGUUCCAGUCUUCUAUGGAUUCACUCCUGCAUAGGUUGAUACAGUAGGACAGAUUUUUUUUUUUGUUAAUUUAAGUAAUCUCUAUGUUAAACACAGACCAUUGAAGCUUUUAUUUUAAUAGUUAAUACAGUGGUACCUCGGGUUAUAGACUCUUCAGGUUACGUGUUUUCGGGUUGCACACCGCGCCAAACCUGGAAGUACCGGAACGGGUUACUUCUGGGUUUCGGCGCUUGCGCAUGCGCAGAAGUGCUAAAUUGCGCUUUGGGCAUGCACAGAAGCGGCAAAUCAUGACCCGCGCGUGCUCAGACGCAGCGCUACGGGUUGCGAACGUGCCUCCCGCACGGAUCAAGUUCGCAACCCGAGGUUCCACUGUACUACUGUAUGAUUGGGUCAGGGAUGAAUGUCUUCUCAGGAUCUCCCUCAGCUCUGUGAUUCUCUAGUUGCAAGCCUUUGGCUUGUGAAUAAGGAGGACUUCUAAAAUGAUCAAACCAGUUUCUUUUGCUAAGUUGAUAGCCUUCUCCAGGUCUGUUAAGUAUCUCUUCCUAGUUGGUAAAGUAUGAUUCUCUUAAUCUCAGGUUGUGGGUUUGAGCCCCAUAUUGGGCAUAAAGAUUCCUGCAUUGCAGGGGUUUGGACUAGAUGACCCUUGUGGUCCCUUCCAACUCUGCAAACCUACGAUUUUAAUGUAAGCUAAGUAGCAGCUGACAUAUUGAGGUGGCAGUGCUUACUUAGCCGCCCAGAGUGGCUGGGGAGACUCAGCCAGAUGGGCGGGGUAUAAAUAAUAAAUUAUUAUUAUUAUCAUUAUUACCCCAACCUCCCGACAGCUGUGUUGCUGCUGAUUACUAGGAGGAACAGGCAGCGGCGGAGGAAGCCGCUCGGGCGCCUGGGGCGGUGCGCCCAGGGGCGGUGCGAGCCACCCAUAGGGGCAGGGCGCACCGCGGGGCCUCUGGAGUCUGCCUGCCUCUUCCCACUCAGCUGUCCUAUAACUGGGGGGAGGGAGAUGCAGUGGGCAGACCGUUUGGGCAGCGCGGAGCCUGUGCGUGCCCAAGCCACUGCGUCUCUCCCACUGCAGGCCCCGUGAUGAGUGCCGCCUGGCAUUUUGUCACCCCUCUCAGUGGUGACACCCCGGGCGGACCAGCCCCCCUCCUUCCUCCGCCCCUGGCAACAGGGAGGUUGGCAAAGCGAUCCUGUUGAUCUCACUGACCUCUCUAUUGCCUUACCCCUCUCCCUCCCAGUAAGCAACAGUGACUCUGUCAGGAGGUCAGGUGAGUACUGUUGCUGAACCAUGCCGUCCACUACUAGCUAGGACUAUAAGUUGUCACAGAAACUAGCUACAGUGGGCGGGAGGCAUGCCUUUCUCCUCCCCUAUCCUGGCUGGAGGUGGUGUCAUCAAGCCUUGUUGGCCUGUGGCAGGAAAACCAGCAAAGAACCCUGUAGCACCUUAAAGAGCAACAGAGGUAUUAUUGAGGAGAUUUCACCCCUCCCAUAUCCAAGAAUCUCCUGAGGAGUCUGCUGAUUCUCCAGAGAGGAGGAGGCGUGUUCUGCUCUCUACUUAUUCUGCUCCAGCACCGAGUCAGUCAGUCAGUCAGUGUCGGAGAGAGAGAGAGAGACUGAGUGUUAGAGAUCAUGUGUAGAGAUAAGGUUGCUUGUGGAAGUGAAUCUGGUGCUCACAACUCUAAGCUGUGAGUCCACAGCACUUUGACCUGUUCCUGUGCAGAAGGUGGUCUCUGGAAGUGCUACCCAGCUCGCCUAGCCCAGUCGGGGCUGAAGUGGAUGAGUCCAGUUGGUGGCACUGGCUCUAGGGCGAUGCUGACAUCUAUGACACAAGCUUUGCGGGCAAAGUGCGUUUCAUCGCAUCCUGGCAAAUGCCUAUAUAACUGUAGAGGAAAAAGUGUAAACUGUGAGACCAGAGGGAAACCUAAUGUAAAAAGAAAAAGAAAAUGCGCCAAGUUUAAAGGCAUGUAAAAUAGGCACUGUGGCCAUUCAUAAAGUUGUGUUGAUGAGAAUGCAGACAUCCUGGCAUAGAUAUAAAUUAACAAUUCAACAUUAAAUGUGUUUAAUGCAUUGUUCGGUGUUCCUAAAUCUAAGAGCUGAAUGCAGUCAUUGGAUCAUUUUAUAGCAACCGCCACUCCCUAAUGUCCAUACAUGGUUUUUGCUGCCUCUGAAGGAAUGAAACUGUUCCACCAUUUUAUGUUUUCUUCUUUCUUAUAAAAUGGUUGGCUGCUUCCUUUUUUUUUUAGAGGUCUACAUUAUACAGGAGGGUUCAAAGUUAAGCCUGAGAAUUUGCCAAAGGGAAAUGAAACUUAUAGAUUUAAUGGGGGGAAAGAUGUUUGGGGAAAUAGAAACUAUACCAAGGUUCCACUUCCCCCUCUGAUUGACUAAGACAUUUAGGGAGGGAGUUGAAAUAAUUUACAUAUAGGGAAGAAAAAGAGAGAGGGGGGAAUAUGCUAUAGGGUAGAGAGAAAGAGUUGAGGCACGGGAAGCUAGCACAAUUGGAGCAAUGUAAAAGGAAAAGCCUAAAGAGAAGACUGCAAAUGCAACUAGUCCCUGAAUUCUGAAACAGAUGGAUAUUGAUAAACACAGUCUUGUCUGCGCUUAGGAUCAGUUUGUCUUGUAUUAUUAUACUCUAAUGGGGAAUUGUUCAAUUGUUUUAUAAAAUAGGUGUUUCUUUAAGAACAUCUUUUUCCAGAUUGUGUUACCCUGUAAAAACCAUAAGUUGAAAAUUGUGGUUUUUGAGUUUAAACAACCCGACCCCAUGCCCAGUUGCCUUCCAAGUCUAGCCAAUAGAGAGGUUUGACUGGGACAUUAAAAAAUAAUACUUCCAAAGAUCAAAGAGCUGUUUCAUGAAGGCAGCCAAGGAAAGAAGAUAAAAAGAUAAAGGGACCCCUGACCAUUAGGUCCAGUCGUGGCUGAAUCUGGGGUUGCGGCGCUCAUCUCGCUUUAUUGGCCGAGGAUGCUGGCGUACAGCUUCCGGGUCAUGACUAAGCCGCUUCUGGCUAACCAGAACAGCACACGAAAACGCCGUUUACCUUCCCGCUGGAGUGGUACCUAUUUAUCUACUUGCACUUGGACAUGCUUUCGAACUGCUAGAUUGGCAGGAGCAGGGACCGAGCAACGGGAGCUCACCCUGUUGUGGGGAUUUGAACCACCGACCUUCUGAUUGGCAAGUCCUAGGCUUUGUGGUUUAACCCACAGCGCCACCUGUCUCUAAGGAAAGAAGAUACCUGCUUGCUAACAGUGGAGAAGUCAUCAAAAAAGGAGGGGUUGGCAGAGCUGGUUUGCUUGUUUCCUGUCCCUCUCCUGGGGAAGUCUGGUCCAUCACACUGCUCCCUGCACCCCACUAUUGUUCUGCCCCCAAAGGCUAACAGCUUUCUGCAGUCUCAUUCACCAAGUUAAUAGGAGUGCAAUACACAGGUUUCUUUCCCUAUGCAUUUAGGUAGUCCUUGAGAGAAAAUGGUGUUGGGUGAAAUUAUUUGGGGAAGAAAUAAGCAGUUUCAUUCCGAUGAAUGAAGAAUUGGAGUUUUCUAAACCAGUGGGGCUAAGUAUGUUAAACAGAUUUCAUAUGUGUGGAUACUUCGAAUCCAGGUUUAUCGUGAGGUGAAAUGGGAUAGGCAGGAUCGAAAAAGACGAGCAAGUUCUAUAUUUGUACUCAUCAGAAAGAAAGAAAGAAAACACUAAAGUCACUUUUUCAAUAUUUCUGUAGGUACCCUGAGCUGGCAUCUGUGUGCAGAAAUAAAAAUACCUUAAUAUUAUAUCCUGGAGCUGGAGCAGCAAAUUUGGAAGAGGUCGACUUGAGCUCACCUGAUCCCUAUGUGAUCAUUAUCAUUGAUGGAACAUGGAACCAGGCCAAAGAUAUAUUCUUUAAGAACACCCUUUUUCGAAUACCUAAACAGGUAAGGUUUAACACAGAGACUUAAAAAUGAAGUGUGCUUCUGCCUGAGUCAGUUCCCUUUGCAGACUUGCAGACACCUGCAACACAGCAUUUGCAUAUACCUUUUAUUAUUAAUUUAAUAUGGAAAAUGCUGCUCCAAGUGCCCCCCCAUGCAAUUAUGCAUGGAACUGUUAAAAGUUGCUACUGUUGCUGUUGAAAACAAUUUUAAAAAAAUAAUCAUUGGGGUAAAAUUCUUGGAAGAGAUGCUUGAAUAACUCAUGACUGGAGUUUUUGCUGACCAACGGCUUUACAUAUUCACAUGUUAAUGUAGUAGGAGGGUCCUCGACACCUUUUAGUAGCUGAAAUACUAGUCCUGUUUCAUGUUGUUUUUACUCAACUAUGCAUUUGAUCAAUACCGUGACCUAAGAGAAAUUUUUACAAUGAUGGCUUCUGCAGCAACACCUGGUAUAAUCUCUCUUCAUCAAAAGUUAUCUUCAGCAAAGGUAACCUUUGAUUACACUGACAAUAGCCCUUGUGUGCUUGGUAGAAAUUCCACAUUUAGUAUGCUGUAAGCCUUUCUGACAGGCUUUAGAUCAGGCUGAGAACUGCCAGGUCAGCAACUCACAGAAGUAUAGAAAACUGCCUUAUACAAGUCAGAUCGUGGAUCUGUCUAGCUUGAUAGUAUCUUUAUAUUGACUGACGGCAAUUCCACAGAGUUUUAGGCAGGAGUCUUCCCAGCCUUAUCUGAAGAUGUCAGGAUCUGAACCUGGAACCUUCUUCAUGAAAAGCAUUUACUGGACCACCAAGCUGCAGUUCUUCCCCAAACCACAAGCCGUUUAAUAUUAAACGUAAUAUGAAUUAAUUUAGUUAUUUUGUUUAUAGAAAAAUAUUGCAUCCUGCUUUUCUCCUGCAUUUGAAAAGUAUCCUGUUUUCUGACUCCAAGAAGGGGUUGCAAAUGAAGUAUAAAACCACAAAGGUCAAAACCAAAAUACUGUUAUCAUUAAAGCAGUUGCAAAAAAAAAGCUAAAAGCAGCACACACAAAAACCCCACAGGACACAAAGAACACAGAAACUGGAGGUAAUGAUAAAUUAAUUAAAUUGAUCAACAGCAGAAUCGAAGGCUUUUUCUCCUUUAAAAAGAGUAUUCAAAUGCCAGUGGAACACAAAUAGAGGAGAAAGGAACAGUGGAGCAGGGAAUUCCUCACGAAGGGCACUGCCUCAGAAAAAAGAAAGGCAAAAUGACAUACAGUGGUACCUCAGGUUAAGUACUUAAUUUGUUCUGGAGGUCCGUUCUCAACCUGAAACUGAUCUUAACCUGAAGCACCACUUUAGCUAAUGGGGCCUCCUGCUGCCGCCGCGCUGCCGGAGCACGAUUUCUGUGUAACCUGAACCAUCUGUAACCUGAAGCGUAUGUAACCCAAGGUACCACUGUAUAUCCAGAUUUGUACUUCUACAGUGGUACCUCAGGUUACAGACGCUUCAGGUUACAGAUGCUUCAGGUUACAGAUUCUGCUAACCCAGAAAUAGUACCUCAGGUUAAGAACUUUGCUUCAGUAUGAGAACAGAAAUCGCGCGGCGGCAGCGGGAGGCCCCAUUAGCUAAAGUGGUACCUCAGGUUAAGAACGGACCUCCAGAACGAAUUUAGUUCUUAACCCGAGGUACCACUGUACUGAGAUUCAAGAAUAGAGGCUUGAGGAGGUCUGUGAAUAGAAUGCCUUAUAUCUCAAAGUAUGGCCUGGCUAGCUCAAUUGGUUAGAGGGUGGUGGUGAUAAUGCCAAGGUUGCAGGUUUGAUCCCCAAAUGGGACAAUUGCAUAUUCCGGCAUUGCCGGGGGUUGGACUAGAUGAUCCUCAGGGUCCCCUUCCACCUCUACAGUUCUAUGAUUUGAUAGAGGUGGAUUACUGAUCGUCUGUGUAGUGUUCCAAGUGAGUAAGAAUAUUUUUUUUUAAAAAAAGAUUCUCUACCACAAGUAAGGUCUGUUACCUUCUCAUCCGUUUAAUGUUUUGUUUUGCUUUUGUUUAUUAGUUUUAUUAAUUUCAGAGUGGUUUUCAUGGCCUAAAUAAAGCCUGAAAGAAGAGCAACUUAAGUUAAUGCAUCCUGAAGCAUUAUAUAGAGACAUUUAAAAAUAAAAAUGAAUUAAUGCAUCGUUCCAGCUCGCAAGCUCCGUUAGUUAUGCUGAUCCCUAUCUGCUGUAAAAUUCUCAUGCAAUUUAUUAAUAUGUUCCUUCCGCAUAUCAUUUUUAUUCUUCUGUUACAAUUUCUUUUUUAAAAAAAUUGCUGAAGGUUUGCCCAUAUGUGGAACUGGAACCAUCAGUACAGUUCUGAGUUUGGUCAUCUUAAGCAUGGUGAACGGGUGGCUGAGAAUUUUGUUGAGUAAUCCUAAUUGAUUAUAGGUUGUUCCUGCCCACCCCCCGUCCCCGAUUGGACUAGGAUCUGGCCCUUACAUCCUUCAGAGAUGAGUUGUGCAGGCACUGAAACAGUUUGGAGCCAGGUUUUUCAGUUUGAAGGGAGAGAGAAUCCAACAAAGAAUGGCAGAGUUUUGAGAUUUGUGUUGGCGUGUUUAGUGCGUUGUAUGAAAUUCAGUGGCGGUACAGGGUUUGUGAAUGCAGACUUAGAAGAUCUGCUCCCUGUUUAGGAGUGCAUGUUUGCUUCCAACACAGGCUGCUUAUAUAUUUGUAAAAUAAAACAAAUAUCACAAAGACACUGUAAGUCCCCAGUGCUCAUUCAAAGGGUCUAAAUCCUGUAGCAUCCCUAUUGGAACUUUCCACUAUUUGCGGGGUGGGGAACAUAUUGUCUUGCUGUUAUUGAUGUACUAUUAAAAGCAGAAAAUCUUGAAUCCACAUAUAAAAGAAAUACAGUCGUACCUUGGUUUUUGAACAGCUUAGUUCUUCAACGUUUUGGCUCCCGAACGCCGCAAACCCCGAAGUGAGUGUUUCAGUUUGCGAACUGUUUUUGGAAGCCAAACGUCUGAUGGGGCUUCCACAGCUUCUGAUUGGCUGCAGGAGAAACUGCACUUUGGUUUUUGAAUGUUUUGGAAAUCAAACGGACUUCCGGAACGGAUUCCAUUUGACUUCCAAGAUACGACUGUAUAGGGUGGGGAAUUAAAAAGUCUAGCACUCUCUUAGCCAGUUUAGGAUUGUGUUGUGCUUAAAACUUGUGAUUGUACAUCUCCCUUUUGGGUUUGAAGGAACUAGAAGUCAAGGUUCAGGAGAGUCUACUAUUAGUAGGUGCAGGCUGUAGAAGGGAACUACUAUUGCUAAUGAAAUUUAAUAAUAAAUUCCUUUCUAUUCAAGACAUGCUUUUUUGAGAGAUACUUUUAAACAACAGAACAGAUACAGGGAGCUCUCAGAUCUUACCGUAGCAACUAGCAACAUGAGUUUUCUAUGAGAAAAAAAUAUUCACUCAUUCAUAAAGGAGCGGCUUGAGGAAACGAAGAUCUCAUACAACUAGGGCAAAGUUUAUAUGUACUGUGUUUCUAAGAUAUUGGGCCACACUCCACUCAGGCAUGACUAGGCUAAAAAUUGUUAUGAAGCAAUAGCUACAAAGAUUAUGCCUGUUUGCUGUUGUUACAGAACCUGAAUACUCAUUAAGUGGUCAGUUCACACAGUGAAAAUUGAUAUGCUGAGAAUAUGGUCAGAGAGAGUCAGUCAGAGGUUGGCAUGUAGGGAAAUGAAUAUUUCAGUUGCUUUGCUGCACUCCCAACACCUAAUUCAGCCCUAGCUUUUUAAAAAAGCGAAACUACUUAGAAUGGUUGGGUCAUGGCAUGGUAAACAAAUGUUUUGGGCUUGGUGUAAGGGGAAACAAUCUUACAGUUUUUUCAACAUUUAUCACCAGUUGACCAUAAGAUGUAACCUGUCAAAGGUGUGUGUGUGUGUGUGUAAAAUUUGCUAACCUGUCAGUGCUAAACUCAAACUAAGAGCUUUCUAAUAACUUUAUAUCUCAUUCUGCAUUCAUUAGCUGAAACCUCUUCGGAACUGUGCUAAACAGCUGAAAAUGAGACAUAAUAACUGUCUGCAAAGUUCAUAAUAAUGUUCUUUUUCAUAAAAUUUACAUCUGAGGACUGUAAUAUCCGGCUGCUGCUAUCGGUAAAAGUUAUUGUUGCGUGAACUGCAGCUUCCUUUUAUAGCCCCAAAGAUCAGCCCAACACAGGUUUAAAAAGCAUCUCCCAUAUUUUACUGCCAUUAAUACAAAGGUUAUAUUAUGACACUAUUUUCUUAUAAUCAAGCUGUCUAACCCUUUGAGAGUAACCUGUAUAACACAGAAGUAAAGCGCAAUCCAUGCUUUGCUUCUGCACAAAGUAUGCAGUAUUUCUUUCUUUCUUUAGAGAAUUACUAAGAUCUUCUUUCAAAAUAAGUUCUCUUUUCCUGCCAGCAUUUAUUUGCUUCUGAAGUUAUUAAAGCAAGGUUUUUAUUACUAGAAAUAAUUUAAAUUUUAAUAGAACAGUUGCCACACAAAAACUUGCACUAGUUGCGGAUUGCACUUUUGCCAAAAAGUACAUCUGAGCAAAUGUUGAGGCCAGAACUUUAUGUUACAUUAAACACAAGUCCAUCUCUAAAAUGACAAUUGUGUGUUUAAUUCCAUUCUUCUGUUUCAUAAUGCCUCAGAUUGCAAUCCUAUAUUCACUUAACCUAGGAGUAAGUCUCAUUAAAUUUAAUGGUACUUGCUUCUGAAUAGAAAUGUGUACGAUAGUACUCUAAAACAAACCACAUAGUCCAUUUUUUCCCAUUCCUAGCAGCAGAUAACUCAUAAAACACUUUCAAGGUAAUACUUGGAGGAUGAUAGACAGAUAGAUAGACAGAUAGAUAGACAGAUAGAUAGACAGAUAGAUAGACAGAUAGAUAAUUUUAAAUGAAAAAGAUGUCAAACCUCCCAGAUCUAGAAACUUCAGUUGUUUGUUAACAAUGCAGCAGAUGCUUCAACUGUUUGAUAUUUUUUGAUACUAUGUUUUAUAUAUGCUGUAAGGCACCCAGAAUGGCUGGGGAAACCCAGCCAGAUGGGUGGGGUAUACUACUACUACUACUACUACUACUACUACUAAAACGUUCAUGUGCAUUUGUGCACACACUUUGAAUUGGAAUAGUGAUACUGAAAAUCUCAGAGCUGUGGUUUGUUUUUUGUGUAUUCAAAAUGGUUGACAUACAUAUCUGUAGCAGAGGUAAUUAUCUAUAUUGUGAUGGGGCUGACAAAUAAUGGCUUGCUACCAAAGGUACUUUGGACGUGGGUGGUGCUGUGGGUUAAACCUCAGAGCCUAGGUCGGUGGUUUGAAUCCCUGCAACAGGGUGAGCUCCUGUUGCUUGGUCCCUGCUCCUGCCAACCUAGCAGUUCAAAAGCACAUCAAAGUGCAAGUAGAUAAAUAGGUACUGCUCUGGCAGGAAGGUAAACGACGUUUCUGUGUGCUGCUCUGGUUCUCCAGAAGCGGCUUAGUCAUGCUGGCCACAUGACCUGGAAGCUGUACGCCGGCUCCCUCGGCCAAUAAAGCGAGAUGAGCGCCACAACCCCAGAGUCAUCUGUGACUGGACCUAAUGGUCCCUUUACCUUUACCUUUACCUUUACCUUUACCUUUACCUUUACCUUUACCAAAGGUGCUUAGUGAAUUUGAACUUUAUCCAAGUCAUAAUCAGAGUAUGACUUCUGAAAUCAAUAGACUUCUGUAUGACUUAGUUGGAUGUCACCUAAACUUCCCGGUUUCUACAUAACUGUGCUUCACUAAUUAUUGGUCUUUCUGAUGUUUCUGGGGGCGUGAGUAGCAGUGAAGGGAUGUCUGUCCUUAGAGAAUCCUAAAUACUGCUCAUUUAUUAUUAUUUUUUAAGUGGCAUAAUUGGGAUUGAAAUGAUAAAGGCCAGUCUUCUGCCUGGUGUUUUAGUUUUCUUUAUAGAGAGAGCUUUGGAUAUGUUGGGAUAUUUCUACAUUCAAUCUCCACCUUCAGCUACAAGCGGUAUAUAAUAUAAUCACAGAUGCAUAAUGUGAAUCUGCUGAUUGUGUGGCUCAGAUUUUAGUGCACUGUUCAGCCUUGUGGACCUGAUCCAUUAUCAGGAUUUGAUCCAUUAUCAGGGAGUGGAUGGAGGAGAGAGGCAAUUGUGGAGAGUUAAAAUUUUCAUUAAAUUGUUGGAAGCUGCUUACAUGCAUAGUUCUUAUUCUUGUUUCAGAUUUAUUGCUGUUUAUCUUGCAGAUGUUGAUCAGACUUUCCACAGAAGAGCUUAUAAUUAUGAUUUAAGCCUUUUCAGGGAGUCAAAGGGAAUAUAUAUCCAAUAAAUAAAAUGCAAGAUUUCUCUCAUUUUCUUGUCCUAAAGUGUAAGUGUUGUAUAUUCCAAAAAGCAUAAAGAAUGUUCUAGGACUAUAACAAAACAGUUUCCCUUCCCUUUUACAUGUAAAUUAUGUAUAUGCAUUUUGUAUUUCAGCAUAAGAGUAUUUCUAGCAUACUAUUUUUGCAAACAGCAUUUCUUGCAGAUAAUCACAUAAAAUUACAGGUUUCUAAAUGUAUUCUCUGUAUGAGAGAUUCUGUUUUAUUUUCAGGAUGAGGAGUACAUUAACAUGGCCUGCCUGCCUGCCUUUCCUAUCUUACAUUUUUGCAGAAGUUAGUUCUGCUAAAUUCAGUAGGAUUUGCCAUCUAAAAAGUGCCUCCAGCUUUUGUGUAGCCCCCGCCCCCCCGUUCUCAGAUUCUAAAUAGUGCCAUUUGAAUAUAGAUAUAGAAGAGAAUAAGAUUCCUCAUAUUUUUCAAAAUACAUUUUUGAGUGGGAUAUUUUUAGUGUAUUUCUCUUUCCACUUGGUUUUAAUGUAUCUAUGUGGGAGUUGUGGUUAUUUUGUCCUGCUUUUUGGUUGUAAGUUGCUUUGGGUUGGCUUGGGCAAGAUAAAGUGGCUGACAAAUUUAAUAAUAAUAAGAAGAAGAAUAGAUCAAUGCAGGUACAUAGAGUAUUGCUUCAGAAAACCAAGUUGACAGAGCUUGAAGAAACAAGAUAAUGUCUAGAAAAUCCCGGGCCAUUUGACUACCCAGAUCUAAACUCUUGUACCUAUGUCUGAAUAAUGUUAUUAUUCUGUGUGACUGACUUUUAUAUCUGUCUGAAAAAAUUGCAUUUUUCUGUUAGCAUAGGUGCCUCGCUCAGAGGAUGGAAGGGGACUAGAUUGUCAUAGUAAGUUGACAGAAUAUGUUUGCGAAACAUAGCUUAAAGUUGUCCCCUUUUUACUGAAUAUUGUUGUGUAAAGCCAUCGUUUGUAAUGCUUCAUAUACUUUCCAGGAGCACAUCCAUGUGCUUUACAAAAGCGUACUACCCUGUGAUGUUUUGGUGCAGACACAACUGAGAGAGGCUACGAAGGGGCCUCGCAUGCACCACAGGCCUCCUUGCAGCAGCUGUCAUAGUUGGCGAAGGGGAUGCUCAGGAAGCGUUGCAUUAAGCUGGCCCAGCAGAUACAAAUUAGUUCAGCGAAGGGAACACGUUUGUGUGCACAGCAGGCGCGGCUGCACAGUUAGGCUACUGGUAUUUUGCACGAAGCAAUCACUCUGCGCUGCGAGAGAGGCUGCUUUUCACGAAGGGCGAUAUCCAUAGCAGAGUGGGGAACAGAUGGCGAAAAAGCACUUGACCUUAUCAUACUUCGUUAUGUGCAUAAACAAAGUUGCAGAAGCUUUUUCCUCAGUAGCAACAAACCAAAUAGUAAACAGAAAACACACACGUUUAAUCUUUAAGCUGUUUGAAGCCUACUUUGGGGGGCACAGCAAGAAAGGUGCAUCUAAAACAAGCAAAUGUUGUGCCCACUAAAAGACCUGCAGUGAAUUGGCCAGGUAUAUCCCAAACGGGCUCCAUGAUCACUGCAGAUGGUAAUAGCAGCCACAAAAUUAAAAGACGCCUGCUUCUUGGGAGAAAAGCAAUGACAAACCUAGACAGCAUCUUAAAAAGCAGAGACAUCACCUUGCCAACAAAGGUCUGUAUAGUAAAAGCUAUGGCUUUCCCAGUAGUGAUGUAUGGAAAUGAAAGCUGGACCGUAAAGAAGGCUGAUCGCCGAAGAAUUGAUGCUUUUGAAUUAUGGUGCUGGAGGAGACUCUUGAGAGUCCCAUGGACAGCAAGAAGAUCAAACCUAUCCAUUCUUAAGGAAAUCAGCCCUGAGUGCUCACUGGAAGGACAGAUCCUGAAGCUGAGACUCCAAUACUUUGGCCACCUCAUGAGAAGAGAAGACUCCCUGGGAAAGAUCCUGAUGUUGGGAAAGAUGGAGGGCACAAGGAGAAGGGGACGACAGAGGACGAGAUGGUUGGAUAGUGUUCUCGAAGCUACCAGCAUGAGUUUGACCAAACUGCAGGAGGCAGUGGAAGACAGGAGUGCCUGGUGUGCUCUGGUCCAUGGGGUCAUGAAGAGUGGGACACAACUAAACGACUAAACAACAACAACAUCCCAAAUGGAGCAAAGCCGCACAAAUGUACAGCAUUGCACUGUAAAGUUACUGUUAGGCGACUUCCAGAAUGGUUUCUUUUCAUCAACUCAAGAAAAUAAAAACCAUUUCAGGCUUUUUUCACUUCACUGGGGUUAUGUUUGUGAGUAAUUGUUCAAUCACAGAAGAAAGGAUGGCCCACAGCCUAACCCAGGGGUCAGCAAACUUUUUCAGCAGGGGGCCGGUCAACUGUCCCUCAGACCUUGUGGGGUGGACGGCGGUCUAUAUUUUGGAAAGGGAAAAAAAAAUGAACGAAUUCCUAUGCCCCACAAAUAACCCAGAGAUGCAUUUUAAAUAAAAGGACACAUUCUACUCAUGUAAAAACACAUUGAUUCCCAGACCGUCCGCGGGCCGGAUUUAGAAAGCGAUUGGGCCGGAUCCGACCCCCGGGCCUUAGUUUGCCUACCCAUGGCCUAACCCUUUAAUGUGUUCACAUUCUCCCCCCUUUUUAAAAUAGCGAGUCCAUAUAGAAGGUGUUUAGUGACGUUUCCAGAAAGUACACUAUCCAUUCAUUUUAUAGAGAACACGUUUUUUUCCAAACAAACAACAACAACAACAACAACAAAUUUAUUUAUUAAAUUUGUGAGGUCCAUGCCUUUACACAAAAUACCAUAAAACAUUGUUAAAAGAUAAACCAGAAAGAUUAUAAAAGUAAGCUAAAAUUCAUGCCAUGUUGUCCCAGCAAGGAAACUACCCAAAAACCCCACCAUUCAAGGAAGAAGGUACAGCAACAGGUUAGGAGAGCAAUGGGAGGGACCUCACCGUUUCAUCCAGGAACCAUACCCUAGUUUUCAUAGCCUUCACCACAAAGACCGCUACCACGUGAGAAAUCCGUGGAUCAGCGUCUACCAGUAAAAACUUUACUUGGUCCUCAGAGUUGACUAUUGAUUUAGGAAUAGUUUGUAACAUCGCAUCCCUGAAGGCCGAAUAGAUGGGACAAUACAACAUGUAAUGUAUGAGAUCCUCUUUGGUUCUCAUAUAACAAGGACAUAUCCGCUGCUCUACUGGGAUUUUUGCAUAUCUGCCUGACAGAUAGGCCGUAGGAAUGGUUUGACAGCGGGCCCUAGUAAAGGCUCUCCGAAGGGUGGGAUUGGGGAUAUUCGCCAAGUAGUUGGCGCGGAUUUUGACAGCAUUCAGAACGGGAACCCAGUGGGAGGACCCUGGGAUCUGUAUUUUUGUGGUAUCUAACAGAGCGUCUCUCUCCAGGAUCCAUUUCCGGACUUUGUCCGGGCUCCACCGUGAGGAUAUUAAACUCCGGUAGGGUGUAUCUAACCAGGAUCUCAGAUAAGUUUUGGCGCCAAGUGGUAUUCUUUUGAAAAGAUACGAAGGCUUGUUUGGCCAAUAAGGUGUUUGAAGAGUUUGCAAGGUUGAUGUAAAAUCGUAGGAAUCUUAAGUGGGCCCUGGCAGACACAGAGGGUAAACCAACCUCCACCCUCAAGAAGGCUGCUGGGGUUCCUUGAGGAAGGCCUAGAAUCUUCUUGAGAUAGUAGUUUUGCAAAAUUUCAAGCCGUUCCAACAGCCUCUGGUUCCACCCCCAGAGUUCUAUCCCAUAUAACAUCUGGGGAAUAGCUUUCCCAACGAAAGCUCUUAAUGCCGGGAUCACCAAUUGUCCUCCCCUGGUAUGGAAGAAACUAAGCAAAACACCAAUUGUUCUUCGUGUUAGGAUGGUUACAGCCUUAAAGUGGGCUAGCCAGCUAGAUGUAGCCUGGAAUGUAACACCCAGAUAUUUUAUAUAAGGGCACUGUUCAAUCACUUGUUCAUCUAAAGACCAUCUAAAGGUGUGGCGAGCUCUAGUAAACACCACAAUUUUUGUUUUAUCAUGGUUUAUCUUUAGUGAAUUAUGGGAACAGUAGGCUGCGAUCCCUCCAGCAUGCUGCGUAAGCCUCUUCGGGUGAGUGCCAUUAAAACCAUGUCAUCGGCAUAUAGCAAAAUAUUCAGGCGUUUACCUUCAAGGGCUGGAGCCGAUGAGUUGUACUUUGCCAUGUACUGGACAAUGUCGUUUAUAUAAAAGUUGAAAAGAAAUGGGGCUAGCAGGCAUCCCUGUUUGACCCCUUUCCCCAAUGGCAGUGGGUCCGUAAGAGUUCCCGAUGGCCCAGUUCUGAUUUUGACUGUAAUGUCUGUAUGUAACUCUCUGAGAAUUUUUAAAAGUCGUCUGUCAAUGUCCGUUUCAUAUAAUUUUUCCAUAGUCUAUCUCUACAGAUUGAGUCGAAGGCAGAUGUCAAGUCUACGAAGGCCACAAAGAGUCUGCUCUUAUACGCUUUUGCAUAUUUAGCUACCAGGGUCUGUAGUACCAUACAGUGACCUAUCGUAUUGUGGCCCUUUCUAAAUCCUGCCUGUUCCUGGUUGAACAGGUUAGAAUGGUCCGCCCAAUCUACCAGCUUGUUUAAUAGGUACCGGGUAUAAAGUUUGUAUGCGAUGUCCAGAAGGCUUAUAGGGCGGUAGUUUGCUGGAUCUUGAAUGUCUCCCUUCUUAUAGAUAGGGACUACCACACUUAGUUUCCAAUUUGCUGGGAUUUUACAUGUGUUGUUCAUUGCCGUAAAAGUUUGGCCAAAAAGAUGGCCCACCAUUGGGCAUUUAAUUUAAAAACCUCAGGGGGAUCAUGUCCUCGCCAGGAGCUUUGCCAUUUUUAAAGUUUUAAUUAGCUGUAGGCACUCUGAUUCCGUAACAGGAUCCCAACUAACUAGAUGCUCAUUCUUCAAUGGGAGGAGCGGACUCAAAUUAGCAGUAUUUGAGAGUGUGUAUAGCUUGAGAAAGUGUUGAUACCACACAUCGGAUGGAAUACUGCUGUUUACAAUUUUUCCUUUGGAUGAGACUCCCUGUGCUACUAUUGCCCAGAAUUUUCUAUCGUCUCGCGAUUUAAUCGCCAUAUCAAGUGCCUCCCAUUGUUUCUUCCUGUAAAGGGAUUUCUUGAGUUUUAAGGUGUAUUUAUAGUGAGAGCGCCAUCUGUGGAAAUUUACCAUAGAUGACAAUGUCCUCUCCUGUUUUACCUUAUUUUGUUGUUUCCUAAGCAGGGAUCUUAGCUUCCGGCAGUCUUUGUCACACCAGGCCCCGAUUUGUUAUGUUGUAUGGGAGGCCUGGUGUUUAUAAGAAAUGGGAAAAGGGACUCUGAGACCCGCUGAUAUAGUGAAAAAGGAUCAAAGUUAGGUAAAAGACACUGGUCUCUCAGAACCAAUAGAUCUGGAGAGUGCAGGUGUUGAUUAAUUUUAAGCUCCAGCUCGCUGUUCCAUUUACGCCUGCGUGGGGCCGGUGCUUGAGGAGGGGCUGCACAAUGUAGAUGUUGUAAUCCCCUGAUUCAAGGGGAGUUAGUGAGAUUGCUCUAGGAAGAUGGUCGCUCUCAGUUCUAUUAAAAGUGCUGAGACCCUGUACCCUCUCCAAAAUUGUUGGAGAGACCAGGAUAUGGUCAAUCACACUUGCACCACGAGGGCCGAUAAAGAGAAGAAACCUCCUGACCUGUCCAUGUAAGUACCAUGCAGGUUGUACAGAUUAUGCUUAAAAGCAAUCUCCAGUAAUGUAAUACCUGCCUUGUUCAAGACCUUUUCAUCAGAACUCCAAGGGAUAAGCCAGUCUGCCUCUGGUAGAAACUGGGUUUUGGAGCCAUACGAAUUGAUGUCGCUGCCUAUCCUGGCAUUAAAGUCACCUGCCAGCAGGAUGUUCCAGUCAGGGAAUUCUAUUUUGGCCUUCUCCAAGCAUGACUCCAAAUCUUCCCAAAUUUGUGCUGUCUGAGAGGAAGUACACACGGGGGGGAUAUAGACGUUGAAACAUAGAAGAUCUCCUCCUGUGUUAUUGGAGAUAAGUAAAAUCUGAAAAUUGUUGUUCUUCAUCCACUGCAGUUGUCGCACCCUGUACCCUUGCUCUAUGGGAAUAAAAGUGACCAAACCGCCGCUAGGUCGGCCACGGUUAUUUAGUUUUUCGCAGGGGUAGCAAAAGCCGCAUAGCCCUGUAAGUAAGGGGAUGAGAGUCUAGGCACCAGGUCUCUUGUAGACAAAUAAUCUGGAAUUUUGAGAGAAAAUCCAGAAAAUCAGCAGCGCCCUGCUUAGACAGCCAGCCCGCCACAUUCCACGAUAAGAUGUGAAAAUAUGGUGGUGAGGGGAACAAAGGUAGACUUCUCCGUUUGUUCUUUAGGAUGAUGGAAUGAAUGUUUUUGUAGAGGUGGAGUGAGCUGUUGGUAUCCUUUGUGGUAGGUACUAACCUAGUGAGUUUUGUUUCACUGGCGUGGUGUCCCCUCGCUGUAUCUGUCUUUCAGUCCUCCACCUGAAUGCCAUCUAAGGAUCCUGAGGCAUCCACAAAGAUUGAACAAACAAACAAAAAACACAAGAGUUCAGACCCUAAAUUCUUUAGUUGUACUUUAAAGCUGAACAGUCAUGAAAGGUGACACAUCAGUAAAAAUUUUCUCCAUUGUUGUUGAUCUUCAAUCCAAUAACAAGCAGAAUCCUGUUCCCAGCUGAUAUGAGGCAAAUCGUAAUAAAAUUUCCCUGGAACCAGCAUCUGUUUCCAGCACGGGUGACCAAUCCAGUUCCCUGUAUUCAGCGAGAGGCAGGCUGUGCAAGAAACUGCUGUUUUCAGUUAUUGUUGGUUGUUUAGAGCUGAGCUGAAAUUUUGUAAAGUGCAAUUUGCAUAUUGAAAUAUUAAUUUUAAUCUGAGGAGAGCAUUCCAUUGAACUAAGUAGAUAAGAAAAUUGUGUGUUUAUCAUUCAGCCAAAUUCUAGGCCACAGCACUCCUCUUAGGAGUUGUGAAAGAAGUCAAUGCCUCAAGGAGCCAAGUUUUACAUCAAGUCUGUCUAUACUUUGUGAUCCAUAGUUAUGCCUUACGCAUGUAACUGGAAAACUCUGUAGUCUUCCCGCAAGAAACUUUCAGGUAGCCUCAAGUGUUGUAAUACAAUGGUACCUUGAUACUCAAAGGGCUUGGCUCCCAAACAAAUCAGCUCCCGAACGCCACAAACCUGGAAGUAAGUUUUCCGGUUUGUGAACGUUUUUCAGAAGCCGAACAUCCUACGCGGCUUCUUCUUGAGUGCAGGAAGCUCCUGCAUCCAAUCAGAAGCUGUGCCUUGGUUUUCGAACGGUUUCAGGAGUCGAACGGACUCCCAGAAUGGAUUAAGUUUGAGAAGCAAGGUACCACUGUAUACAGUUAUUGACUCUCACGUGUGUGUGUGUGUGAAAGGGUUAACCUGAGCCCUGAGCUCAAGUUACCAUUGUGGGCAGGGCUUAGCUUGCUCUCAGGAACCUCUGCUCCCUCCUCCCACUGGCUUCCCACUCUGUUUCUGGGAGAGCAAGCAAAGGAGGAGCCAUGCAGCCAUGACUCCCUGCAAGUGAAAUGAAUCUCUCUAAAAGAGAUUUAAAGUCUGCAUUUUUUUCUAACCCAAGAUUGCAUGUUUGUUGUCACUUCUGGAAACUCUGUGAGUUUCACUUAUUUGCAAAGCUAAGAUUCUUGUUAUUCAUUCAAGCCUAAGUAUUUUCAUGAGGAAUGUUUGUUUAAAGGUGGAUUAGAGAAGAUGUAAAAUCUAACCAAGUUUUAAUGUGCUUGGAGCUAUCGUCAUUGUGCUAACUCUGCUACGAGAAAAAAAAUCUUUCUCCCAAACCUUUCUCUCAAUCAUUGAGUGCAAAGCCCUUGGUUUAUUUCCUUUUGUUCAUAUUCAUAUGGUUACUGCAAACUUAUAUGUAUGGAGAAUACCUCUAUAUAAAUUCAGAACUCAGAUAUGUUUUCCUGAAUAUGGGCUUUCUCAAUCUUUCCUCUUCAUUAUGAACAAAACCAUAAAUACUUGUAAAAUCUGCAGCAACUUCACUCGCAAGUGCCAUCAUUUAUCAGCUUUAUUUAUUUUCUGCCAGUUUUCACUAUUGGAAGAGGUUUAAUCUUCUCGUACUGUCACUGAUGAAUUUUUUCUUCACAGAACUGGACUGCGGGCUUCUGAUAAGAACUAAAAAACGUUGUCAUCCUGCUGGUCAUUAGUUGGAAAAAUUAUUUUAUACUUGAGGUUGUUGGUGGUUGAUAAAACAUCUUUCUAAAAUAACCUAGUUCAAUAAGCCUGAGCCAUUGCUCUUUCAAAACUGAGCUUCAGGAGAAGCUACAUGUAUGGCUGAUUCUCGUGCAAGGUUUCUUCAUGGAAGGCACAGAAUAUUAUCUUGAAAGCAGACACGUUGUUCCUUAGGCCUUUUUUUUGCCUUGGGGCCUUAGGCAGAUGCCAUAGGUGGUACUGAAACUGGUUAUCAGGGAAAUGUAAGAAACCUUAGCCUUGGGAGCAGAGCAUAUACUCAGGCUUUAGUAAUAAUCAUCAUCAAUCAUCAUCCACCCAUCUGACUGGGUUGCCCCGGCCACUCUGGGCAGCUUACAGCAUAUACUGCACAAAAACAUAAUAAAUCAUUAAACAUUAAAAACUUCCUUAUACAGGGUUGCCUUGAGAAGUCUUCUAAAAGUCAGAUAGUUACACAUCUCCUUGACAUCUGAUGGGAGGGCGUUCCACAGGGCAGGCACCGCUGUUGAGAAGGCCCCCUGCCUGGUUCCCUGUAGCCUUACAGUGAGGAAACUGCCAGAAAGUCCUUGGAGCUAUGUAGAUCUCAGUGUCCAGGCUGAAAGACAGGGGUGGAGAUGCUCCUUCAGGUAUACUGAGCCAAAGCUGUUUAGGGCUUUAAAGAUCAGCACCAACACUUUGAAUUGUUCUCAAAAAUGUACUGGGAGCCAAUGUAGGUCUUUCAAGAUCGGUGUUAUAUGGUCCUGGUGGCCUCUCCAGUCACCAGUCUGGCAACCGCACUCUGGAUUAAUUGUAGUUUCCAAGACACCUUCACAUAGAGCACAUUACAGUAGUUCAAGUGGGAGAUAACCAGGGCAUGAGUUGCCCCAGGUUUUUUGGAGGGGCAGUGGCUAGCAGUUCCUUUCUAACUCUUACAUGGCUGAUAUUAGCUGGCUACCACUUGGCUACUUUUAGCAUGGAAUGGUAGCUUCAGUUUCGCAGACCAUGUGUCUACUUCAGUGCAGGCAAAUCUGGGAUUUGGGUUGAUCCUUCUACAUCUGGUAGUCUUCUGGCUUCAAGAUAGUAGAUAGGAAACCAUACUAUUGAUUGAUUGAUUGAUUGAUUGAUUGAUUGAUUGAAUUUAUAUCCCACCUUCAUACUGAAGGAGCCCAGGGUGGCAAACACAAUUUAAAUACGAAAACAUUCUAAAGCAGUUAGAACAUUCUGAUUACAAUUGCAGUUAAAAAAAUCUAGAAGCAGUCGUAGUUAAAAACAUACUAAAAGUAGUUACAGUUAAAAAUAUCAUUUCAUCUCCUGAUUUCAGGGUUGCCAGGAACAGUAUUCUUCAGCCACCAAGUGUCUGGGUGAUGUUUUUAAAUUGUUGCUGAAAGUUAAUAAUGAUGGAGACAGAUGCACCUCACUAAAGAGGGCAUUCCAUAAAUGGGGAACCUGUAUCAAUAUUGCCUGAAUAAUGCAUCUGUUGAGGGCAUGACUGAGUAGUUACAGCUUCCCAGCAUUUUGGAGCUUGAAGGAACGUAGAAAGCCCUUAACAUGAAAUAUUAAGCCAAAAACUUUUUCGUUAACUGAAUACAAAAUUAUAUUUGUGGUUGUGUGUAAUGUGUGCACUGUAAAUUAAGCCGUGCAACUUAGGUUUGGCUUACCCUUUGAUAUUGCAUGCUGCCACACAGGGCCUGCUCUACCAUUAGGCAGAAUGAGGUAGCUGCCUCAGGCAACAGAUGUUGAGCGACAGGAAGCAGACUGAGCUGUAUGUACCAUCUGGCCCCUGCCCUGUGACACCUAAGCUAGCCGACUGCCCUCGAGUAUAUGGCCCCAUUGUCAGUGUUGAAGAAAGACCCAACUACCCGUCCAGUCAGGAGGGGAGGGGUGCCACCUUGUCAUUCACCUCAGCCCAGUUUCCUAAAGUUAGGGGAAAGAGAGACCCUUUCACUCAUAUUUCCUAUUGGUUAAAAUGGUAAUUUUAGGUUUUCACAGUGCAAUCCUGUGCAUGUUUGCUCAGAAAUAUUGCACUGGGUUUACUGAGCCUUACUCCCAAGUAAGUGAGUAUAGGAUUGCAGGGUUCAUGCUAUACAUACCUCAUCAGAUAGGUCCGCCAUAUUUACCUUAAAUACAUUUUGCUACUGCAUGUGUCUUCUCCGUUCAUAAAAUGUAUUUGUUUACUAUAAAGGGUUCUAAUAUUUUUUGUAGUGUAUUUUUAUAUGCAAAUGAUAUAGAAUUUUAAAAAAAGACAUGCUCUUUCACUGCAGAAGGAGGACUAUCCUUUGAGACAUUUUAUUUUUGUUUCAAUCUAUGGGCUUCAAACAAAAGUGGUAGUCAUUGGGACUACAUAAUGCUGGUCCUUUUGGUAUGUUUUUGGAGCAGUGUUGUACAGAAUUUCCUCAAGAAGUUUUCUUAUUCCUUUCCCCUGUUGCUUUUUAUUUUGUUUUUUUAACUUUUAGCCUAACAGCACAAUGUACAGUAAUUGGAAGUGAAUGCUGUUUUCUUGUAGAGCUGGCUAUCUUAUGUUUCUGGGAAUCCUUUAAUCUUCUUGCUCUUUCUGUUUCCUCCUGGAUUAGCAGGAAACUGUCAGUCACCAUCAUCUGCCGUGAUGCUGGUGGCCUUUCUACAAUCGCUGUGUAUUUUGUCUCUGUAAGUAAGGGGGAAAGGUAAAGAUAGAUGCACCAGCCUUGUCUUGGACUGCUAGAGCUGGCAGAUAAAAAGCAUUUCAUCUUUUAUUAUUCAGUGGCUGCGCACCCAUGUUAUUCCCUGUUCCUUACCAGAUUUAGACUGCCAUCCUUACUGGAAGAAGGAUUUGUGCCAGGUUCAUUGUGCUAAUUGUAAAUAAUGCUGGUAUGUUGCAAACGAUAAUGACAGCGAUGAAAAAAUAAGUGGAAGCCAGAAGGAGAGACAAGGGCUCCUUUUACAUCUUAGAGGCUGUUUUUUAAAAAGAAAAAUCAGGCAAAAGAUGAGUAGAUUAACACUAGUCUUGAAGCCUGAUGUUUUACCAGCUGUCUCUGAAGAGAUGGCGAUUUUUCACACUGUCAAGCUAGAGGGGAAUGUUCAGUGUACAUAAACUACAUUUUCCCACUGCAGAUACAACAACACUUCUUUCUUCUUAUGGUACAACAUAUUAUUUGCUAUCUUAAUUAAAUUUUCCUUAGGCUAAUUACGCACUCACUUCUAAAUGGCAUUGAAAUGUGUAUGGUAUAAACACUUUACAAUAUCAUUUUUAAUUUUAAGAAACCCUAGGCAUUCCUAGCUCGCAUUGGUCUAACUUUAUUUCUGGGUUGCUGCAUUAAAAAAAAAGAAAUGUGUUCAGUUUUACUAUCUAGUAUAUGCAAAUAGAUGAUGCUGAUGAAAUGCACAGGGUAACUACAUCACUCAGCUAAUAACUUGACACAUGCAGCAUACACCCUGCAAACAUGGUUAUUUUCAAUUAAUUCUAAUAUAUGUCUCACAGCACAUGUAGAAAUGAAUCCUUCAUAGUAGUAUUUGCCAAAAUACACAUUCUUUUGCAUUAAGUGAGGGUAGGGGCCUUACACUGCAAUCCAGACCGCAGCCAGGGAACAGCAGGGUUGCAUCUGCAGUCUUGCCAUUCAAACAGGAUUGAAGGCAUAGCAAGGCAAAUCACUGGAGUUGGUGCAGCAAUCAGAUCCAAACUGGGACCAAACAGUAGGGCUGAACUUGGGAUCCAGCCGAUCCUGGGUCAUCUCAGCCCCUCCACUGAAACAUCCCAUUUGUGGGCUUUCUGUGGGUGCCACUGAUGAGGAUCCUGCCAGCGGCACACCAGAACAGUUCCACAUCAGAUUGAUGCUGGCAUCACUCCAAGGGCAGAGGCCAGCAUGGCUGGGCAGAGGGGCAUCUAUCCCCAGUCCAAACCAACAACUCCAGCUUGCACAAAGGCGGUUUGGAUUGCAGCCCCAUUUGAGUAGUUGAGACCUCCAGGUAUAAAGGUAAAGGUACCCCUGACCAUUAGGUCCAGUCGCAAAUGACUCUGGGGUUGCGCACUCAUCUCGCUCUAUAGGCCAAGGGAGCCGCCGUUUGUCUGCAGACAGCUUCCAGGUCAUGUGGCCAGCAUGACUAAGCCGCUUCUGGCGAACCAGGGCAGCGCAUGGAAACGCCGUUUACCUUCCCGCUGGAGCAGUACCUAUUUAUCUACUUGCACUUUGACAUGCUUUCGAACUGCUAGGUUGGCAGGAGCAGGGACCAAGCAACGAGAGCUCACCCUGUCGCGGGGAUUCGAACCACCGGCCUUCUGAUCGGCAAGCCCUAGGCUCUGUGGUUUAGACCACAGCGCCACCCGUGUCCCAUCCUCCAGGUAUAGGGCGGUGAAUAAAUUGAAUAAAUAAUAAUAAUAAUAAUAAUGAUGAUGAUGAUGAUGAUAGGAAAUCUGAUCAUAAGUCAGAGAGUUCCUUGGGAGAUUUGGACAAACCUGAACAACAGACAGUAUCUGCAGAUUUUGUACAGUGGUGCCUCGCAAGACGAAAUUAAUUCAUUCCGCGAGUUUUGUCGUCUUGCGAUUUUUUUCGUCUUGCGAAGCACGGUGUCGGGAAAGUUUUGGAAAAGCUUCAAAAAUCACCAAAGUCUUUAAAAACCUCAAAAAAGGCUACCACACCGCGUUCUAUGAGUUGCUCCUCGAAGUCAAGUCGCAACUGUAUUAAGGGUGUUAAGAAAAAGGAAACAAACUUGCAAGACGUUUCCGUCUUGCGAAGCAAGCCCAUAGGGAAAAUCGUCUUGCGAAGCAGCUCAAAAAACAAAAAACCCUUUCGUCUAGCGAGUUUUUUGUCUUGCGAGGCAUUCGUCUUGCGAGGUACCACUGUAUGUGUAUUUAUGCAUGCAUUUUUAGUUAAGUGGGGCUUGCAAUGAUGGCAAAUGGGGCAGUGCCCCCCCUCCCCAAUAGCUAUAUCACACUCUGUACUGAGUCUUUACAUGCAUUCACUCUGUAAGAACUCACCCUGCCCUGGUUUGAUUAAGAAGUCAUAGGGUUGCCAUAUUUCAGAAAGCAAAGUUGUUGAACUUUUUUAAGGAAACCACCAAAAUUAGGAGAAACCUACAUCAAAAAUAGUGAUUUUUGAGCUGUUCCCACUGCUUUUUCCCAUUGCAUUGCCAUACAUCCGGGUUUCCCCUGACAUUUUGCCACUUUGGCAAAAUUUCCUCCUGGCGCCAUUUUUACACCCGAAAACCAGGACAGAAUUUUCCUAACGUACAGCAAGCCUAGGCUAGUAUAGCUGUAGGAGACAGCUGCUACUGCGUGGACCUCUUUUGGCUCACCAGAGGUACAUAUUUUUCUCCAGUGUAAAAAUAGCCUCAGGUUUGCUCCUGGGAGCUACCGCUCAGUCCUUUUGCCCAGUUUCGCUGGGGUUGGUCAAAAAGGCAUACCCAGAGCCAACUGGGGCACAGCUUUUUGUGGCUUCCAUUGCUUAAGGAUGCCUCUAGCCAGUCAUGUGGCAAACAGCAUUGUUGCUGCAUUUAGCAAGCAAAGCUGUGGGGCUUAAUCCUUGGUCAGCAGUGAUGGGAGAGACUGACGCUGCAGAGCCACCAGCCAGCACGAUUUGCACAAGCUUCUGGCAGCAGGGAUUGCUUAGGGGGCACAGAGACUGCUUUGAGGGAUGAGGGGAGGUGCUGGAGAAGCCAUGAAUCCUCUUUCACUGUGUAUUUUUCAGCUAAUUUUAAAACAAGCUUCAGAGAUUGUUUCCAAGUCUACCCCAGAUGAACAUAGCCACUUGAAUUCUUUUACUCUGAUCCUUGUGAAUUCCAGGAGCAGCGAAAGGUGCAUUUCCAGUAAUGUUCAUGCAGAUGGGUGCUGUCAAAUAGGCAACUCUUCAUGCUGGCUUGCAUGGGGUUAUGCAUUCAUUAGCUGCUUGGUUAAUGCAGUUACUCUAGCAUGCCUCUGCCCACCUAAUAAAAGCCAGCUUCUGCACAUGGAUCCUGCUCUCUGCAUUUGAUUCUGAAAGAUUUCUUUACUGAUCCUUGCAGAGGAACAGGAAGCAGUAACAAGCACUUACUUCAGUCAAGUCAGACAGCUUAAGACAGAUCAGCACCAUGGACAGCUCCCUUUUAGCCGAGCUAUAUAGAAGAUGCCUCAAGAAAGGGUAGAGUCGCCUUAAGGCAGUGGUUCUCAACCUUGGGUCCCCAGAUGUUUUUGGCCUACAACUCCCAUGAUCCCUAGCUCACAGGACCAGUAGUCAGAGAUGAUGGGAGUUGUAGGCCAAAAACAUCUGGGGACCCAAGGUGGAGAAAGGCUGCCUUAAGGUAUGGGUAGGCAUACUAAGGCCUGGGGGCCAGAUGCGGCCCAAUAGCCUUCUAAAUCUGGCCCGUGGACGGUCUGGGAAUCAGCAUGUUUUUACCUGAGUAGAAUGUGUCCUUUUAUUUAAAAUGCAUCUUUGGGUUAUUUGUGGGGCAUAGGAAUUUGUUCAUUUUUUUAUCUCCAAAAUAUAGUCCAGCCCACCAGAAGGUCUGAGGGACAGUGGACUGGCCCCCUGCUGAAAAAGUUUGCUGACCCCUUAAGGCUUAAGGCUGGCAGGACCUCACUUCACCCCACCCGGAAACUGCCUGCAAUUAUUUAAGAGCCCUUAAAUGAUUCUGCAGCCAAAUGCUCCUAUGCAGCUGUGGAGUAGGAAAUGCUACAAGGAGAAAAUUCAGACACAUUCUCAGGAUGGAACUGUAGAAUGUGGGGACAAUGUCUUCCUACAAGUGGAAUGACCUAUAAGUUGUCGGAAACACAGUCGUGUUUUGGGUGACUGUGAUGUCCCAGUUGCAGGGGACAUAAUAGUUUGGGGUGCAGUAUGAUGACAAAUAAGGAAUGGAAUAUGUUUUGCCGGCAAGGGGCAGGUGGGGCAGGGGGAGAGAUCUUGCAGUUGAGAAGAACAUCUAUUGAAGUUCUAGCAAACUUUAAAAAUCAUUUUUUAAAAACCCAUUAAUUAUCCAUUUCUUACAUUCCUAUCUUUUCUGUGUGUUCAGAUUAAUGGUAACCUAUAGGUACGGAUUUGUCAUUUUGUUUCUUUUGUGUACAGCAACUAACAUAAUGUUAAGAGCAUUAACAGCAACUACAAUAUACAUGGCAGCUCUUCAGUGAGUACUAGGACAAAAUUAGGCCACAGAAUAAUUUUAGGCUCUAGGUGUUGACCCUGUGGCAGAAUGUCUUAAAUGGGAUAAAAGGGGGUUUGCUUUUUAUCUUUAUUUUUCCUUUCAUACUUGUAUAAUUUAGUUCCGUAUGAGGAAAUGCCACUGUGGGAGUAACUGUGUGUGGUGAAAUGCACAUUUUUGCAGAUGGCAGUUUUUAUAUAUUUCUUGGAUGUAUUUUGAUUUUAAUAUCAAAUGAAGUAUAAAGAAAAAAUAAGCAUUGCAACUGUUUAAAUUAUAAUGUAGAAUAUAACAACAUGCAGCUGUGGCGCAGUUAAUCUUCCAAAGCAAGACCAAGUGUUGACAAAUUUUGGAACAUCUCCAUUUUGCUUCCUUACAAAUCCAGCUAACUUGGCCAGCAGUACAUUUGCCUCAUCAAUCACUCCUCCUAGUAGCAAACUCAGCUGGUGAGUGCUGACAGGAUUGUUGCCAAAACAGGGCGACAGAGAAACAAGGCGGAGGUAUCAGCACUCUCAGGUGAAUCUCAAUAUAUGCACAAAUCCAUUUUUUAAAGCUCCCCACCUCCUGAAAAUGUAAAGAGGUGACCUCACAAAAAACAGUGAGGACUGAGCCCAGUAAGCCAAGGAAUGUAGUUAGGAUCUGAAAUAAAGCAUGGAGAAGUGGGAAGUGGAAUGUCCCACUUGAUGGAAAUGCCUGGAAGAACAGAAGCUUUUAGCAGUGAGGUUGCACUGCAACAUUUGGUUGCAGGCCCUACAUCUUUGCUUCUCUUUUGUAUGUGUGUCAUAGCAGCCCUUCUUAAUUCACAGCUGUGUUCACUGACUUUCAUUUUAUUGCUUUCUGCCUCCUCUUCCUAGUUAUUUAGAGCGAAAGGGACACAUUCAAUGCUAUUUGGUAAUCUAUUCCUAUCAGCUAAAUCAUUUGCCAUCCUUUCUGGUUAGAUUUUAUCCAUAAUUCUGAAUUUUUUAAUCUUCUUAGAUAUUGUUUUAUAAGCAUUGCCCUACAUAACUUCUUUCACUUCCCUUUCAUGGGUCAAGAAAUACUCAGUGCCAUUAACAAAGAAAGAAAUGGAAGUGUAAAUAAUUAGUAGCCCUCAAAGCAUCCCGUGCACAGGUAUUAUUUUUGUCUUUCGGCACUUCUGAUAUUUACAGUUAAUUUAAAGUUAAAUAGCUCUGGCAAUCUGCAUAAUUACAUUUCUUUUCUUUGUUUCAUGGCCCUGCCUUGAGAGCCACACUCUGCUCUGUGCCUGCGCUUCCUUGCAGCACUUUUCUUGUCCAUUAAUUAUUAAAAGAAUAGCACUGCAUAAAAUAUUGAUCUGUUGCCUGACAUUCAUUUCAGAAAUAUAUGCGGGGGGGGGGGGAGGUAACAUGAGGAGCCUUUUCAAAAGCUCGCCAUUCCACUCUUCUGAUUCCUGAGCAGAGACUUUUAAAAAUGCUAAUUCUGCUUUACUCGCUAUUAAUUAUGCAUUCCAUAACUAUUCAGUAUGAAUAUUUUUCAAUGGCGUGCUAUUUUUUUAAAUUGAAAAUUGACAUUUUGACCAGUCAAAAGCAUACUUCUCUAUAAAGGGAUGUCAUCUUAGUGAAGUUUCAUGCCCCAGAAACCAAGAGGAGGCUACUUGCCCACAUAGUAGUGAUGCUUGGGGGUAAAAAAAAAUUUAAGCGUAGACCCAGAAUAUCUCAUAGUCAAACUUACCUACGGUCAGCUCCUCUCAGGGUAACUGAUACUUCUGAGAUAACACGCAGAUAGAAUUGCACUAAUUGAUGGCAAUACAAAAUGUUGAUGGCACCAGCCUGCCAAAGGAAUAGAUUCCAAACAUUUGGCAAUGGUUUCCAAAUGCGUAGGAAGCUGUGAUCGCGAAGAAAAGUGUUAACUAAACUCUGUUUCUCUGAAUAGAACUAAAGCAUCACACUUUCAGAUUAUAUGGCAUCCUUUUCUGAAAGAGCCCCAAACAUGGAACCCUCAUUUCCAGUCCUGAGAUGGAGCUGCAUCACUCUGCUUCAGUGUUUAUCAUACAUGCCGACUCCGCACCCCUAUUUUAAAAAAUAAUAAUUAGGGAGUCAGCCCCCUCCAGUGUUCAGAGGGCAUUCAGCUCUGCUGCCUGGCUCCUUGCAACAUCAGGAUGUCGAGCAAUGUUGUGAACAUGAUGUUAGGCUGUCACGUCGGGCCCUCCAUCAUCUUGUACUCAGACCCCUGAAAAAUGUUGGUUUGCUUCAAAGUACAGUCCGUUCGACUUCCAAAACAUUUGAAAACCAAGGUGUGGCUUCCAGUUGGCUGCAGGAAGGUCCUGCAGCCAAUCGGAAGCCGCAGAACCCCUGUCGGACAUUCGGGUUCCAAAGAAUGUUCUCAAACCAGAACACUCACUCCUGGGUUUGCAGGGUUCGGGAGCCAAAACAUUAGACUUGCAAGGUGUUCGGGAUCCAAGGUACGACUGUACAGAAAAGUCGUACGAAAAAACAUGUUACAGAAUUUGAAUGCACAGAAGCAGUUUUCCCAUAGUGUCAGGGAACUGCCAUCAGCUCACAGGCGAGAGGUGGAAGGGCAGUUGUGUUACAGGGAGCCUCUGAAGAUCUUGCGAAGCAGUUCCUCCUCUGGCAAGGAGGAAAGCCCCGCCUCCAGUGGGGAGGGGGUGCAGGGACCAGGAGAUGCUAGGGAGAGCCUCAACACUGAGGCUGAGCAAAGUGGAAGGGGAGGCAAGUCCCCCUUUGCCAGCACCCACUCUGCGUAGUAGGUUUGGGCGCAGAGAGGGGAGGAGAAGGAUGGGGGUCACACGACUGUUAUGCUGGGGUGGUACAAGGACCGGCCACGCCCAGAUUCUGCUAGCGACUGAGCAGACAUGGGCUUGCGAUGCUCUGCACUGUAAAUAGUUUGUAUUAAUAAUAAAGCCUGGAAAAGACAGGUUGGAGUCUUGCCUGUUUGCUCUCGAGCAACCACACCACCACCUGACAGCAAUCUGGGCGUCUCUGAGGUUGCUCGGGGGUAGCAGCAAAAAGGCAGCACGAUGAGCAAGCCAGGGGCAGGUGCUGAGAUGGAGCAGGAGAAAGCCAUGAAAGCCCUGAUGGAGAGGAACAGGGACCUGGAGGCUCAUGUCACUACUCUCUCAGCCCGGUUGGAGGAGCGCCGAGCACAAGACAGCCAGGUCAGAGUCACUCCAAUUGGGAGAAAGGUCCCAGCACUUGUGAGCAAGUUUGGGGGGAAGCCUCAGGAUCACAACGCUUUUAGAACUGAGACAACCACACCACCACCUGACACAUAGGGAGACUCACUUGGGAAAUCUUUGGGUUGUCCGUACAGGCUUCCUACCUGCAGUUCCAUGUUAGUGUGUUGAAAGAGAGAGUAGUAGUCUGUUUUCCGGCAGUUUGGUCAGGCAUUUCCUCUGCCACUUUUCUGAUUGAUGCUAUUUGUGCAUGGCCAGUGUGGGAGUGUCAUCAAGUAACAUUUUGAUUAGCAAGUGACAGCAGACUUUCUAGGUACACUGUGAGAGUAACCUGGCUUUUGUAGAUCCUGUAUAGCUGUUGCUUUGCUUUUGAAUCUACUGCUGUGUGGACAUAAGAGCAUGAUUCCAUAAGUUAGCCCCAGUGUGGCAGCCACCCAACAUAUGGGGACCAUAUGAUCACCUGGUCCAUGUUCUCUUAUUCCUUAGCUUCGAAUUACUUUAUUUUAAUUCAAGUUUCUUCUAGCAAGCAAACUCCUAUUUCUCAGAUGCUUACUAAUAAUUCUCCCUCUUCCAAAGUUUUGGAGCAAAAUACUUCUCAUUGAUUCUCUUGUGCUGUGCAUCAAGACUAAUAUAGGGCUUUGUCUAAAUGCCAGCAUCUAGCUGUAAAGAAAUGCAUUUAAUAAGAUGAGCUUCCAUACCUUGAUAGCAGCAAUCAUGUAGGAAAUUAUAGGGGAAAGGAUUUAUGACCUUAGUGGAGAUGGAAAUUUAAUAAGAGGCUUUCAUCAUGGCCGCGGAAAAGUCAUGGAGUUCUUUUAAGUGCAGUUCACAUUAUGCAUAAAAUGCACUUAUUUUCCUAACAUUUCUGUAAAUAUCUCAUAGGUAGCGUGAUUACAUACUCAUAUGGAAGCAUAAGAACAUGAAAAGCAGAAAGGUUUCGUGACAUCAAUUUACUUUUUCUGCCUAUCCAUUCCUAACAGUUGCAUGGCAGCUAUUCCCUGUAGAAUAUAGCAACAUGGAGCUCUUAAAAUGCCACUUUAAAUUAAAGUCAAGAUGUUUGAAAUGGCUAACUUAUUUAUGCUCUUGAUGCAAAUUUCAGCAAUGGGCUGAGGCUUACUUUGUGCAUUGCUUUCUCUGUCAAGAAGGCAGCUGGUGGAACUUUAGCAGCAAGCAGAGAGAAGUUAGAGCUAUAGCAUAUAAAAGCAAAAGGAAAUAUGCACCCCUAUUCGCCUUAAAGAAGGCAUUUUAUAAGAUUUUGACACGCAAAGCUACACUUUUUAUCUGGGCCAUAUUGGCAAAUAGAUAAUACCUGCACGAUAUUUCACAUUGCCUAAGACCUGUGUCUUUUGCGUGUGCUAUUUGGAUUCCUUGCUUUUCACUGCUUUUGCAUUCCAUUUAAUCACCACUAAUACGUUGCUCAUUAUAUCCCCCUGAUUUUAAUGUUAAUUCUGUUAAAACCUCAACAUCAAAUGUUGCUGAAAAUGACAGUGGCAAAAGAACCAUUUCCCCACUUCAACUUAGAGAAGAAUGAAGGGGUCUUUAUUUCUAAGAGCUACCUUCUUCUGGGAUAUCAGGAAUCUGCACCCUCACCAUUCUACCUCUUUUUGGCUAUCUGCUACACCUGUCCUCCAUCCUUUUAUAGUAGUCUUGUUCUACUGUUAUGGACCGGCUGGAUGCAGAGGAGUGGCAGGAGGUACCAGCUAGGGAACCCUCAAGGGAUCCUCUGGGAAAGAAGUCUCAGAGCUUGGUGGUGGGACAAUAAUGAGUGGUUAGAGGGAGACGGAGGCAGACUGUGAGAAGGAGGUGUUGGAAGGUGAAGAGGUAACAGAGUUAGGUGAGCAGGAAGAGGCCGUGGCAGCGAGCAGGCCAGAAUCAGACGCAGAGGCUGUUGAGGAGAGGGGCCAAAAGGCAGAGGGGAGGAAGGCUGCUGAAGAAUCCAGGGAGUCUCCCCCUCCCACUGCAACCAUCUCCUCUUUUCCUUGGUCUCCCAGAACAUGAAGAGGAAUAAAGAGGGCAGAGCAAAGAGACAAGACAAAGGAGCCUCAAGUUACUGGGGAAGCACCUGGGAGGAGAAGAGCCUUAGAAAGCGGUGGAAGGAUCUGUGUGAUAUAUAAUAGAACACACAAACUAUAUUUGGCAUUUCAUAUGUUCGACACAAUAAAAACCUGAUCAUAUAUUUACUCAGACCACUCGAUUUCAGUCUAAUGUCAAAGUAAGUAGGAUUGCACUGUUAGAUUAAGUCUAAAUAUUUCAUGGUCUCUGUGCAGUCCCACAGAGUAACAAUGGAAACUUAACAGGAUAAAAGACUUUUGGUGAAAGCGCACCUUCAGCCUUUAGUAUACAUGCACAAAGCGGGGGCUUUGUGGAGCAUUGCGUACUUUGGCCUCAGCAUCCCCUGCCAAAAUGGACCUUGGAUCCACUAAACUUGCAGCUUAGGCAAGCAGUCUCAGUAUGCCUGCCUUGUGAAAUGUUGGCAAUGAAGCCACAUUUAUCUACUUGCACGUCCUUCACCAAAGCAGAAGAGGCAGCGGUUGUGCCCAUUGCAGGUUUGCUACUAAAAGUGGAACAGCUGCAUCAAACUGCCUUUUGCAGCAUAGACAAAGAUGUCUGCUUGGCACAAAAAAAACCCCCAAACUGAAUGCAGAUGUACAAAUAACAACACUGUAGAGAGAAAAGAGAAAAGAAAGUAAAAAUGGAAAGGCCUAACUGACAUUCUUGGGGGGAAGUGGAAGUUUUCUGCUGGGAUAGCUCAGUCGGUAGAGCAUGGGACCCUUAACCUCAAGGCCAUGGGUGCAAGCCCCACAUUGAGCAAAAUAUUCCUGCAUUGCGGGGGGUUGGACUAGAUGACCCUCACGGUCCCUUCCAAGUACAGUUUUAUGAUUCUAUGAUUCUUCUUGAUCAUUGCCAUAUCCUUUUGGUCAUGUGUACUAAUGGUUGAGACUGAGAUUCCUGCCAAAACUCUUUCACCUUUCAUUACAAAGUUAGGUGAACCCAGGGCUCGCUCUUGUGACAGUACUCGUCAGUACAGGGUAUCAGCACAUGCUGCCCAUGGCAACCAUUUUGUGCUAGCACCCAUGAUACUUUUAUUAAUACAGUGGUACCUCGUUUCCCAAAUACCUCCAUUGUUGUACAUUUCGGUUCUCGAAUGCUGAAAACCUGGAAGUAAAUGCUCCAUUUUCGAACGUUUUUCGGAACCCGAAUGUGUGAUGCGGCUUCCACUGAGUGCAAGAAGCUCUUGCAACCAGUGGGAAGCCGCGCCUCGGUUUUUGGAUAUUUCAGAAGCCGAAUGGGCUUCUGGAAUGGAUUACAUUCAAGAACUGAGGUACCACUUUAUAUGAGUGCUGGCAUGAAGUGGGGAAGCCCAUAUGUGUGACUACACAGAUGACCACUCAAAGAAAGGCUAGCUAACUAUUUUCCUUACCUACUAAGCCUGAGCUUAGAGCUGGUUUACCUAAAAGUUAUUUAUAGGGAAGAAAGUGAGACUACAGAAGUCUAUAAAAGAGAAGUAUGUGUUUUACAGUUUUCAGGAACAUUCAGAUGCAUUUCUUUACAAGCAGUAGCCAAGAAUUCGAUUCUGCCAUCUUUACUUACUUGCACACAGCUCUCAUCUGUGUUUAGUUCCAUUGACGUCAAUGAAAUCUACUCACUAAGCACUCCAUUCAGAUCAGGAAUGUGAACAUUUUGAAUAGCUGUAUUUUAAAUUACAAUCAGACUUGUGAUUAAGGACAGUCUGGAUUUCUCCCUAGAUCAGCAAUUAACUUUAAAAAAUGUUCUUUCACUUAAAGUGACACAUAGUUGUCAUUGUGUAGAAACAUAUUUCAAUAUAUUACAAUGAGCUACUGAGGAUAGCAUAAAAACAAACAUAAUCUGUUAAUGAAUCAUUAGGCAAUAAGCCCCUUUGUGAAGAUAAGAUUUAGUACAAAGAUUGACACUCUGGGCUUUUGCAUUUUGCAAAAAAAAUCGAACUAUUCUGUUCUCAAAAUAAUCAGACACUAGUAAUAUAUCCCUUACUUGCUAACUAUAAAAUUGUAAUGUGUGCAUUAACUAAAAUAUCAGUCAUAUGCUUUGCUGAUCCAUUUGCAAAAAUGUGCUGACUAGCAGCUGUAGAUGAAGAUGACGUUAAAUAAAGAAUUAUAAUGAAUCUGCAGCAAGAAACUUUAAGCUUUUUCCUCUACUCAUUAUAAAAUGUAUUAAAGUAACCUGCAGACAGGGCAUAUAUUUUCAAGUCCCUCCAAAGUAUUCUAAUCACUCACUAAUAGUUCAUAUCCAUUUUGACCCAUUUUUCCUGACAGUCCUAAAAAUAAAAUAAAAAACCAACGAAAGCUAGUAUUGUCGAGUUGGGACUAAAGUAAACAUGACUGUCCUUUUGCUCCUCUGUGACUCCCAGUUGUCUACAGAGUUGCCUUUUCUGCCACAAAUGGAAGAAAAUAAUUAAUGCUUCUCACGAUGAAUGGCAUUCUCUCUGCAAGAAGGAUCAUUUGAUAUUCUAGAUGGAUAGACAUGGAAGCACAAAGUGGGCAGUCACUGUCUUGCACUGUACUUUGAUCCAUCAUAAAGGAAGUCCUGGAACUAACUUAUUGGGGCUUGUUUUGGUCAGUUCAGUAUAUGCUGAACGUGUUAUAAGGCUGGGGUAGCUCAGUGGGAAAAGCAUGAGGUUGUUCAUCCCAGGGUUGUGGGUUUGAGCCCCAUGUUGGGCACAAGAUGCCUGUAUUGAAGGGGGUUGGACUCGAUGACCCUCAUGCUCCCUUCCCACUCUACAACUCUAUUGUUCUAUGGAUGAUUUAAAUAUUCCAUGAAUUGUUUUUAUAGUGAAACAAACUAUUUCCCCAUCACUUUUACUAAAAGGUAUUCUCUGCAAUUGCAAGUAACUGGGUAGCAAUCCAUCUGCCCUGUGAUCAUGUGUGGUAUAAGGUUUCGUUUGUUUUUUAAAAAAAUGUAUAUACAGUGGUACCUUGGGUUACAUACACUUCAGGUUACAUACGCUUCAGGUUACAGACUCCGCUAACCCAGAAAUAGUACCUCAGGUUAAGAACUUUGCUUCAGGAUGAGAACAGAAAUUGAGCUCCGGCGGUGCAGCAGCAGCAGGAGGCCCCAUUAGCUAAAGUGGUGCUUCAGGUUAAGAACAGUUUCAGGUUAAGUACGGAUCUCCGGAAUGAAUUAAGUACUUAACCCGAGGUACCACUGUAAACAUCUGAGAUCCUGGUCAGCUGUUGAGUCUGGCCAUAUGGAGAGGACAGUAGUACCAUACUGUAAUGGUUCUAGGGGUUGCUCGUGCGUAAAUCGGCCCCACACCUGGCUGGGUUGCCUGAGUGAACCCUUUCUGUCCGGACAGCCACUCGCCCGUGGCUGUCUCAAUCGCUGGCAGAAUCCGUCAGUGGGCGUUUCUUGAACUUCUUCCAGCAAAGAAGUUCUUUGACGCCUAGUCUCCGCCUACUCUCCCUGCGCGGAAGCCUUCUGCGCAGGGAGGGUGUGGGCAGCGGAGGACCCGUGCUCUCCCCGCUAGUCCCCGGCGAGGAGUCACGGAGCCACCUCGCCGAUUCCCCCAUCUGCCCCCCUUCUCCACUGGUGCUGCGCUGAUUUCCUUCCCCAGAAGAUGUGCUGCUUCUCUCCCUCCCGGGACGCUCUCCGGAAUCCCUCUGGAGCCCUCCCUCUCCCCCUGGCUCCGAUGGCAGUUCCCUGACACAUACUCAUACUUCUCCAUAGUUAUUGUUGUUAGCAGGGAAAUGAGAAUACACACACACACACACACACACACACACACUACAAAAUCUAGGCUCCCACAUAGAUUUAGGAGUGCAUCAGGGUUGAUUCUGAACUCGAUUAGAAAACAUUUUGUUAUCCCUAACAUCUUGACUCAGGUGAAGGUGUGCCUGUUCUCUGGUUCUAGAGAGACUUACAGGUAUGACCUUGUUAUUUGGUUAAUGUGACUGUCAAAUAGGUUUUUUAAAAAUAAUAAUAAUCCUGUAUUUCCUUGACACUACAAGGUGUCUACUAAAUUCAAAUCCCAUAGAAGUAAAACAAUCGCAAAAACUUAAAAGCCCAAGGAAUGCUGACCUUGUAAACCCCUAAGAUAUCUUGCCUCUCCUUCAAAUGUCAAUUCCACUUAAGUGGGAAAAAGGAGUUGUGGAUCAGCGAGCGCAUUAGAAGUUCUAGCACUGCAUAGCAUUCUAUAGAGGUUCUUUAUUUAAGGAUUUGAAAGGUCAAGUAGAUAAAAAAACCCCUGCAACCAACCAACCAACCCGACAACUGAGCAAUGUCCUUUUUUGAUGGUUUUGUCUGGCAGCCCCAGUACUCACCUUGCUUUGAGCAUCUUGUGGCUUUAUUUCCUGUAAACAUCUGUAAAGUGAGGGAACUGGUAAUAUCCAUCAGAUGUUUUGUCAAGGCUUUUUAUUUCACUAUGCUUUUAAUGUUUAAUUUUUAGUCUUCUAAUUGCUGGUCUUUGCUUUUUAAUCUGACUGCUGGUUUUAAGCUCUCUUUUUAUUAUGCAAAAGCCGAAGUAUGGUAACAGCUUUAUUAGAGAACCAUCCAAGGUGUCACAAUGCCAUGAGCGUUCUCCAAAAUUUUGCAGAUAUGAAACCUGGUGGUUACUUGUUUCUGUUUACUGUUCUAAUUGGAAUACUCCAGAGUAACUGUGAGCUUUUAUUUCCAGAAAUAAAAAUGGAUGAAUGUCCAUUGUUGCUUUGUCCCAGUGGUCCUUGGUGCAAUAUAAAAUCUGGUAAUGCAUCUUUCAUAGUGUAAUCUAAUUAAGUUUGCAUAAUGCCUUCUGCACUCCAUCUUAAGAGGGUUUGUUGCAAGCUGCAGACUUUGGGAGUUUCCCGUCAUGUGUGGUUUUCCUUUCUCAUUCUCCCCUCCCCCCCCCUUGGAUGUUUUGUUUAGCAUCCAGCAGCGCUCGGAGGAUCUCAAAAGCUUAUUAUUUGGUGACAUUUCAGAUGAUAGUAAUGAAGGUUUUACCCUACAGUGAUUUUCUCAUUUAUUUUAAUAACUUAGCAUUUUUUUGUGGCAGUGGGUCUGAAAUACAUGCAGGUUGCGGGGUAGGGUGGGGUGGGGGGAGAGACGCUCCAUAUCUACAAUAGGAUAUCUGUACACACAUGCAUAAGAGGGACACGGGUGGUGCUGUGGUCUAAACCACAGAGCCUAGGGCUUGCUGAUCAGAAGGUCGGCGGUUCGAAUCCCUGCGACGGGGUGAGCUCCUGUUGCUCUGUCCCUGCUCCUGCCAAUCUAGCAGUUCGAAAGCAUGUCAAAGUGCAAGUAGAUAAAUAGGUACCACUCCAGCAGGAAGGUAAACGGCGUUUCCGUGCAUUGCUCUGGUUCGCCAGAAGCGGCUUAGUCAUGCUGGCCACAUGACCUGGAAGCUGUGCGCCGGCUCCCUCGGCCAGUAAAGCGAGAUGAGCGCCGCAACCCCAGAGUCGUCUGCGACUGGACCUAACAGUCAGGGGUCCCUUUACCUUUUACACACAUGCAUAAAGAGCAUCAUGUCAUAGGUCGUGUUAUUAAAGACAUAGGUUUAUUUUUUGGAAGGAGAAUAUGGUUGUAUUGUAGCUGUUGGGUGCUUUUAAUCACAAACAACCAGUUUUUCUGUUUCAGUUGUGCUUUUUUAAAUCUCUUUCAGGUGAGCAUCUUUUACUGCUUAUUUUGAAAAUGUUUUAUCUGCUUUUAAUCUUUGUUCUUUGGACAUUUUUUUCCCCGGGGGGACGACGGACUAUUUCUUUCAGCUACAGUUGAUAUGUCCUUAUAAUAUGCAGGUCAUGUUGGAGGAAUUUUUAUUCCAAAAAGCAGUAUGUAUGUGUGUGAAUCAUCAUAACAAUAGUAGUAGUAAUAAUAACAACUUCUAAGAUUGCUGAGCUCUGUCUAUGUUGUGACUGUCAAAAUGACUGUUAGGAAAGAAGUUGGGUGGGGGAAAGUGUUUGAUUAAGGACCUGGAGGAGUUGAGCCCUUUGUUCUGAAUUUGGGGCUGGUAACCAAGGGGAAAGGGGGCAAGGCAGCAGGAAGGUUGGUCUGGUAUAGACUUUUAGAGACCCUAGUUAGUCUCCCUUGCCCCUUCAGUGGCAAAGGUUGCCACAAAAUCCUCUCCCCCCCCCCAUUCUUUCCCCUUUUCUUUUUGUAACUGUGGCUGUGUUGUGGCGCUCAUGUACACACGCCUCCCAGAGGCACAACACUCUGGGGAAAUGAACAUGGCAGCCACAACAGUUUGGAACUUUUUCUGCAGCAUACCCACUCUAUAAAACACUCUAUUAAAAAUUAAAAUAAAAAUCUGUGGAGGGAAAAGACAUUGCAGCAACUGCAACUGAUAGCCAUUGUCGUUUGGAGGCCUGUAUACACUACGGAUGCCUUUAUCUGCACUCCAUAAUUGUGUCCUAGCAACACCCCCAAACUGUCAAAGCAGCGAACCUGUCACACUUAUCAGGCAUCAUCAGCAAGGUAUAAGUAUCGAACACUUAAUAGUAGCUAAAACCCCCAUUUUAAGAGUAUAAAUUCACCUGUGAGCUUCACUUGUUGGCAGUGGAAAUAAACAUUGGCUGAUUUACCUGAAGCCCACACAGCCAGCAUAUCUCUUGUGUAUUUUCUGUUCCUUCAGUGUUCCUGGAUGUUUUUCAUCUGUAAGUGUGGACUGUGAUGCUUUCUUUGGUUGCUGCUCAACACUCACUCGACCUUGGAUGUUUUUAUCACCAACCUCUCUAAUCAUUUUCAUUGAAAACCGUCAUUGAUUUUGCCUGCCAAGCUUUCCCCCUUGUCAAACAUCUGAAGAGUUCUGAGAAGUCUGUCCUUUAAGGAUUAUUUCCAGAUUGUUCUGUUUGAAAUUUAAAAUUAAAACAAUAGAGUUUUAUCACCCCAAUUCACUUCAUAGCAUUGAUCAUACUCAGAAAGUGAUCCUUAUAAAACAGCCCGAGGAAGGAACUGCGCUCAUUUUUUCCAUGUUACAAGUACAACCAAGGGGAAAUAAUAAGGUAAUCUCGGAGGAAAAAUACAUUAUAUCUGUGUAGAGCGAGAAAUUAAAUUAGUAAAUCAAUCAUAAACCUGAGAAGGAGGCUUACUAUUAGUGUUCUUUGGGGAAAUAAAAACUUUGUUGGUAGAAUCGUUAUCGUAAGCUGCCCAGGGAACUUCAUUAUUGGGUGACAUAUAAAUACCAUUAAUAAAUAAGUGCUGCUAAGCCAGGUAACAAAAUGCUUCACAUGGUCAGACACCCCUUCUGAACACAACACCACAGUGCAACUUGAAACUCGAUCUUCGGUUGGCUACAGCUUUAUUCAGUCCCCUAAUGGGAUUAGAAAUCCCCUGCCCUGUUUGGGCAUUCAGUUUCCAUGUGUGAUUGGAAUGGCGUGAGGACAAACUGGCAGACUGCCCUCUGCACCACCUCUCCAUGCCUAUCGCCACUAACCUCCAUGCAACGGAGGGUGAAUUUCUGCAGCAGGGAGCUCCUGAUGUAGCUGUCAGGAGCUCACCCUACACUCAAGUAAUAAUAAUAAUAAUAAUAAUAAUAAUAAUAAUUUAUUAUUUGUACCCCGCCCAUCUGGCUGGGUUUCCCCAGCCACUCUUGGCGGCUUCCACAGAGACCAAAAUACACUAAAAUGUCACACAUUAAAAGCUUCCCUAAACAGGGCUGCCUUAAGAUGUCUUCUGAAUGUCAGGUAGUUGUUUAUUUCCUUGACAUCUUAUGGGAGGGCAUUCCACAGGGCGGGCGCCACUACCGAGAAGGCCCUCUGCCUGGUUCCCUGUAGCUUUGCUUCUCGCAAUGAGGGAACCGCCAGAAGUCCCUCGGCGCUGGACCUCAGCGUCCGGGCAGAACGAUGGGGGUGGAGACGCUGCUUCAGGUAUACUGGGCCAUGCUGGGAAGUUUUUGCCUCUGCACAUGAGUCUGAGAAUGUUCUGAACAGUUCCCAUUGAGUUCAUGAAACAGUGUACCCUGACCUGUUCUUAAUGCAUUGCUGACCACAUCUACGGAACGUGAUUGUUGUAUUCUUUCAUGUUAUGAUCAAUCAUUAGUAAUUGUUUUAGUCUUGCUAUAUCAAUCAUUAGUUAUAAUUUAAUUAGGAGGUUUCAUGCCUGUCUAGUUCUGUGCUCCCUUUCCCAGCCUUUAAUCUAUUGGUGAUUAAUGCCUAUAUGUAACCUUUGCUUUGUACUUGUGUCAACCAAUCAGCAACGAGCGCACCUGUGGCAAUGUUGUAAUAUUCAAUAAAAGGUUCUUCUCGGGACUUGCUCGAGAGAUUCCUCUCACAUGACACUUGCUACUCGUCUGUCGUUAUUUCAACCCAACAGGGCCGAGGCCGUUUAGGGCUUUAAAGGUCAGCACCAACACUUUGAAUUGUGCUCGGAAACGUACUGGGAGCCAAUGUAGGUCUUUCAAGACCGGUGUUAUGUGGUCUCGGUGCCCGCCCCCAGUCGCUAGUCUAGCUGCCGCAUUCUGGAUUAGUUGUAUUUUCCGGGUCACCUUCAAAGGUAGCCCCACGUAGGACCCUGGCAGAGACACAUGCCCGACUGGCAAGUUCUCUCCCUCCUAGUCGUUCAGGAGCUUCAAAAGCUUUCUUCAGCCCGAACAUCACAGCGACCGAUGCCAACAGACAUUGGCACACUUAGGGAUCCGCAGAGUUUGCGCAGCUUGCGUAACAGUCCUCAGCAACUCAGCAUUUUGGCUAAUCUAUUUUAUUUACAUAUAAACACACACAGAGCACUGCAACAUGGCUCCCUCUCUCUCUAGCAUCAGACAGCAAAGAGAAAAAGAACAAAGGACAAUAGUCCCACUUCACGGAACACAGUAACACAAACAUCCUGUCUCCAUCACUUCCCACUUUGUGGAGUCAAAACAUACACCGUCAUGUGAAAGACAGCAGUCCCAUGACUGCAAUCAUGGAGCAGGAAUUCUAACAUCAGCCACCCUGCAUGGUUGAGAACCCUGAUCAUGCAUGAAAUACUGCAAUAACGGAGGGACAUAUGCCGAGCAUAUCCACACUCUCAUGUAUAGGGAAGCUGAAUGCCUGACUAGGGCUUACCUUGAUUAUGAUUCUGCAGCCUCCUUAUAUGUUGUACCUUAGAUUAUCAGUUACUGCUUUUGGGCAGGAAGUGAAUAUAGCAGGUGCAGAAUCGCAGUGUCCAUUGCCCAAAUGCUCAAGAGAUCUCCCCCACCUUCGAUAACCUUAUGAAACAGACUCAGAUAUCGAAAAGGAAUCCAUAGCAAUUUAAUAGAUACGAUCUGAUCUGCACCACACAUUUAAAACAGAUCCAGUGCACAUUUAAACCACGCGACGUCUCCCAUAGAAUCAUGAGAACUGUAGUUUCAGGGUGCUGGGAAUUUUAUCUCUGUGGUGAGGAAACAGCACUUUUCUGUAAUCUCAGGACUCCUUGGGGAAGUCAUGCACUUUUAAAUCACCACCUUUCUUCUCCAUAUCCGGUACAGUGGAACCUCGGUUUUCGAGCGCCUUGGAAGUCAAAUGUUUUGGCUUUUGGACGCCGAAAACCCGGAAGUACCGUAUUUUUCACUCCAUAGGGAGCAGCGGACGAUAGGGCGCACCUAGUUUUUACGGGGGGGAAUAAAGAAAAAAAAAUUAUCCCCCCCUCAGCCCCAAAGAGCAAAGAAGCCAAGACAGUGAGCGGGAUCCAUCCCGCUGGCUGUCUUGGCUUCCUCUUUAGCCACGCACAACCUCUCCAGCCAGGAGGGGCUGCACGCGGCUUCGUUUUUAGCUGCGGGGCUGGGGCGGGGGAAGCCCGAGCUUCCCCCGACCCCAGCCCCCAGAACAGGCAGCUAUCUGCAAGCCUUCCAAGCGCAGCGGGAACUCCUGCUGCGCUCCGAAUGCUUUCAGAUAGCUGCCUGAGGCCUGGAGAGCGAGAGGGGUUGGUGCGUAGGACGCACACACAUUUCCCCUUCAUUUUUGGAGGGGGGAAAGUGCAUCCUAUAGAGCGAAAAAUACGGUAACUGCUUCGGUUUUCGAACGAUUUUUGGAAGCCGAACAUGCCAUGCGUCUUCCCUAUUGAGUUUUCUGGACGUAAAUGCUUCUGGAAAUGCAGGCUUUGGUUUCUGAACAUUUCAGAAGUUGAACAGUCUUCUGGAACGGAUUACAUUCGAAAACCAAGAUUGCACUGUAUUGGGAAGGGGUGUUGGAGGUAGGUGCUGUACACGUUAAGGAAGUGUUCGUGGAAAAAGGAGUCUCUGCAGGAUGAAGUGUUAAGAAAAAUUUCAAAGGCAAUGGAUUUUGCAUGUGUCUCGACACUUCAGACUCUCUCUGUAUCAACUCUUUUAUCAUCAUUGAUAUGAAUAUUAAGAGGAUGUGCUACUUUGGCUUUCCAUCCAAAGCCAUUCCAUGCUAUUAUGUCUGAAUCUGAAGGAUCAUAAUGAAUAAUGUCUGAAUACUAUCGCAAAGGCUACUGUGUCAUUUUUCAGAGGCUGUUUAUAAAUCCGGUGAAAGCCUUUGCAGCUGAUAAAACACACAGCCUAAUGGGAGAUUGGCAUUUGUCUUUCUUGAAAAAUGUUUAAACAUAUGUGAUAGUGUGAAGUGCUUAUCACUUAAGGCAGAACUAAUUAAUCAACUUAAAGUAUUUUUAAAGUCUGCAAAGAUAUAUUAAAACUCUCCAAUAAAUCACAUGAGUUCAUUUUUUAUUGUACCUUUUUAUAACAGGGUACUAAUUUUCAUUCAUAAAAUAUUUUGCAAGUACAUUUCUAAAAAUUAACCCUAUACGGUAUUUUAAAAUGGUUUAGGUUUUAAAAAAAGUUUUUACUGUGAAAUAUAACACGUGAACAAAUAGAACGGCAGGAUUUAAAUCAAUAUAGGAAAUGAUAAUGAUAUAGCAGAUUCAAACCAGAGUUUCAGAAUCAUGUUUUUCAAAAACAUUAUUAUGGUGACUUUUUAUUUAUUUAUUUAAAGUAUUUUUAGACUGCUGUUCAGCAAAGCUUCAUAAACAGCUGUGCUAAAUGUAAAGACCAAAUUUAUUCUAAAUACUGUUUGCGUUACUAUUUAAUAUAUACCGUAUUUUUUGCUCUAUAAGACUCACUUUUUCCAUCCCAAAAAGUAAGGGGAAAUGUGUGUGCGCCUUAUGGAGCGAAUACAGGCUGCACAGCUAUCCCAGAAGCCAGAACAGCAAGAGGGAUUGCUGCUUUCACUGCGCAGCGAUCCCUCUUGCUGUUCUGGCUUCUGAGAUUCAGAGUAUUAUUUUUUCUUGUUUUCCUCCUCCAAAAACUAGGUGCGUCUUAUAGUCUGGUGCGUCUUAUAGAGCGAAAAAUACGGUAACUAUUUUUAAAGAUUAUUAGUGAAUUAUAACCAAAAAACGUUGCACUAUAGCAGGCAUAGUCAAACUCGGCCCUCCAGAUGUUUUGGGACUACAAUUCCCAUCAUCCCUGACCACUGGUCCUGUUAGCUAGGGAUCAUGGGAGUUGUAGGCCAAAAACAUCUGGAGGGCUGAGUUUGCCUAUGCCUACACUAUAGUAUAUACCUAUUAUAAUUCUCAACUACUACAAAGUAUAAUGGUGCAUAUUUUAAGGACUGCUUUUCAAAAUAGAGAGCUCCUGUAAUUAGUUGUUCCUUUAAUCUACAAUUGCUGUUGUUUUCAGGUGCAGCUGAGAACUAGCCUUUCAAGUCAGUAUGUAAUUCGUACCCAGCCUACAAAUGCAUGCCUGUCUACACUUGAAUGUGCAGCUAUUUCCCUGGCCAUCAUGGAGAAGAAUGAUGGUAUUAAAGAAGUAGGUAAUUUUACUCUGCUAAUGGAAUAAUAGGGUGAGAACAAGGCUAUUUCACAAGGCUGUUUCACAAACAGGGCUGUAUUUAUUGGCCAAGGACCAUAUACCAUGCAUAUUUAUAGUUGCAAAUUGUUAACUUCAGAGAUUUAACAGAAGGGAGAAGCAAAGUUCUCCUAAGCAUUUUGCACUUCCUUGCACGCCAUACACCAACAUCUGUCAAAAGCAGCUACAUAAGUACUGCUUUUGGGAUACUUCAUUCCAUACAUUUAACUAUGUUCUAAGUAAAGUUGCAACCCUAAUCCCAUUUACCUGGGAGUAAGGCCAGUUGAAUUCAGUAGAGCUUACUCUGAAGUAGACAUAGUUAGGAUUACGGUGCAAAUUACAUCUUUUUUAAACAAUGUUUUUAAAAGUCAGCAAAAAUAUUUAUAGGUUCUCUUCUAAAGUGAAUCACAGACAUAUGUAUAGUACCAAAUUUAGACCCUUGGUUCUUUGUUCUAUUUACAAAAGCAGAAUAAAGGUAUUAGUGUUGUUAGACUGAAAAGUGUGCCACUCCUCUUUCCCCUCUGAGGUUACAUAACUCUCCUUUUCUUAUAUUUCAUAACAUCUCAUGCCGAAACAAAGGUUGUUGAAAUCAGGCUAAGCAAUUAUCUUCUUUCACGGUAAUGAAAUACAUAAAUGUUUAUAAAUAGGUUAAACAGCUACUCUGUGGUCCAAAGGCAUCUGCGGUGAACCCCGAAGAAUAAUAAGUCACUGCCAAUCCAAUUUCAACCAAGCAAUUAAUAACAAUCAUUCCUGCAUGAGAUACUCUGCAAAGAUGACCUAAACAACCCUUGAAGUGAGCUUGAAGAUUAAAAUAUAUUUGUAAACUCGUCCCAAUGACUCGAAGCAUUCUUCUAGCCUCAGCGUAUGACCCACUGGGUUAUUUCAAUCUACUAAUCAGCUUAAAACUGUCAGAUGUCAUUAUAAGAAUUGGGAACAUGACAUCUCCGGAGUUUAAGUUUAUUCUACUGGGUCAAAGAACCAACAAUAAGACAUUAGCCUUUGCUGUGCAAGUGGAUCUCAUGGGUCUGUGAUGGAAGACUCUGUCAAGAUUCUAAAACGUCUCCAAUACACUUUGGUAACUACUACUGGAAACGCUACAUGAUUGUUAGCACUCCAAAUGAGAAUCCUAAGAAACAGUACUAUAAUGACUGUUUCUCAUUGUGGGUUUUCAGAAUAAAUAGGCUCUGGGACAGGGCUCGGGAACCUUGACCCUCCAUCUCCCAUCAGCAUCCAUCACCAUGGCCAGGGAUAGGGAGAGCUGUCAUCCAGCCACCACGCCUACCUGCCCUACACCUGACAGGUAAAGGUGUGACUCAGUUGAAAGUGGGGUUUACAGGCUUUAUCAAUCACCUGAUUGUCAGGUGUGGGGCAGCUUGGCUGGGACCAGAGUUUGUGAUGCCUGCAAAGCCUUGUACUUCUGCCUGUACAAAGUAGUGUUCCUUGGCCUGCACGGCUUGAUUUCAAACCAUGCUGGCAAGGGGAAAUGGGUCACCUGGUGAUAAUUGUGAUGUCACGUGACUACAAACGUGACCCACUAGGUGGUGAGGGAGAUAAGGAUCUGUGCCCCCCCUCCAGAUCCAGUUCCUCACUCCAGGUCUUUAAAUGAGUUUAUGGCCUUCACAGCGAUGGAUACCCAAUCUUAGGUAACCUGCCAGGUUUCUGUUUCAAGCUACAGUGGAACCUUGUGUUACGUACCGCCCUCCUUACGAAUGCUUCGGGUUAUGAGCUCCGGGAUGCUCCCAGUUGCGAACUUUGCCCCGGGAAGUGAGCGGAAGUCAUGCUGAAUUGUUAAUGGGUACAGCUUGUUUCAAACCUAUCUGAAUUGCGUUUAGCAAUGAAAAACAUAUUGUUAGUGAACCUCCCUGUAUUUUGGUGUUUCUUUACUCCCAGUUUUAUGGAAUAAAAUAUAUCCCGUGUGUAUUUGGAAUAUGAAGGUGUACUAAAUACUAGCACACUGUUUAACAUCCCUUUGCACAUUCAGAGUAAGGGAGUGGGUGGCGCCAUGAUCUAAACCACUUAUCCUCUUGGGCUUGGUGAUCGGAAGGUCGAUGGUUCGAAUCUGCGCAACAGGGUGAGCUCCUGUUGCUAUUUCCCAGCUUCUGCUAACCUAGCAGUUCAAAAGCACACUAGUGCAAGUAGAUAAAUAGAUACUGCUGCAGCGGAAAGGUAAAUGGCGUUUCCGUGCGCCCUGGCACUUGUCAUGGUGUCCUGUUGCACCAGAAGCGGUUUAAUCAUGCUGGCCACAUGACCCAGAAAGCUGUCUGUGAAUUAAUGCCGACUCUCUCGCCAUGAAAGAGAGAUUAACACUGCACUCCAUAGUUGCCUUUGAUUGGACUUAACCGUCCAGGGGUCCUUUACCUUUACCUUUACAUUCAGGGUUGAUAAAGUUCAAAACUCUGCCUACCCUUCCUGUAUUUCCCUUUGCAAGAAAAAAUGUAGUUUUCUGUUUUGUUCCCGCCGCGUCCACCUUCCCACUUUUGCCUAGCACCAACACAGUAGAGCCAAAAUUAGGAACACAAAGAAAUAUGUCCAGGAAGCUUAGAGCACGACAACAACAAAAAGCAUUGUAUUAAGAUCUGCAACUAUUUUAAACAAUGUGCUUGCAAUUCUUCUGAUCAUUUUUAUAUCAAGCACACAUUUCAGUAUAUUAAAUAUUUCAUCUCAACAUGUGAUAAAAUCCAGCCUGCAAGCUUGAGCAUAAUUCAGUGGAAGCUCCCUUUAAAAUCAGUGUGAGUUCCAGUGUGCUCAGGAGUGGGAUAUCAGUCAUUUACUUGGUGCAAUGACAAGCCUGUGUUAACUCAAGAUGAAAUAAUAUCUGAAACCUAUGUAUUAAAGCUUUUUUCUCUCUCUCUGUCUCCAUCUGUCUCCUUUUUUCCAGACUGUCCUCCGUCCUCUUCAAGCCCUCUGCUCUUUCCAGCUUCAACACGGCGCCCAAGUUCAUCACAGCAAGGAGCACCUUCUUAAGAAUGGUUUAUAUGACAAGCCCAUGCCAAAAAACAAACGCAAGCUCAGAAGAAUGGAGCUCUUAGUGAAUAAUGUUAAAAUUUAGCAAUGUCAUGUAGAAUUAGGUUUAUUUUUUUAAAAAAGAAAGAAUCCUUUAAAAUGAUGAAGUGGAGUUUGAUAUGGAUUUAAUCCAGACAAUCAUUUCUUUUGGUAAUGGACAAAGUUCAGGUGGCAACUUGCCAAGGAGUUCAAACAUUAUAAUAAUAAUGAAAAGCAGAAUGCCUGGACCAUCAGGGAAUAAACAAGAGAUAUCCGUCCCCCAUACUCUCACCCCUUUAUCAGUCUGUGAUCUUUAGUAUGGCUUCUUUAAUUUUUUUUUUAUGGGAGGCUUUUGGCAUUACUGCAUAAGGAACAUAAUUUUUUACAAGGCAGCGGUUAGAAGAGAAAAUUCCAGUAUGGGGAUUUUGAUUUGCAACAACAGUGGGAAUGAAAUAAUAAUUUUAACAUUUUCCCCCGUUUAAUUUCUUGUUCUGAUUAAACAAUAUAUCAUAUAAACCUUUAUGUCCAGUUCACAUUGCGAGAUGUCAGUAAGAACAGACUAGUAAAUGUGAUCAUUGGAGAACAAGGUAUUUUGUCCUGUCACUCAGGAGAGCAAUUACACAGUGCAAUACACUUGUAUGUGAUUAGCAUGUACAUUGUCAAGGGAGAAGGCAUCUCCAAAACAUGCAGUGGAUGUGAGCUAGAAAGCUGCAGCCAACCAUAGAUGAUGAUUAGGAGCUUAACCAUGAUCAGGCAACACACUAAGCCAAAUCUUGGUUUAGCUGCUGCACGGAGCUAGAAGGCAACAGAGAGCAGCAAAGCGGGUGCAGAUAUCACUCCAGGAGCCUGCAUGCUUCUGCAGUCCUGAUCAGCCAUAGUUUGGCUUCCUGUGAGUUGCAACCUGUGUUUCCUACGGCCUGGCCACAGUAAUCCAUGCCUGAAGAACCUCACAAUGCGAUUGCUACAAUGCACUUUACAUGAGCCACCGUGAAGACAGUUUGAUAGCCUCACCUCAUGCAAAAUACAGCUAAUGCAAAACAGCCUAGCUGUUGAGCAAGUCAGCUAGAUGGGACCAGGAGGCACUGAUCCUUAAAGCUCUUCACUGCCCACCUUUGACCUACCAGGACAAAUUUAGGACAUAGGUACUGAUACAUAAAAAAACAUCUCCCCAAUAUCUGCUAGCCUGUGUUCUUAGCUUGGCAGACAAGGCCCUCUUCAUGAUCCUACUAGUUGAUAUGGCCUGUGGGGCCGUUGUCUGAGACAGGGACUUCACAGUGGUGGCUCCCUGACUGUGGAAUUCCUCCCCAGGGAAGUGCAGUUGCGCCUCACAAUGUUAACAUUCAGAUGUCAAUUGAAAACCAAUUCAUCUGUGCAUUUGGGCAACAAACUCUCUGGGAUUCAUCAGUUUUGUUAUUAAUACCGAUUUUUAAUAUCGUUUUUAAGGUUUGUAAUUUUUAGUUAAUUAUUAAUUAUUGACUGUGUUUUUUACGUUGUGCACUGCCCCAAGCGCCUUUAGAAAGAAAGGUGGUGUAUAAGUGUAAAUAAAUGAUAAUAAUUGGUGGUAUCUGACAAAGUAGUUCCAUUAAUGCAAGGACUUUGGGCUCCACGAAGGAACUGUGCCUCACGUCUUUCUUGCACCCCACAUGCGCCACCUAGAUGCGUUCUGGGGGUUCCCUCAACCCUCCAGAGCACAUUUGGGGAGGGUAUGCAGGGAGAGAAAGAGGAAGUUCAGUUGCACAAACGUAAAUCCUUGCGCUGAUGGACAGGGCCGUCUUACCCAUAGGCGCUAGGGGUGCGGAGCACCCAGGUGCCGGGCUCUCAGGGGCGCCAGGCCGAGAGUCCAGGGCCUGAGAGUUGAGUCUGGGGAAGAGCCCGUCCAUCAGUCGGAGCACCGCAGCAGGCUGUUCUGCUGCGGGCGGCUCUGUGCAGCGAGUUCAGGGGAGACCAAGCCACCAAGAAGCUGAGGCAGCCGGUCACUUCCGCCCUCCUGCGCGCCUGGGACUGGGCAACCGGGGGGGGCAGGCAGAUCUUUGCACCCCGGCGCCGCAUAUGCUUAAGACAGCCCUGCUGACGGAACUACUUGGUUGGAAACCACCCAAUACUUUUUAGUCAUGUGUCAGGGAUUGACAUUUUAUAGCAAUGCUACUAUUGUAACACAAAAUGAAUAUGUGGAAGAAGAAUGUCCUGAAUCAAUAAUGUAUGGUUAACUGUAUUUUGUCUAGAUGAAAGAAAUUAAAUCAAUACUACUGAAAAUAUGGGUUGCAAGGAAACACUGUUAAUGCUGACAUAGAACAUUCUUAACUGUAGAUGUAUCCUGGCUGCAGCAGUUGUUCCUGUGAAAGCAGCAGCAAUUAAGCUUUGUAGCCAACAUAUUCCUCUUAAUGGAGGAUGCACUCGCUUCCCUUUGAUUAAUUUUUACUUGCUUCAGACUCAUUAACGUAGUAGUAUUUUCUUCUGUACCAAAAUUAUUUUUCCCCCUUCAAGUUUUUAAGAAGAGAGGAAAAUCUAAUACCCUAGACUCACAGUUUAAAAUGUCUUGGUAUUAGUCAAAUAACCCCUUCAUUUAUAAUGCCACAGUGUGAAUUUUUAUUAAAUGUGGAUUAAUGUUUCAUGUAUAUGAAAUAGGUCUGUUUUGGCACCCUUUGCAAGUCUUCUUAAUACGUUAGUAUAUUUUUACUUCUUUGGAACUACUCAAAAGAAUGCUUUGUAUAAUGGGAUCUUUUGGAAUCUCAAUCUUUUAAUUUUGUUGAGGUUUUUGUACAUUUAGAAGUGGUGCUGUUCCUGUUUGCCACAUAGAAUAUAGCUGGAUCAGCUUUCUUCAUUGUUUCUCCUCUAAUAAUUAGUUAUAUUAACUCUGUCUUAUAUCCAUGUUUAUUAGAAGUAUAGCUCACUGGUUGCUACUCUUUUCAGGAAAUGUUGAACUGCUUUUCAAUUUAUAAGUUACUAGCAGCCUUAUACACAGCAUUGUUGGGAAAUUCUAAUAAACAAAAAAUUAAAAAAUGAGUGCAGUUGUGAAAUAAGUGGUCAAAAUCGGUGCAGUAGGUUCCAUCCGCCAUCUUGAUUCAAAAUGGCAUCCAGUUAUAGCAAAAUAUAGACAGAGUUACUGCUCAGUGCACAAAAGGCUCCUUCCAUUCACUGAUGGGACUCUGAUCCAGUGGAGAAUCCUGCUACAGAAGGGAUAAGGAGCCUGAUUCAAAUUAGGUGCUUGCUGUAGCACUCGGGAGAGACUCUUAAAAUGACUGAACACACGCCAAAAUGGCCAGAAGAAUCCAAAGUCAGAUGCAACAACAGCAGCAAGAAUACUUAUUGCGAAGUACUGGAAAACACAAGAUUUACCCACCCGGGAAGAAUGGCAGAUGAAGUUGAUGGACUAUAUGGAAAUGGCGGAAAUGACUGGCAGAAUCCGAGACCAGGGAGAAGAAUCGGUGGAAGAAGACUGGAAAAAGUUUAAAGAUUAUUUACAGAAAUACUGUAAAAUUAAUGAAUGUUAGAAAAAUGUUGGAAUGAAGCUAUAUGGCUUUAGUAUAAAUGUUAUAAGGAAUUAAGUAUAAAUAGAUUAAUAGAGUAUUAAAGGGAAAAUAAGGUUAGAAUGUGUUAAGAUAAUUAUAGGAUAGAAAACAGAGGAAGAUGGAAAGGAAUUGCUGAAACAAUUAACAGAAGUGGAAUACAAAAAGGGAGGUGUGAGGAGGUCGUGGAAACAAGUGAACGAAAGAUAAGAUAAUGAAAUGGUUUUGUUUUUGUUUUAUUAGUUUUAUGUGUUAGUGUUUUGUAGUGUUUUUGUAUUGUAUUGCAUUGUCUUUUUUAUGCUUUUUCUUUUGUAGUGUUGUGUUUAAAAUGUUGGAAAAUUAAUAAAUAUUAUACAAAAAGAAAAAAAAAGAAUCCGAAGUCAGGAAGUCCAAAAUUUUAAUAAGGAAUGAGGAAAAUUUAUAACUUAUCUUAAAGACCAUUGUAAACAGUUAAAAUCAUCAGUAGGGUUGGAAUAUCACUUGUAGUUUAAGGGUGAAUUUUGGACACAGUGGAGAUGAAAAGAUUUAGAUCAUCAUAAAAGAUGGAAGAAAUGAUUAAUAAUCAGACCCACAAAUGGGAGGAUAGAAGUGCAGGAGAUUCCUAGAAAUCCUGUUUUUAUGAUCUGUGUUUGAUAUAUGACUGUAAAUUUUUGAUCUGGAAAACCAAAUAAAUUUAAAUAAAAUAAAAUUAUUGAACACACAUAACACCCAGCUCAAACACAUAUAGGUCUAUCAAGAUUAGUGACACAGUGUGUUUUAUGGUUGAUUGCAUUGUCUUCAUUAUUUACAGAAGAGCUUGUGUUCCUUUAGGAAUCAGGCUAAAUGGACAUCUGGGACACCUGUAUAAGCCUUCCACUUCCUGUAACAGCCUUCCUGGGCAUACAUGGGAAGGGAGAAGAAAUCCAGACUCUUGUUUCAUGCGAAGCAGGGAUCAUGUCCAUUGACUGUGCAAAUGUAUUAAGCAAUUUAUUUUUCAUACAAGCUGGUCUUCAGUUUUGCAGUAUCUUCUUUUAGUAUUUUGGUUUCUUUCUAUUCAAUUUGUUGACGACUCUUCCCCAUUUUUUAAGAGAAAAACACUUCAGUCUGGCACUUGUCUUAUUUUAGUUUAUCACUUUAGUAUUUUUUAUUCAGAAAUGGUAUUGAAAGAAAGCAUCAUGAAAGUCUGGACUUUUUACAGAUGGAGCAGUUUUAGGGUUUGUGGUAUAAGUUUUCUGAGCAAGAAUUGAGCUCUAACUUCACUUUUCCCUCUAUUCCUCAUUACUGUUAAUUAUCCAAAUGAGAGAACUUACAAUGAAUUAAUGUUGCAUUUGAAUACUUGAGUAAUUUCCUCAUGUUUCUUUUCUGUAUUACAUAGAUGAGUUUUGUUAUUGAGAGUACAAAUUACAUGAACCUUUUGUCAAAUGUGAAGGCUUGGUGUAUUUCUUUAAAAUCCUCAGAAGUUGCAAUCAGAGAACUGCCUACUUGCAAGUUAUUUUAAGGAGACAAACUUU